AUGUCACGCCACCACCACCGCUUUGAAAGGGACUACCGGGGACCCUGGGACCGGAGAGAUAUCCGCCCUUCUGGUCUCCACAACGGAGGAGUCAAUCACAGCUGUGCCUCUGCCAUCGUCAAUGGCAACAACCGUCCAGGGCUCCUUCCUCUCCCGGUGAUCCCCUCCCUCCUGCCCACACCAGUAUCGGUUACCGCGACGACAUCAAGCAGCGACAUAGCGGUCAAGCGAGGCAUCACAGCAGCAGGAUCGGUGGUUCAGGCCUCAGCCAAGGUAAAAUUCCUCUUUUCGUCUUGUUUCAACUUUGGACAAUGUCUCAAACUUUCUCCAUGUUCAUCAGACUUUCAGCCUCUCUCACUUUCUUAAAUGUUUCUGCUCUGUCUGACAAUCUGGCACCAUAACUCUAACAAUUCAACCAUCUCAUCUAUUCAAGUCUUUAGUCUUCUGUCUCUGUCAGUCUGUCCAUCCCUCUCUACAGCCCUGCAGCUCUCCCUGCUUUCCCUCUUUGUUCAGCGCCUGUUCUUGCCAAACCAUUUUCCUUCAUCUUCAUUUUCUCUCAGCACCAAAUGGCAGACUCAUCCUGCUUUCACCUCCUCGGUCAUUUUCUCCUUACAGCUAUGUAAAUGACCUCUGACAGUGGCACAGAUGGGUGCUGCUGUCAGAAGAGCUGAUUCUCUUUCCUAACAAGCAAACCAAUAAAAUAGAAUUUUCAGAGGCUCUAAGCUUUACCAAAGACUUCAUAAUACAGCAAUGUGUGGGCUUCAUAUUUCGUCUUAUUAAACGUCAUUCUUACGGCUUCAGCGUGACCAUGAAACCGCAGCGUUUACGCACACAUAGAGGAUACCUUUGUGCCAUUCUAAUAAGUGCAGUAAAUCCAGUUACGUAAACUACACAUAAACUCAAUAUAGGGGUGUCCCGAUACAACUUCUUUACUUCUGAUACAGUACUGAUAGUGUAGCCUUCAGUAUCGGCCGAUACCGAUAUUGAUCUGAUAUUGGCACAAACUUGUGCAUGACAAGUUUUGCACUCAGCUGCAAUGUCUUUUUCAGACUUUACUGAAAAAUACUGCCACAAGGCCAACAUCACUCCUACUCCUUGCUGCUCUGUUGGUACCUUAGUACAUACUGAUGUUGUGAUCACAUGGGCUCUGCAUGCUGGAUCCGGGCACUACUAGCUAGAGGUGUCUGGAAUGGACUGCUUGCAUCAGAGUGCUGAUAUCAGGGAUUUUAGAUGCAGGCUGAUAUAAUCCAAUAGUUGUUUUUUGGCUGAUAUCCAGUACAAAUAUUGUAGCGAGACAGCCCUAACUCAGUAUAGGCCACUUUUUUGCAGCCAUAAUCUUGCAGGACUACAAAAGUGCAGAAAUUCAAUAUCAGUAUUUUGGUUAGGGGUGUCCCGAUACGAUAUUGAUAUCGGUCCAAUAUCAGCAAAAAAAAAAUAAUAUUGGAUUGUAUCGGCCUGCAACCUAAAACCUGUUACAUUCAUGUUACGUUACCCAGGCUCCUCGCUAUACAGACCGUGUAUAAGCUUAAACGUUACCCUUCACGUUAGUGGAAGAGGGUCCGACAGGAUUUGAUGCGCUCCUUGAUGACUCGCAACAAGUUGGAACUAACCUUGUGUGUUGUUGUGCUCACACAGUGCGAGUAGAAUCAUUAGUGGCACAUUGAUAUUAAUGAUCAUGUGAAAUUUCAGUAGCGGCGCAUGUAAUUUAGCAGCGCCACUGCUGAAUGAAUGUAGGGGAAACACUGCUGAUACAUAUGAGUCUGAGGUAGAACUAUGUGAGAUAAAAACUAAUUUUUUUUUAGGUGUGGCGGCUUUUAUUUGGUCAUGGCGGUGCACCACGAUCAAUUGCAUGUAGGGGAAACCAUGAAGGUACUAACAUAGUAGCAAGGAGUAGAAGUGAUGUCGGCCUUGUGGCAGUAUUGCAGCUGACUGAAAAACUUGUCCCUAACAAUUUCGUGCCAAUAUCGGAUCAAUGUUCGUAUCGGUCAGUAUUGAAGGCUACAAUAUCGGUAUUGUUUUAGAAGUCAAAAAGUUGUAUCGGGACACCCCUAAUAUCAGUAUACAGUUAGCAGUAUAUUACAGCAUGCCUGUAUGAUCUAUUUGUGUUUGAGUUGCUACAGUUUGAGGAUAUUCGACCGGCACAGUUUGUGUUCUUCUUCAUCCUCUCUUCUGAGAUUUCACUCUCUAGCUGGCUGUCAGCAUUGUGUGAAGAGAGGGGCCUUUACCAAAAAAUCAAUUAGACAUUUCAGAGUCCCCUCUGGCUUGGUUACCAUAGAUACCAUUCAUCUUUCUCUUAACAGUCAUCCGUACUAUCCGAUCAUUUGCCUCAGCCAGAUCCAUGUGGGCUUUUUUUCUGUCCCGAGUACCUUCUCACUCUCAGCGGGGCCUGAACUCUCAGAGCAGAGGUAAACAAAGCUCCGCUGAUUUAGCCUGUAAGUGAAAAUCAUUAAAUACCCUGCUGAAUGCACCGACCACAGAUACAGUAAAUCUGCUCUGACACUGUGUCUGCCCCUCCUUUUGUGUGUCUGAACAAUUACACACACUCUAACCUACUCCCACUGUGGUCAUUGUCAUCAUUCAAUGGCUGCCGCAGCAAUUAGUGGGAUUGCCUUGUGUGUCAGGGCACAAUAGUCUCCGGGUAAAGUGUGUGUGUGUGUAUGAAGCCAGUACACCCUGAGGUGCCACUCUGUUAGCUUCAUUAAGGAGUUAACUGUCUCUCUCGUCUUGUCUUUGACAGUCCUCUGAGGAAGGACUUCUAGGGAUUGGGCUCUAGGUCGAGAACAGAUACAAGGACCUUAAGAGCCAGCCAGUACCACAUGAUCCGUCUCUCUAACUUCCCCUCAGCUGUCUGAUGUCCUCACUUGCUCUCCCACUCUUUCUGUCAUCUUCGAUCAAAGCAGUUCGGGGUCACAAAGAGUCGGAUACUGAUGCAGCUCUCUCUCUCUUGGUGGUUCCUGUGUCUCUGCUCUGCGCACUAAAAAGCUGACAGAUCUUUAUUAUUCUCUUUUCCGUGUGCAAUAAAAGUAAUGGGACACAUCUCAGGUUUAUUGUUUGAGGUGUUUUUGUUGUUUUAUUUGCUUUAUGUCGGCUUAGAAUAUUAAAACAAGUUUAUGGGUGCCAUAAUGUUGCUUUGUGUAUUUGCAUGUGUGUGUGUUUAGUGUUUAUCAUUACGAUUGCAGCUUGUUGUUUGCUGUUGGUGAGGAUUUGAUGGGUUUAAAAUGGGCCAAAGCUGAAGUUUUCUGAUAAACAGUAUUACUCAGAAAGUAUUUUCCCACAGACUAAAACUGAAACAUGGACAUCUGACUGCAUGGUCUAAUCCCUUCAAAUGAAUUUUUUAAUCCAUCCUCUCCUGAUUAUUUACAAAGAGCAGAGCUGGAGUUUGUAUUUCUUUACUGUGCUUUAUUGAGCACAAACACAGGAGCUGAAAUAAGACGGGACACAGUUAAAGAUGGAUUUGAGCGGUGCCACAAAAUGAUUACAGUGUGUUUGUUUGGGGAUUCAGCUCGUAGAGAUCAUGUUGAUCCUCUUUAACACCGGCCUUUUGAUUCACUCUGUUUACAUCUCAUUUAUAUCUCUGUUGAAAUGUUUACAGAUGCAGGUCGGCUCAGUCGGAGGCAGCGGCUUCUCCUUAAGUUUGUAGCCACCCCAUUAGCUUCCUUUCUGUGGGAACAAACUCUUUUUUUUUUUAGGCUUUGAUGGUUGCAGAGUCCACAGUGGGACCUGCGCAACAUGGUGUCCAGAGCCCAGCAGGUGUCAUGGCCUCAGUGUGAAAAACACAACCCUGACAGUGACAAGAAAAAAACAAUUAUAGUUGAAUAUAUUCAGUCUGGGAUGAAAUAUUCAGACUCACCAGGAGGCGGAAAAGUAAACUUAUCCAGGGGGAUAAAAUUCUGAACAAAACUGUGUGAAAAAAAUGUCAUCCAAUUGACUAUCCAUUCAAAGUGAUUGUUUAAAUCUUACAGCUGAUAGAAAAGUCAGAGGGAUAUUGUUGUAUUUCUACUCCUGACAUUUUACUUAAAUUGAAAUCACUCGCUCAGACAUCUCUCUUAAUACAAAACAGCAGCUUUUCGCCUUCCUCUGAGGAGCAGAGAGGUAAACAAUCCUCCUUCUCUGCUGUCAGGAUUUCAUUUAUUAAACCCUCUGUACUAUCACGGACUCGCUGUGCGGCGUUUGAAUUUACAUUAAAAUGUAAAGGCUUUUUUCCCCGAGAAGUCGACCAAAAAGAAACAUUAGCAACACGUAAUGGGUCUCAUUUAUUAUCCACACAGCUUUCUGUAAAACCUGAAGGCCUUUUUGUAGCGGAGUCAAGUGUCUCUUUAUCUCUCUUUCACUGUUUGAACAGUUAUGCAUUUUUUAAGACUCGGAGCCAGAGGUCAGUGGUUCAUUUUUGUUCUCUGUAAGUGGUUAAGUGGUGAGUAUGUCAGAGAAUAUUUUAGCACUGAAAGUCGGCUUAUCGGACACUUAAGGCAAAAAAACCUGUCAGCUCUUUCUGCCCUCUUCUUUCACUCAAAAAUGUCACUGUGGACAAAGACAGCCUUUAGAGGCCGGUGCAGAAGCUGCCCUGCAGUAUAAAACACGCCACUGUGAGAGGUGACAAAAAGGAGCGGCGGUCAUUCAAAACUUAUCUGCUAAGAUGAAUGCACCUGAUAUAAAUUACUCUAACACUGUAUGAAAUAUAAUUACUUUACAUGAAUUCUUUGUAAUCUAAUUUCCCACAUUAUCAAACUGGUUGUUAGGGCUGGGCGAUAAACCGAAAAUUUACGACAAUAACUAAAAUCAUUUUACCCAUGUCGGUAUAUUCAGUGUCAAAAAAAAGAUAAUUAAAGUUGGUUUUAGAUGUGUGUAGGUAGGCUAUGGUCUCAUGUCCCUUUAAGACGCUGUCCUACGUCAGAGACAUGACUCCACCCCAUCCAGUCUGUAACAAAGAGGGAAAGACAGGUGAGCAGCGGCUGAAGAAGACCAAGUUAACGUGGGAGGGGGUGAGCAGCUUGUGGAGUAGUUAUCAUCCAAUUUAUUGUUAUCAAGGUGAACUGCUCAAUAUAUCCUCAUAUUGUUUUGAGGCCAUAUCGCCCAGCCCUAGUUAUAAUUAUAUUACAAUUCGUGUUAUGAUUGAUUUUAUAGAAGGAGAUGGAUCACAAAUCACCAUCCACUAAUUUCAUCAACAAGAAGUGAUUCUGUUUAUUGUUAUCGAGGUGAACUGGUCAAUAUAUCAUGCUAUUGAUUUGAUGCCAUAUCACCAGCCCUACUGUUUGUGGACAAACAAACCUGCUGCCAGUCCUUGAGAAAGAGUGAGCCUCAGGAGGGCAGAGCGAAGAUUAAACCUUGAUUUUCCUUGAAAUAAUGUGUCUUAAAGUCUCGAGAAAAAGAAGAAGAAGAAGAAGUGAUUUUGUGCUUACCACAAAAGGUUGAACCAGGUCUGAAUGUCUGCAUCACAUAAGACGAAUUAAAGUUUUCCAUUAAGAACCAGACAGAACUAUGCUACAGGGAUUGUUUCUGUCUGUCUGAUAUCCAAAAUGUACAGACCUUUCAGGGUUUUGGCUUCUUGCUUGGCACCUCUGGCUUUAAAAAUGACUGCAUGCGCAACUCAGGAGAAGAAAAGGUUGUCCAGAAAAAAAAAAAAGGCCUUGCCCUGCUGUUUUGUCGCCAGAUUGAAAAUGGAAAUCAUCCUCCUGAAUACCCUGGCAGUCUGUGAGUCUGUCUCUGAUGUGGUUUCCCGAUGGCUUGAUUUAAUAAGCAGUCAUUAAAUGUCAGAUUAAAAUCUCCUUCUGCUCAGUGAAACAUGAGAUGCGAUGCUCUUCUCUGUGUUGCAGUGACUUUGCAGUCGUGUGUGAUAUGCUUUCCUACCCCGACUUUUUAUCACCGCACUGCCAUCACUGUCUGAUCAAAUUCUUUGGCCCAUCUUUUCCCAGCAUCCUUUCACUAACUUCUAAGAUCCUCGUGCCCGCAUCAGCACGGCCCCCCUGCUGAGAUAGCUUAUGGGAAACUAGAUUGCUGAUCCUUUUGGCGUUGAGUGGCAGCGAUGUAAUUUAGGAUAGCAGCAGCAGCCACAUGUUCUGAUAGCUAUUUGAGGACACCAAUAGAUCACUCAUGACUCUUCUUCCUCAUCUCACAAAAAGUGGAAAUGCUCUUGGCCGAUCUCAUGAAAGCAUGAAGGAGAAGGCGCCGCCGGACAACAAAUGAGAAACGCACAAGGCCUCUCACGUUUGAAGGAGUCAUCGUUGAUACUGGAGUGAUUUGUUGUCAAGAAUCAAGGGUCCUUUGGACACCAGCUUUAUGGAAGAAUAUUGCUUUUGGACGUGCUUGCAGAUUUGAUGUUCAGUUUGUAGCAGCAGAAAUAUGUUUCUGGCCAGGACACAAUUCAUACCUCAUGGUCAUCACGCUGCAGUGUGCAUGUCUCUGAUAGAUGCCUCGAAAGCUGCGUUGAGUAAAGUCAGAAAAUGUCUUGAGAAAGGGAGGUUUUGUUUCUCUGAGAUAACAGUGUGAUCAGUAAUAGUAGUUUAGUUUAGGGGUCUCCGGAUACAACUUAUUUUACCUCUGAUAUGAUACCAAUAUUGUAGCACUCAGUAUCGGCCGAUACCGACAUUGAUCCGAUAUUGGCAUGAACUUGCACAUGACAGGUGUUGAGUGUUUUGCACUCAGCUGCAAUGUCUUUUUCGGAGUUUGACGAAAAAUACUGCCACACGGCCAACAUCAGUCCUACUCCUUUCUUUUUUGUUAGUACCUUAUGCGUUUGAGUUACCUCGGAAGUCAGAAGUCGAGCUGGGAAUGAUGUCACAUCCGAGUUACCGGCGUUUAAGUUACCAAGUUGGAAGAAAGCAACAUCAGAGGCAGAAACAAGAUUGCUACAUCUACGAAAGUUAUUUUAGUGCUUGCCUUGUCCGAAUAUAAGCAAGUACAAGGCAAGCGCUGAAAUAACUUUCGUAGAUGUAGCCAUCUUGUUUCCAACUUGGCGCUGGUAAUUCGGGUGUGACGUCAUUCCCAGCUUGGACAUCUGACUUCCAAGUUAACUCGAAUGCAGCAAUAGUACACACUGUUGUUGUGAUCACGUUGGCUCUGCAUGCUGGAUCCAGAUGCUACUAGAUAGAGGUGCUGGAGCGGAGUCUGGAAUGUACUGCUUGUAUCAGAGUGCUGAUAUCGGAGAUUUUAGAUGCAGGCCGAUAUAAUCCGAUAUUUGUUUUUUGGCUGAUAUCGGACCCAUAUCCAAUAUCGUAUCAGGACAUCCCUAGUUUAGUCACUAAAUAAGCAAAAUGUGAUGCAUUGCCAUGUAACACAAAUGUAAUCCAAUGACACAAACACUGGACACUAGGGUUGGGUAUCGUUUGAUUUUGAACGAUUCCGAUUCCGAUUUCGAUUCCUCAUUUCGAUUUCGAUUCCUAUCGAUUCUUUAUUUCGAUUCUUUUAAAAGGCAGGAUAUCAUAAAAAAAAAAGCAUGGUUUGAAUGAGGGCGCUAACUGGAGCUCUUCUUUUUGGAUGUAAUUUCUGAACUUCUCCAUGAAUUUUUAAAUCAUAUUAACUUUUUAGGAACUUUACUAUGAAUUUCUCACAUUUUCAACCAGUAUAUAAAUAUCAUUUUUUGUUGUCAGGUCGUUUGUCUAUGAAAAAGCACAAGGGCUAACGUUAGUUGGAUAUUUAAGUUGACCCAUCGUACUCAGUGCAAUUUGUUUACCGCUUCAAAGUUAGCAGAGGAUAGAAGUAAUUUAUUGUUUCACUUAUCUGAUCCUGACUGGUUAGCGGAAGACAGGUGUUGUGCUGUAGAAUGCACCCCUGCCGUAGAAUGCCUCCCCUCCACUGAUUAGCUUCUUAAAGUGGAAGACAACGAUCUCAUAUUUAAAACAACACGAGUAUUAGAUCAUGACAACAUGUCAAAUGGAGCAGUAAACUUUCGUUUCGUUUUUCUGUGUCUCAGAAACGCACACAUAGAGGUGUACUUGGGUAUAUAAACUGUACAGUAAGCUGUUAAUGUAGAGAACAUUAUAUUUUCCGGACAGUAAAUAUUCAGAGUCAGAGGGCUGUUGUUUUCGGCAUAUCUGAAUAGCCUGAAUGAAAUCAUUAAAGGCACACGCUUUAGAUUCCGUUCAACGGUAAGGAAAACUUGGAUUGUUUCGCCUUGUUGUGUACUUUCAACCGCGCUCCCGUCAGGGGUGCAUUCAACAGCAGGGGUGCAUUCUAUGGCAUAACACCGGCGAAGCGCGUCAAAGACGAGCACUCGGGUAUUUCUCCUCCAUGAAUCCUGAGGUGUUUAAUCAUGUUGGUCGUUUACCCUCCUUUGCAUGAUAUAACUGUAUUGCUAAUGUUGCACUGAGAUAAGAGCUCAUUCUUCCUGCUAAAGUUAGCCAAACUUUUGACCAACGAAGAAGAAGCUGCCGAACACCAACGAGGACGGAGCGUAUGAGACGAAGUCACACAGAGAGAGGAGAGAGACAGAGAGAGAUUACAUUGUAACCCACAGCGGCUGCAUUGCUGUGGGUUGCAAUGUACUUUCUCUCUCUGUCUCUCUUCACUUUCUGUGUGGCUUCGUCUCAUACGCUCCGUCCUCGUUGGUGUUAAGCGGCUUCUUCUUCGUUGAUUUUCGGCGACUAUUUCUUCCGGUCGGCGGACUCCGGAAUCGAAACUUGGAAUCGAAAUUUUUAUAUUUGAACGAUACCAGAAGAAUCGAAGUUUUAGUCUCGAUUCCCAUCGAUUCUCGAUUCUCAAUACCCAACCCUACUGGACACUGGGUGUGAUACAGCCCUAAUGAUGUAUUUGUGUGUGAAGAAAUUCAGUGGACUCAAAGAGAGACUUUUCUCAACUUAAAAGCUGCCAGUCAUGCAUCACUGUAAUAACUCACACCAUCAAAUGAGCGGAUCAGAUCUGUAUCUCUUCAAAGACCCACACUUGGUACCCAGAUUCCCCUGCACGAGUUAAAUGAGCCCCCCUGCUGAGCCCGGCUGGUUGUACAUCAUUUUGAUUUCCUCUGAUGGACAAAAAGACUCAAACGCCUCUCUCCUUUUUUCUCUGUAAUCCCACUGCCUCUCUCCUUUCUGUCCUGUUCCACCAUAGUUGACCAAAAAAACAGGUCCACAUGAGGAGGGUUUGACCUUCAGAGAGUGCGGCAUCAUGUAUCAUGUUUGAAUUAGUGUACAAUUAUGUUUUUAUCACCUCUAAUGAGACUUUUAUAUAUCUGCUUAAGUGGAUGAAUGCUGCCAUCUUGAAUUUCCCUUCAGGGAUCAAUAAAGUUCUUCUUCUUUUUUCUUUCUUCUUCUGUAACUUUACCAACUUUAGGGGUUAGCAAGAGAGCUUCUUUAUGAUCAUUUCUCCAUGGAAAUGCAAUCAGACCGAGACACUAAGACAGAAGAACUACCAUCUGUAGUGCAAAAUGAUUAACACGGUUAUUAUUACUUCAAGGAAAUGAUAAAGAAAUGAUCAUAAAUGUUCUUCCUUGAGCUGUGUCACCCCGUAACAGUCCGUAAUAGACUGGCCUGAGGUCUCACUACAAACAAGCGGCUGCUGGAAGAGAGUGGGUGAGUUGUGUUAAGUGUCUUUGCUAAAGAAAUUAGGCAAAGUUAAAAAGAUGUUUGGUGGCUAGUACUAUGGCUGGGACCCUAUAUGUACUGUUGAUGAAGUUAGGUGCUGUUCUGAGCAUUAUUUGUGGAUAUAGAGUGGUUGAGGUUUGUUGAUGGCCCCUCAGACCGCAACAUCCUUCUCUCUAGGGGGGUGUCUAACUCGGUGUUACACUGUGUUUGACUCUAAAUUCAUUUUACGCUAGAAUAUCCCUUUAUAAACUGAAUGCUGCUGACUUUGGUUAAAACAAGACUUUUAAUUCUUCAUUCUGGUUUGAACAAAGUGGACAAAAGAACUUUCCCUGGCUUUGACUGCAAAGAAGUAUUGACAGCUUCUGAUUUGAGAUUUAUUUGCUUGACUUGGUGAAGAUUUCGGUCGGUUGCACAAAAGAGAGGAUUAGAGAGGCUGCGUUCAGAGACUGGGAAAUAAAAUCAGUGGGUAUUUGACACUGAGCUCCUCUCUCCCUCCCUGGGCUGAUAUCGGGACUGUACCUUAUCCAUAUUUUUGGUUCAACAAACACACACCUUAAAAAACAAAGAGAUGAAUUUGAUCACUAAUAACUCUACUUAUGCUCUCUGUCCAUUUUAUGAUUGGCUGUUCCAACUAUAGCGCUCCAGUUUCUGUUUGUCCUCCCUGUGCACUCCACUCAGGGGAUCCACAGCCAGUCAUUUUAAUGAUACAUGCAUAAAUAAUAGAUGUAUUUUUAAUUCAAACCCUAACAGGGACAUCGGAGGGCGAGUUUCUCCUUGUAUCAUCACCAAACGACUACAUAUUUUCACCUCACUUUACCUUUGAGACACAUUUUGAAAGUCUAAUGCAAGCAUAUCAUAACAACAGCGUAAACCAUACUGUCUGUGUCCCUCUGAAUUUCCGUUCAAGUAAAAAACGGCGCCAAGUACGUUGCAGUUGUAAUCAGACAAGAUACUUCUGGGAAAUAACAGUUGAUAAGAUCUGAAGAGGAUAUUAUCCCUGCUCAAAUUAGUUUUCAAAUUGCAAAUUGCAAAGGAACAAAUUGUCUGUUCAGUGUAAUAUUUCACUGAGUCUGGAGGCAAAUCAAAAUAAAUUGAAAGCAAUUAGAUUACGGUUAUUGCAUUUGAUUAAUCUGCUGGAUUACACUACUAGUUGACAGUUUGAAGUGUGUAGUCCUCUUACGGAUCAGUAAUACAUUUUUAAGUCAACCUCGGUUUAUUUUGACACUAAUGACAGAGCAGUAACUAUUGUUCAGUACCAAAGGUUUUGUUUUCUGGACUAACAGAGAUAAUUGAAAUGAUUAUUGAUUUAAUUAAAGCACCAGUCAGCAGCUAGGAGUUAUCUUGAAUAAUCCCACACUGAUAAAUCAAAGUUUAACAUAGUCUAUAAGGAGGACAUCUGUGCAGCGUGAUUUUUCCACAGUAUUGUAAAGUGUGAUUAUUGUACUGCUUAUUUCUCUCUCCAUUAUGACGCCCCAUGUUUGUUAAAUACUACACUAGUUACUGUGAGUGAGCUCCAGACUGAAUGUCAGCCCAGGGUUUUAUAUUUUCUUUCUUGCUCCGAUUGUUUUGUUGAAAACUUGCCGGAAAAUACAUGAAAUCAUUUUAAAGUUAAAGUAAAUAUUUACAGGUUAUCUGCGGGGUCUUAAAAAGUCUCAAAAUGGACAUAGCUAGGAGAGUUUAGUCAUUACCUAUGCAAUUGAACUAGUUCUUUACUGAUAUUUACAAAGCAUCUUGAUGUAGGUUUUUUGGAGUCGCCUCCAUGGUGAAAUUGUUCUUUUUUUGUUGUUGUUUUUUUUGCUUUUAUUUUUUUUUAACCUUUGUUGUUGAUGUUGUUUAAUCAUGCAGGAUACACUUUACUAUUUUUAUUUAUUUAUUCACGUACAUAUAUUUGAGCCAUCGUCCUUAAACAUUCGCAUAUAAUUGUUGUUAUAUAUGACUUUUUUUUUAAAUAGACUCUCACGGGCAUUCAUACAUAUCUAAUGUUCCUGCUAUUUUUGUUAUGGUUGGAAAUUUAAUAAACAGAUUGUUGAAAAAUGUCUUAAAAAUGUCUAAAAUUCUCUUAAAAUCUCAUAAAAUGUCUUAAAUACGGUUUUGAAAGGUCUUAAAAAUGAACUAACUCUACUUACAAAUAAAUAAUGUGUCACAGGGGUAAAGAUUGAUUUAAAGUAAUGUAAAAUGUUCAGAUUUCCCUUCAUGUCUUUUGUACUUUUUUGCCAGUUUGGAUGUUAAAUGGGUCUAAAAUUGUAUACAUACAGUCUUUAAAAAGUCUUACAAAGUCUUAAAUUUGACUUGUUGAAACCUUCAGAGACCCUCAUUUAUAAGUUUGUCAGCCUCCAAACUUGGUUACCUGAUCUAUUGUACAGUUAACAAAGACAUUUUGAGUUUAUAACGUAUUCAGAUAUUGUAAAGAUGAUCUGCUGUGAAUGUUAAGUGAGUUCGCCCUCAGUCCAAGUCCUCAUUCUGGAAAAUAAGUCAAAACAGGGACAGAGGACCCACUCUGAUAGAAACAAAGACGUGGGUUGUGAUUAAUUCCUGGUCACAUCUUCUGGCUUUAUCACCCUUGACUGAUUCAUCAGACCUGAGCUCCAAAAGGAGCAGCUUUUUAAUGAGAGUCAUAAUCCUAGAUCAGCACUUAAGCAGGAUUUGUCUCUAAACCAAGUGAUUGUUUUCACUUCUCUGUGUGUUUUUUCUUUUUUUUAGGCGGCUAACAGAAAAGAGGUUUAACAAAGAAUGUUGAAUAAUGAGCUCUCUCUCCCUCUUUGACAUUCUGUCUUUGUCAUCUGUUUCUUUGAUUGCCUUCCUCUCACUUGUGUUUCCCUCCUGUCUUCCACUCAUCUCUUUUAUAAUCCACCUUCACCGUCCCGGCUUUGACUUGAUGCAAUAAAUCAGAGUGAAACUGAUGAACUGAAAGAACGGUCCGCCAUACGUUUUAUAUUAUCACAACCCAUUUACUUCUCUUAUCGUUGAAAUUCUAAAUAUUAAUGCAAUACUGCGGCUUCUUUGUUGUACAGUUAAUGCACAACAUUUUCUGUGGGAAUUGAGAGCUUAAUUUAUUUUACAUCGAGUUCAAACGGAGGUUUCGUGCUGCACGUAUUUUUCUUGCAGCUGAUUGUGCAAAAGCAUUGUGUUUUCCCGAGUGUAUAGUUUCAAAAAGCUCAAUUAAAUGCUAGGAAAGGAAAUCUAAAAGCUUAUAAAAGGUUUUACAGAUGAGAUAUUAGACAUACAGUCAUACCACUUUUGGCUCACCUCCAUAUUAGAGAUUGUGAGAGUGUGAAUCCAGCUCUACAACUCUCUGUUAUGGAUCAAUUCAAAUGAAAGACCAUGCUUGGUGUCAGUACAGAUCAGAAAAGCCUCCUGUUGUGGUUGUAAACACUGACGCAGAGGGUUCCUGUCAAUGUGCGGUAGGUCACGCGACAGAAAAUCACUGCUUUCUGACUGGAACUGAAAUCUUACAGCUCAAUAACUUCAAAGAGAAGACGCUCCCUCCUCUUCCUCCUCCGCAUCUUUUUUCCUGGGGUUUUCUGUUCCUACCUUGGACUUAACAGCUCACCCCUGCAGACUUUCAGAUUACAAGCUGCUGUCCGGACUUCACAGAGGUGUCUUUAAAGUCGUCCUCUAGUGGCUUCAUUACCUGAUUCGGAUACUGUAAAGGUGCUGUGCACGCUCCCGGACGAGGAGGGGGAUCUUUGGUUCUUGUCCCUGGAAGAACUUUGCUCCAAACUCAGUUCAUAAAAACAAAGACCAACCACAUUCUCAGCGAUCUCCUUCUUGCUUUUGACUUGUAAUAGUGUCAAGCACGCUGCUUUAAGUAAUAUAACAGAGAGGCAGACGACACCACAGGUAAUGUGUCCCACAUCUUCGCUCAUUGAUAUUCCUGUAUCAUAUUUGGCUGUGGAGCAAUUUUUAGUAGCAUGACUCAUCCAUGUAAGAGAUAAAUCAUCUAACUCAUGAAUAUUAAUGUUGUCUCUCUAUGAACAAGGAGCAAGAAUAUUAAUCUCUCAGAUAAUCACACAACAAACAAGCAGAAGAACAAACCCCCACAUUUCAUGAACACCGAGGGACCUAAAUAUUUGCAAAAAUGCGUUUUAAGAUCUGUUUAUUAAGCCCUAGCUUCCCCUGCUGUUUUGAUGCGUGCGUGUGUGAGCUGUAUCUGCUGUCGUCAGUCUAAGAAAGAGCUUUUCUAUAAUUUAUGACAAAGACUAAUGAAUUAAAGACAUAAACUGUCCUGUUUUAAAAUGACAUUAUGUUUUAUUGUUGUAAGAGUAAUACUGGUUCACAAUCUACGAUCACAGUCUUUUAAAAUAAGGACGAGAUGCUUAAUAUCCUGACAGACUUGACUUUUAACCAAGCAGUAUGAAUUUCGUUGGGCAGUUCGUUUAACUUGAUUUUAAUCUGUCUCUAAACAGUUUGAGAUCUGAGACACCAGUCAAACUUAAAUAACCUUUUUUUCUUGUCAAACGUAAAUUUGGACGCAGUGAGCGGCCCUUAAAAUUACCCCCGCCAUCUGUAAGAAACAGCAUUAGCUUUUAAAAACCAACAACUGCGCGCGAUAUUAAGAGGAGGCAGUUUGAAAGGCAGCUGAAAGAAAAACACACAGAAGAAAAACCCUCCCACAGUUCAAUUCAAAGUCUGUUUAUCCAUCUGCAGCAGUGUAGUUCAUGGUUAUUUCUCACUUUCUUUAAGAGUCCUCUGUGUCUAAUGAUCCCAGCGUGUCUCUCCGCUCUGCAUCGUACCCCAAACAGAGCGCUGUGUGGACUCCCUCCUGAGCAGAGCCGCACUGACCGCUUUAUACUGUCGGAUAAACUAGUCUUUCAGUCUCCUAUCAAACCCUGGGGGAGCGGCGCUGGAGCUCCAACAUUGAAACCUCAAAGGAUGAAACUCUGCCUUGAGUUACAGUUGUGGCUUCAUGUGGACUUUUUGUCUGAUAGAGUCUCAGGCAGAAGUGCAGAUCCCUGCUUUAGCUGUGUCACAGAAGGUGAACUCUUGUUCCCAUGGGAGUCAAAUGUUAACUAUUAAUAAUGUACUUUUUUAUUCUUUUUACCAAGACAUUUCUGUGCAAGAUUUGCAGAUUCUGCUGUUCUUCACUUUAAACUGCUAUUUUUAAAAGGUGAUGGUCACUCUGCAGCCAGAUGACAUAGAUAUUAGGAGUGGGAAUCACUAGUGGCCCCAUGAUAGGAUAUUAUCGCGAUACUUGGGCCAUGAUAUGAUAUUAUUGCGAUUUUUAAUAUUUUGCAAUACAGUGAGUAUUGCGACACAAUUAGGGUGACCAUAUUCUGAUGACCACAUGCGGGCGGAGUCACAGAGUCGCACAAAGUUAAUUUUGAGAGUUUUUCGGGUCGGAUCGAGUGUCUUUUAUGCACUUUUAACUCAGUAGGUCCACAUGACACAACCUCGAAACUUCCGUUCAAAACCGCAGAAAUUUAAAGGAUUUUAUAAAACUUCCCCGGACAAAGUCGGACAAGGCUGGACAUCCCGGACAGCCCCCCAAAAAGAGGACAUGUCCAGGUAAAAGAGGACGUAUGGUCACCCUAGAUACAAUAAUUGCAAUUUUUUCAACUGUUAAGCUAAUUUAGCAUUUGUCCUUCCUUUAUGUUUAUCUUAUUUACGCUGUACUUUAUAUUCAUGUAGCACAUCUUGCAAACCUUCGAUAUAUUUGUUGUACUAACUUUCUCCUGCUCUAUGAUCAAUCAAUCAAUCAAUCAAUCACUUUAUUUAUAAAGCAAUUUUCAUACAUGGCUUGUAUCACAAAGUGCUGUGUUACAAAAUAAAAUAAAAACUGCAAAAACCCCACCCACCGAAUUUAACAGAGAUCCCCCCCAUCCACCCACCCAUUCACACGCACAGACAGACACACACACACACCUACGCACACUCUCACGACCAUCGAGACACCAAGUCAGGGCUCAACAGGAAGCCACAGAGGACCUUGGAAACGCUAUCUUUAACUGAAAUGGAGAAACACUGAAACUGAAGCUAAACUGAUAAAACCAUGACAAGAUAUAAAAAAUAAAAGGAAAUAAAACAAUAAUAAUAAUGGUAAGAAUAAUAAUAUAAUAAAACCUUUUUAAAAUCUGAUUUGACUUUAUAUUAGCGAUUAAUUUGAAAAAUCAAUACUUGGUAAAUGAGACGAUACAAUAUAUCACCAGACAAAAUAUUGCAAUACAAUGCUGUAUCAUUUUUUUUUCCACCCCUGAUAUUUAUAUCAUUUUCCAGCGUGGAGCUCUUUGCAUGCAUAACAUCAUAGCAUGAGUUUUACAUUUCCAUUUUGUGUCUGACAUUGCAGACAUAAAGUUCAGUAAAAGUCUUUUAAAAACAAUCCCUAAAGAUGAUCUUCUGACAUUUAAUUGUUCGUAUCGCGCAUGUGGGCGUCUCAAUAGAGUUAAAACUCUCGAAAUAUACCUCUCUGGAGCGAGAUUUCCAGCUUUCACAUUGCAUAAGCAGUCAGUGUUUGAGUUUAACAAGCGCAGAGGAGCGGAGGGUUAUGUGCGUAGGUGUGAGGUUAUGGACAGACGAACAGACAACAAGAGGAGGAGAGGAAGAAAUAUCAAAACUGUUAUCAGCUGAGGUGUAUAAACCUGUUUACAACAUGUCCAUUCAAUAUGUUCGUUCUGUGAUGCCAACAAAGUGAGUCACACCGAGGAACGCAUACACGCAUGAACGCAGCAGUAAAUCUCAAGUUCAGAUACAGUGAAAGAAUAUAGGUCUGUGUAAAAAGCAUCCACUAUAUAUUUCCCAUGAUUCCCAGCUCUGCCAUAUGGUCAUCCGGUUCUUUCUCUGCCAAAAUAUCCGAGUAUUCGGCCUCCAGGCUGCUUGUAUUGUCAAAUGAAAUUGGAAAUUCCCCAUACUGCUCUCUUGGCAAAGUAGCUAUCGUUUCCAUUCAUAUUGAAAUACCAAUAUAAAUUUCAUUUAUCCUUUGGUGUUGAAUGGCUCUUCGCCCAGUUAGUGCCCCUUUUUUGCUGCACACACACAUUUUCCUCGAAUUCAACCACAGACCAGAUCUCCACAGUCGUCUCUGAAUCUCUCAGGCUGCUGCUGCUGCUGCUGUGACAGGCCGGAGGAUAUUUAUUUCUCAAAAUACUCGCCUUCUAUCAGGCAGGGUCACGGCCCGCUGCAGACCUCUGUCUCAAACUGUCCUGACCAGAGCUAGUGGGGGGCCAACAUGGUCUCUGACAAGCUCCUCUGGGAGGUGCUAUCAUGACAUAAAGAAUUCUACUCAGCCCACACGUCCGAGUCCUGCCCCUCCUCUCUAAGACUGCCGCUGAGUCCCACAUAUAUAACAUGUUCACCAUGCUGUAGCACACGGAAACGAUUUCCCCCUCAGUGUUAGAAAAGGAGACAAAAAGAAACUGGUUGUGAAGGUGAGGCUUUGACCUUUGAGCACUUGUGGGAUUUCCUGCCACUUUUCCAAGGCUGUGUUUUCAUUGAAGCUGCAACCUCAUCUCUACGAUCACACUCAUCUUUUCCUCGAGGGUCUGGGGGGCCAAACCAAAGAGCCUGCAGAGCCGUGAGAUGAGGGUUAAAUGUUGGCAUCUGGAUCCACCUUGUUUAGAUUUGAAACUUGGUAUUUCAUUCUUGGGAAUCAGACUUGGUUGAUUGGGAUCUGAGAAAUCUGAAGGCCUACCUUGAACUCGGUCCAGACUUAACCAGACUACAACAAUGCAGUCAUACACACAAACAAACAGUGUUGUGCAGUGUGUAGGCUAAAUGUUCACUCUUCUGGUCAUGGUGUUUCUUGAGUAGAUUGCAAAUAAAGGUCUUAAAGCGCCCCAUAGCGUUUGCUUAUUAAUGCUCAUUAAAUGCCUCAUUUUAUACCCACUGCAACCCAGCAGAUAUGUCAAUAUCAGCUCAUUAGUACUUUUAAAAAUUUGAUUUUAUCUCCAUCUUUCUCUUCAACAUGCUGCCAUCGUACUUAAUACCCAUCUUCCCCGUCCGCGGCAUCACGCUUUUCGUCAUGUUGGAGCAGCCCCGCACUUCAAGAUGGCUGCCAAAAUGACGCAGUCGUCUCUUUGUUUCUCUGUGCGAUGCUCUGCUAUGUUCCAGUAUGAUAGAUUAGACACAGCCGCCUGCACGGUCUGGCUCCAGCAUUCAGCGGCAUUAUGGCAGAAGUCCAGAACAAAUCUACUUCGCAUUUAGAUGCCAGCGUGUUGUCAUGGAGAAGAGAUACCUUUAUACAGUAAGUAAAAAAAAAAAAAAAGGAAGACAAAGCACUUUUGUUCACUCGGUUGUGCCUCUGGUCAGUUUCAGACCACACUUGGUGGGAGCUUUUGUCAGAGCAAGGUGAGGAAAAGGAGAACUUUUUUUUUUUUCCCAGUGAAAAAAAAUGAAAAUGAUCUGUCAGAGGCAAUGAUUCAAGGCGGUGUGAUGGAUGGGUUUGUCUUUCUCUGCCUCUCAAUCUUUCAAUUUACUGCCAUUCUUACUGUUGCUGCUCUUGGAAAGCUAUCAUUUCACCACCCUCCACAUUUCAGCCAAACUCUUCGUAUCUGUCCAUGGCGCGGUGAAGGGAAGAGAGUUGAUUUUCAGUUUCGCGCUUGCACGUACCGGUUUUUAUGAUUUGAUCGUUGUGUAAAAUUACAAUUAUGAAUUUGUUCUACAUAAUGAAGAAUGAAAGGCUUUACUGGUUGUUAAAAGAAUCAGAUUUAUGCACAAGACAGCAGCUGAAUGAGAAGAAGAUUUCACUCAAGUGGUAAUAUCUCCAACACCAGACCUGCAGAAAUCCUGGCCCAUCACAGCUGUAAACCUCCUCCUCUCCUGCAGUCUGUUAUUUUCCUUUUGGUGCAUAAAGAGGAAAACUGAACUUUAAAAGAUGCAACCUUAUCAACCCCUGUAGCACUGACUCACCCACUGCACACCCCUGUCCCACUGUGUCCUGCAGCAAGGUUUAUGAGAUUAGCUUUCCACUGUGUGUGCGUGUUUGUGUUUGUGCAAGCACCUUACUUCUUUUUCCUCAAAAUCCGUUUUUCUGCGCUGACAUUUUCAGUACACCUGUUGUUCCACCUCGAUCUGUUUUUAAAAACUCAAUUUGAUCAGUGCGUGUUGUAACUUUGUUUACCCCAGAGGAACCGCAGCGUAGUCGACAUUUUCACCCCUUUCUCUGUUUCUGCCCCUAAAGGUACAAAAAGCACACAGAGCUUUGGCUUAUGCAGAGACUUGUUUGUUUUUUUCUCUGCAGGAUCCAGGUGUCCUCUUGUGUUAUUGCUGGAUUGAUCUAGUGCAAUACCUCACACAGACAAGGGCUGGCUCGAACAAACCCCCCAAAGACAAACACAAAGCUGUGGGCAAACAUCAUGAUUAUUGUGAUGUGGAUGUUGUGGAUGGCUCAAAGUGAUCAAAUCCCACAAUGCUGGAUCACCACCAGGCCCAUCCUGUACACAGCCAGAGGUUAUGCUGUCUACUGCAUAGAUAUAGUAAAACACACAUAGUGCAGAUGUUUGCUGCGACUGAGAAUAACCGUGCGUGGAUGAGUCGCCCCAGGGAAAGAAAAGUUGAAAUGAAGUCGUUAUUUCUGCAUGCAUUACUGUGAAUACAUGUGUGUGACUUUAUUGUUCUUUUCCUGUCGUUCUUCAGGUCUCAGGUGUGUCUCCAGGUGACAACCAAAACCCAGGUCUGUUGCUGGCUCCAGGGGUGAGGUGGGGACAGACACCCAUCAACCAGCUCACACCUUGGGAUACAGAUGAGCCGCCGGCGAAGCAGCAUCGAGACAGCGAGCCCAGCGGUAAUAAAUCACAGCGUUUAUGUACAUGAAUACAAACUGACAUCCUGUUUUAAAUCGUCUCUGCAGCUAUUAUGCUGAGGCAAACACAUCUACUUUACUACGUAAGGCUCAUUUAUGCUCACCAUACGUUUGAAAAUAUACGCAUCCGUUUCAAACGAUGGUUCCGUCACUGCUCACAUACUUCCAUGUGUCCUUUACGUUGGCAUAGAUUGUUAACUAUUCCAUCCACCAGGGGGCAGGCCAGAGUCAAAAGUCUCUGACUACAACAAAAAAAAAGAAAUAUGGUGACUGUGGAGAAGCUAUUGAUAAUGUAUAUUUUGUAGGGAUGCACCGAUCUGAUAUUUGGAUCUGAUAUCGGCUCCAAUAUUGACUGAUUAACUUGAUCAGAUAUCUGGUGAUGACGCCGAUCCACUGUUCUGAUCCAGUCUUUUUUUGUUUUAAUUAAUUUUACUUUUAAUACAUGGAAGUCUUACUUUUUUUUGCUGUGUGCUAAUGUGCAAUUUGUUAUUUGUUAAUACAUAAUAUUAAGUAAAUUUAUAUCUGUGUUAAUUUGUUACCUUUUUUUUUUAACUAAGAUUAGUGUCAAGCCUGAUGCCUUCACUCACAGGGCAAGGUAUAAAGUUCAUUCAUUCAUUCAACAGUAGUAUUGGAUUGAUAUCGGAUUGGAUCAGAAAAAAACAUAAACUGUAUAAAGAAUGGACAGAGUCUGCCUCCUUGCUGGGUAAAGCCAGUCUAAGAACAGCACCCUCUGUUGACGAGCUGCAGUAUAGGUCAUAAAUCCCGCCUCCACCAGCAAAGCUUAUGGAGCUGUGGACAAACUUUUAUUACAUAGAACAUAAAUUUUUCUCCCCCCCCGGCUUGCGAUAGUGACAUGUAGUUACAGUAAGACUGGUUUGUGCUCAAGUCCUCUUUUUUCUGUGAAGCUCUGUUUUUAAAAGUUAUUAGGAGGUUCAUGUUUUCUAUGAUUGACACCUGAUACAGCCUAUUGGUGUACCUGUGAGAAAAAUUGACAACAAACCUCAAAAAGCCCCACCAUUGUCUUCUUUGUUUCUCCCUAGAGAUGCAUAUCGAAUCGUGAGAGCAGCAGCACUGCCUCCAUGGUUUCCAGUGGUACUACUCCGUUUGGCCCGUAUCCGUAAACUUUAAGAAGAAGUGCAGAAAUACAGAUAAAAAAGAACGCAAAGCAUACAUGUGGAACUUUGAGCAUAAAUGAGCCUUUAGACAUCUUAGCCUGUGAGAGAGAAGAUGCCUGCCUCUGCAGUAUAAAUACUAAAUAUACACAAAGAGCCUAGUUAUAUAGGAAUUUGUGUAAUAAGUAAAGUAAAACUUCAAUCCACCUCCUCAAGUUUUCUAAACUCUUCACUUUGCUUUGAUUUUAUUGCCCUUGUUUUUGUUAUUUUCUCUCAAAGUGAAGCAGAUUUGGUCAAAUUAAAUUAGUGCAGCAAAUCUCUGAAAGUCCUCCAAAUGAUCUCCACCAGGUUUAAUUGAGAUGUCGACCUUAUUCUAUUCACAGAUCCUUUACAAAAAUAGCCGAGUGUGUCUGCAGCACACACUGAGGCGUUAAUCCAAUGUGGUGUUUCUUUUUUUUUUUUUUACUCUUUAUUGUAAUGAAGUCGCCCUGAGUGGCUCUGCCCUACAGCAGUUAAUUUCCUUCUAUUGCUCCGCUGACCUCUCCCUCCUGCUCUUCACAGACGUGUCUCAUUUAAGAAUAACACUGACACGCAGCCUGUUCGAGUGCGAAAUCCGACUCAACUAUUUAAGAUUGUAGUCAGCUGCGGCUCUUCCCUGUUUAAUAACCAUAACAGUGAUAGGAGAAUAUGGAGUAUGGGGGUUUUCAUUGUGUCUUGUGAUGUUGUGGCCCCCCUGCUGUGCGAUCACAGCCCCCUCUCUGUAAGGCGUCACUGAAAAACUCAACUCAAAACCGAUGAGUACAUGAAAAAUUAAUGCAGUUUUAUUUUGAUUUGAUCUGUUUACUCAAGACUUAUGAAUAUGAGUCAGUGUCAGUGAAACUCUUGAUUUAUAAAGGAGUAUUGAAGAUUUGCUGUAGGAGAAGAUAAGGAAAGUAUAAAUGCAUAAAUAUUAAUGUUUAAUUGACUUCACGGCGACGUCAUGCAAAGAUCUCUCACCCAGAUCCUUUCACACACAGAGGGGGAAGAAACAGACUGAAGUUAAGCUCAUUGAGGAGUGAAUUAUGAACAGACAUGACCUCUCCUCAGGAGUCUUUUACAUCCAUCCUCUUUUCUUCUUGCUGUUUUUCUGUAUUUCUCCCUCCCUCUCCAUUCGUCUCUGCCCGCACUAUUAUAUCCGCGGGGCAAGUAUCAUGAAUAAUGGGAGCUCAUUUUUUUCCCUUUUCUUUAGCUUUUGCAUGCUGUGAUUUAGCCUUUGGCCCCCUUUGGCAGACUGGUGGGCUAUUUUUGGAGCUUGGACCCUGGCAGGGGAUGAUAAAGAUGAUGGAGUGGGAGUGGAUGAGUAGAAGAGAGAAGCUGCACUCAGGCCAAAUACAGCGAGUCUCUUCCUCGCCAUCAAACACCUCAGGGCAGAGGAAUGAUUGGCUCAGAGUGGACCCACUCGAGCGGACUGUCACAUGUUUGCUAUCAGGACGAGCAUUUGUUCAACAAACAUAGCAAAAUAGAUAUAUGGAGCAGAGCAGCAACUGGUUUCUGUCUUGUAAAUAUGUAUUAUAUGCACUUAAAGGUGGGGUAGGCGGGAUCUGAGGGAGCGCCAGUUUUUGGGAGAAAUCUUUAACGUAAACACUUCCCCUCCCGACCAGUUUUCCCCUCAGCUCCUCCUCUCCCCUCCCAAUUAAAUUCAGAUAUAAUGCAGAUAAAUACUUCAGAUAAUUACAAAUGGAGCCCAGUCAAUGUGAAAGUAAAAAGCAUUGGUGCUACUGUAGAUGCCAACAGACUACCAGCAAACACAAUGUCUGCAGGACUUAUAAAACUAGGAUAAAGUGACAUAGUCGAGGACCUGAGGUAAACAGUUUAGCGGUGCAAGAAACACUUCUGUUACAGACACUUGGCUUACUUCGUUAAAGAGGUUUACCUGUCCAGCAGAAAGGUUACAGGGUCCAUAAGAUCCCGAAGCGUCACCCAUCCUUUAUGCUUCUUUGACGUUGACCCAGCUGUUUAGCUCUUGUCCGGUCUACCUUCUUUCUUAAGCGCUUGUUUUUCCGCCAGAGUCUCCAGUAUUUAGUUUGUUUUCUGGCUUGUGUUGGCAGUCGUGGCCAAAGGAAGAUUCAGACAAUUUUCCAAACUUUCUGGUUGGUUUCUAAUGUCCAGUAUUGUAGUACACUAACUUUGUUUUGGCUAAUGAAUGUUGUUCGAGGACGAGGAGCGUGCUUCACAACACGAGGGAACAGAUUCUGCCUUACAACCAAUCAGAUCAGGGAGGUUGGGAUUGGCUUUGUCAGAAUAAACAGCUCACUCAAAAAUUUUAAGAUGUUGACUACAUAGGCAGAAGAGAACACAGCAAUAUCGUGAUAUUCCCAAAUGUCAUCAAUAACUAAUAGCUAUUUACUGAUAUUAAAAGCUUUUUUGUAUAUACACCACAAAAAAAGAUCUUUCUUCAAUGGAUUUCCACCAACCCAAUCUUUAAAUUCAUGUAUUUGCACAUGCAGGUGAAACACAAACCUCUUCCUUUUGCAUGGGGAAAAUAGAGUUAUCUCCUGGCUCUGUUUCUUCCAUUUUUUAAUGUCUUUCUUUCCCCUCCUCUCCACAGGUUCAACUUGGGCCUCAUCAGUACCAGCAGUGAGCCAGCCCAGCCUCCUGCCCCACACCUACGCCCUCCCUAAGCCGCCCACCUUCAGCCCCAGUGUGACCGCGCAGUCGCCCAUCAUAGGAAUAACCCCAUCCAUCCAGACAUCUGUUCCCCCACAGCACCCUCUCAUGACGGCUCACUUUCAGCUGACCCCGCAGUCCGCCCAGCAGCUGCCCCCUAUGGGUCUGAGCAUGCCGGGUCAGUCUCUUUAUCCUUCCGCACAUCCAACCGUGACUCCAUCUGCCCUCGCUGCACAGGGCAACCACGCGAUCCAUCCAAACCCUCACAGCGUGAGCGGCAACGGUCACUUAACCUCUCACCCCGGCCCCGCCCUACCUCUGACCAAUGGACAGGCAGCGGCAGCUCAAGCUCUGCCCUCAGCGGCAGCCAUUCAGGACGGUCCUAACGGGCUGCAGCUGCUGCGGACAGUCGGCUCUGGGAAGUACGAGUUCAGUGACCCGGGGCAUCCUAAAGGUAAGCAUGGCCAACCCAGCUGAUAGGAUGAUUCUUGUUUUUAGACUUUGUAAGACCCACUGUACUCUAAAUAUAGACCCUGUUACAUCUCUCUUUGAAAGGCCGAAUCAAAGCAGAUCCGUUCAGACAAAAACCUGAGCUCAGAGGAGAAUCCAACCAGAGAGCCGUUAGGUAUUAAAUCAGUGCACUCUAAGCUCUCUGUUCCUUGUGACCUCUCUUUAUGUGAGGCCGUGCUGGAAUGAAACAUCGAGUCCCCUCCCCUGCCCUCUGUCUGUGUACCAGAGCAGUUUCAGAUGCCAACAGUCAUAAACAAGACAGCAAGCACCAAAGCAAGGGGCUGUUAAAAUAAAACAAGAACCACUUUAUUUCAACGCUGCUCCAAGGUCUCAGAGAACAGAGGUGGACCUAAAACAACCUCUAAUGCUGCUACUGUUAGGUGGAUUUUUUUUUUGAGAGAGAACAUUUGGUUCUGAUCUUCAGCUGGCAUCUGAACCGGUGUGCUCUGAAAUUGGUUGAAAUAGUGUUCUUGGCAGGAGAACUCAAAAAGGAAGAGAGCUUUCAGUCUCUGCCCUCUCUGAAUCACUGCCUCUCUCUCUCUCUCUCUGUGUUUGUAGAAGCUCAUCAGAGCGGCGACUCACACCCGAAUCUGUGAGCCGUUUCACCGUUGUUUGGUUUAACCUUGGGAGUUUAUGAUGCAGGAUGUCAGAAACAGGUGCCUGCUAUUCCCCCGACCAAUUUUCACAUUUAAUGAAGCUUUUAAUUUAAUUGGAUUGUUUUCUUUUUCCCCGACUCUUUUUGAUCAAUAAAACAUGUGCGAAUGAACUCGCAGAUUGUAGAAAAGCAAUUAUGGCGGGAGCUGCCUGUGAUACAUAGAAAUGAGUCUGCAGGUAGAAUUGGAAACGGAUAAUUGGACAAAUUCAUAUGUUGGUCCAGUCCGGUGUGUUGAGCGUUACCUCCAUGUUGAAUGGGCUGUCUUCAUCUAUUAAAGACGUACAUGUCAAAAUACAUUGAUUUUACAGGCCGGAGAAGCUCACGCUUAAUUGGAAUCACAAUAUUGACAGAAAAACCGUUCCAGAGAGGGGAAAACAAACUAAUGAAAGGUGCUAAAAAUCUGAGAAUUUGCCUGACGUAAUAUUGACUAAAUCUUCUUUGGGCUCAGAUGGCAUUUUUCUGUACUAGAUAAGACAGCUGAAUAAAGACAUGAAACUCCAAGAGGAAGGAUCAAGGCUAGGAGUCGAACAUGCAACUAUCAAGGACUAUUAUCUGCUUAUUGAAACUUACAGACCUGCCUGUAUAUUUAGUUUUUAAAGAGGUAGAAAGCUAUUCAGGGUCGAGCUUUGUUCACUGCUGUCCUCAGUAUCUCCACACAAACGCACACAGGGUUGAUCCUGUCCUUAAGAAACUGAAUAUACACAGCAGGUCAUGGGUAGAGUUUAAUGAAAAAAUAAAGAAAAAAACCUCCCUGGCAAACUUUACUUUACUUAUCCAUUCAGAGUGAAAGUAGCUGAGGUGAAAGCCAAAAAUAAGCGACUGACUGACAGGUGGAACAUUUUGAGCAGCCGGUAAAUUAUCGUCCUGACUGAUUUCCAAAAUAUUCUCAUGUUUAUGCAGCAAUUUUAACAAUUUGUUCAAUUUUCUCGGAGUAGGCUGCACUGAAAUCCGUCAUAUGUGUCACGUUUAAGGUUUUUCCAUCCAUAUGGUGAACAGAUUUAAGUCUAUAGACACAACUUUUAAAAUAUACCAAAAUGCAAAUGAGUUCUUGUAACUUUUUGACCUGGGUCUUCAGGGAGCUGAUGGAGCUGUGGAGCUUUUAUCUAGCUGCACAACAAGCUGCUGGAUGUGUGCAUGCGUGAACAAAUAUGUGUGUUGUUGCACACUUGUCCAGGUUCUCAGGUGUGACUUCAACCCAAGAAUGUGCGGAUGCUGUGUCAGAUGUCAUCCUCGCAGCCUGAAAGCCAAACAGCACAGUGACAGAAAUCAGACUCUGUGUUUGAUUUGCCUGCAAAGGGAGCAAUUUAUUUUCACUCUGCAUCAGUGGGCACAUCAACAACUGUGUGCUCCCCUCUGUGUGGGAGUGUGUGGGCUUUUUUUUCUGCACUUCUGUUUACAAUAUAUAGUGACUUUCUUUGGAUAUAUUUGUGGGAACGCCAUAUGUUUGUGUGUAUGAAGAGAACUGCUUGGAGGCAGCUUUAACCUCAUCACCUCCUGAGAUAUACGUACCUUUGUCACCUCGCUGUGAUCUGCCUACCUGCUUUCUCCAUCCACAGCAGAGCUCUUUCAUCAUAGCUGCUUGUCAAAGUGAACAAAUCAAACUCCAAACCAUCUUUUUUAUUGUUUAUUUUUUUCUGUCACACAUCCCACUCCUCUCUCAUCUUUUUGUUGUUUUCUUUUCACUGAAGAAAAGAGAAUCUGGGCAAGCUUUAAACUCUAAAUAAUCUUUAUAUAAGCUGGUAAUAUAAGAUAGCUUACACUGAGUUUGGGGGAAAAAACAACAGAAUUUGUCAGAUAGAGAUAGAUAAGACAGAGAGGCUGUUGUAGGGCUGGGCGAUAAACCGUAAAUUUACAGAUACUGAAAUUAACUACAAUAAUCUACAUCAUUUCACCCACAUCAAUAUAUUUUAAUUCUAUUGAGACGCCCACAUGUGCGGUACAAACAGUUAAAUGUCAGAAGAUCAUCUUUAGGAAUUGUUUUUAAGUCUUUUACUGAACUUAAUGUCUACAACAUCAGACACAAAAUGGAAAUGUAAAACUAAUGCUAUGAUGUAUGCAUGCUCAUAGCUCCAUGCUGGAAAAUGACAUAAAUAUGCCAUCCGGCUGCAAAGUAGGGCUUGGCGAUACACCGAAAAUUUAUCGAUACCGAAAUUUAUGACAAUAACCGAAGUCAUUUUGUCCAUAUCAGUAUAUUCUGUGUCAAAAAUAAAUAAAUAAAGUUGUUUUUGGGUGUGUGUGGGUAGGCUAUGGUCUCAUUUCCCUUUAUGACGCUGUCCUAAGUCAGAGACGUGACUCCACCCCAUCCAGUCUGUAACAAAGAGCGAAAGAUAGGUGAGGAGAUGGAGGGAGAUUGUGGGAGGGGGUGGGAAGUUAUCGUCCAUUUAUCGUUAUCGAGGUGAACUGCUCAAUAUAUCGUAAUAUUGAUUUAAGGACAUAUUUCCCAGCCCUAUGUAACUGAAAUGGACAGCUGUCUUUAUUGCAGUGCAGAGACCUCACUGGUCUGCACAAGAUUGACUCUCUUCUUUCACGCCCGUAUAUGCACGGGUGUGAAAGAGAGAAUAAGUGCAAAUGCAAAGUUCUCAGUGAAGGACCCAAGUGUAUCUCAGCUGUCUCACACAUGCAGCGCCGCCACGCUGCCUCUCUUCACAAGAAGUUUGUUUUCCAGUCAGCUUGCAUGCACAGUCAUCAGGGAGCGAACAGCUCUGGAGCUGCUGGUGGAUCCAUUAAGAUGCCUCACUGAGUUAAGAUCAUGUGUGUUGGUCGGUUGCAGAGGAGCCUCACAUCCAGAACCCCCUCACCUUUUCCUCCUUUUCUCUCUUAAAACUCUGGCUUUGAUAAGAUUUGAAUUAUGUCCAUGCUUAUUUUCCUUGUAUACCAGGCAUAUUGGCGUCAAUGUAUUUUGUCUGGUUGUGUUGUUGCACAUUUCAGCAAAAUUGAAUAAGAUUUUGGGGUUCUUCCUUUUACACUUUUCAUGUCUUAUCAAAAGCUAAUUGAAGGAUAAGUUCACCUUGGUAGAGGUUGAUGUUUCUGGAUAUGAAAUGGAAGUUUUGAGCAGAUUUCAUUCUUUCUCACUGUCUGAAGACUUCAGUAGCGAUUGUAGGGAACGCACCAUUGUGAGUACUUAAAGUGGCGCAGAAAUAUUCAUCCUUAUUCCACCGCAAGAACACUCUUCCAGCAUGACAGGCCUCUCAAACCAGUUUGCGAUACUCGCUCUCUUCUUCACUUCCUCACAGCGAGAACAAAAUAACAGUCUUUUUUCAACAUCACAAAUAAUACUGAAUCUCCCCUGAGGUUUUUUUUUUUUUUUUUGGGGUCCUUUUCCUCUCUUGAACUGUCGGCAGCUUUACUGCUUGACUGAAAUGGAAUUCACAAGAGCUGCAGAAGUUGUAAAUUAUUAAUGAGUUUGAAAUUUAUUCCAAUCACUGCGUUCACUUUUCACAGGUAAUGCUCUUAAAAGGGGACCUGCAGUGCACUUUUGGGUAACUUUGACACUUGAGUCCAUAUUAAUGAUAUUGACUCAAACAUCUUGUCGUAGAAGAUCAGAGUUUAUAGAUGUAGCUGGACUUUUCCUAACAAUGACUCCCUAUGAAAUAUUUUCAUCUCAGGGGAAAGCAAACAAAAAAGGAGAGAAGAGGACACUUGAGGUCAGCUGUAAGCAGCUCUCCCUUCUUCUCUUUCUCCCUCAUUAUCGUAUUUUAAAGCAGAGGAACCCCUCCAGCAGCCCCGUACAUUAUACCCCCUCACAGCUAAAACACGGACGGCGGCGAGCUCAUUAAGAUUUAUCAUCCCUCAUCCACCUUUUCAGCGUAGAACGCCACACAGCCUUCAUUAAUCACCUGCGUUUUCAAGAUAAAGCUCAGCGGCGGCUCCGUGGCAGGACCGGGAGCGUGACAACCUCGGCUGCUAUGCACAUAAUCACAGCCGAGGAGCAGCCACAGGGACCCCUGCCACGCUAGAUGAGACACCACGUCCACGCCUCCCUCCCUCCUCCAUACUCUCCUCAACUUAUACCCUUCUAUUCCUCUCUUCCCCAUGGGUCCUUCUCACUGCAAUUUUCUAUCCGUUUAUUCACUCCAUCACGCAUGCUGAGCGUCCUCUCCAGCCCCCCCUCUGUGCUAACAUCCACCUGCUUACCCGUACCUACUUACAGCUUCUGCUUUUUCUCUCUUUGUGUACCGUUUUCAUUCCCUGUAUCUCCUCUGCCACCUGUUCCAUGCUUUUAUAACUUUCUCUCCUCCUCACUUAUUUCUUUGCUCCAUUGAUGCCGGAGUUAUUAGCAGUCUUCUGAUCACCUGCAUGGAAUCCAUAAUCAGUUUCAUAAGAUCUACAGAGGCUGAUGAAGUAUAUUCUUUAAUACCAACAUGUUUGUUUUUUAAUAUACAGCACUAUAUUAGUAUUUUCAUCCACAACCGAUUAUAAAUACAUGAGUAAGAAUUGAAGCUGGGAGCUUUCAUAUCAUGCAUUAAAUAUGAAGUCGUGGUCUCAGACUGGAACAGCGCCCUAAAGGGUACACUGGCCUCGGUUUUGUUGAGUCAGAUUGAUUUGUGUGCAGGGCAACGUCUAAGUUAAGGAAGGUUUCGCCUCAGAUGGUUCUUGAAUCUCAAGCACUUUAUAUCUGAUGUGAUGGAGCAAGUUGCUGACAUGUUAUUCCUCACAUCAACCAUUAUAUAAGUGCUCAUGCAUUAUUAAUGAGGCUAUGUAAAUACAACAAUUAUUGGUCAACAGUGGAUGUUUCUCUCUAAUGAGAAAUAUCAUGCCAUCUUGAAGUUUUCUUAUCAGUAAUGAUGUGAUUCCAUAGACAUGGAGGUCAUAGUAGGGCUGGGCGAUAUGGCCUGAAAUCAAUAUCACGAUAUUUUGAGCAGUUCACCUCGAUAACGAGAAAUGGGCGAUAUCUUCUCCACAAGCUGUUUACCUCUUCCCACAUUAACUUUGUCUACUUCAGCCGCCGCUCCAGCCGCUACAACUUUUGAACCGUCCUCCAUCUCCUCACCUGUCUUUCCCUCUUUGUUACGGACUGGAUGAGGUGGAGUCAUGUCUCAGACAUAGGACAGCGUCUUAGAGGGACAUGAGACCAUAGCCUAAACUACACACAUCCAAAACCAACUUAUAUUUAUGUAUUUGACACCGAAUAUACCAAUAUGGACAAAAUGACGUUGGUUAUUGUUGUAAAUGUCAGUAUCAGUAAAUUUUUGGUUUAUCACCCAGCCCUAGCUCAAGGUGUUCUUAACAAGGGGUCACAGAAUCUGCACAUGAGCUAGCACCACCAGCCUUAGACCCCAUGUCCACAUGGGCGGGUUGCAAAUUGCUCCUGUCCAGUGAUAGGUCUACAUACAACAUAAUCUCCAUUUUCCAGAUCAAAAUACUGCUAAACUGCACCUUGCUACAAGAUGCCAAGUAUAAGGGGAAAAAAAGUAUUACGGUUGUAGCCACUUACCAGAUCUGCAACCCCAAUAUCCACACAUCCAAAACCAACUUUUAUUUAUGUUUUGUUUGUUUUUUUUUUUACACUGAAUAUAUUGACAUGGGCAAAAUGACCUUGGUUAUUGUCGUAAAUUUUGGUAUCGGUAAAUUUUCGGUUUAUCGCCCAGCCCUAGUUCAUAGAUGUGUUUGAUUAUUAUAUGCAGCCUGCUGUCAUAUACCAUAAAAAAGUAGUUCAAUAUAGAGUUAAACUUGCAGUAUAUUACAACUCAGAAUGAGCGCCUGUUGUAUGCACUGAAGCAUGCUGGGCACAGUCCAGAUUCGUAGGUCAAUCCAGUUGUCUUUCACCGGGGAGGGGGAAAAAAAAAGUCAGAUGAAAAGAAGAAGAGUGAAAGCAGUGCGAUGAAAUACAAAGAUUACUCGCCUGACUCCACCUCAGGCUCCAUGAGCUCUCUCAGGUGUGCAGUCUGCUGAGAAGAGCCCCACAUACAAGCUAACCCCAGCAUUAACCUUUCUGCUGCGGCUGUUGUGACUUUCACAAAGUUACCCCCAUAAACACGCUUUGUCUUCAGGGGAGAUGUGACAUUCAUCUCACGCUGCUGACAUUAGGAUUUUUUUUUUUUCGUUGUUGUCGUUUUGGCGUGGAGUCGGUGUGUGUAGCUAUCCUGCUGUUGAAGGUCAACUUGGAGGAGAUGUAGCCCACAGAGGCGAGCGUCCUCCAUGUGCAGAGCUGGUGCAGAAUGUACACAAACCGAACAGAUAAACACAGCAGAGGUGUUAACACGAGCCAGAGAGCAGAUCUACGGUCUCUCUCUCGAUCAAACACGGGUCUUUAAAACACCUGGAUUGUUUGGUAUUUGUUCGAAACAUGACUUUACGGCUGAAGGUCACAUCUCAGCCUUGUUAGUUUAUCCUCAAUAGUUUGUUUGUAUAUCUUUGAAAGGUUUAACUGGAUUGAUUUCGCUCAAUCAGCCUCUGAGAUUUGUUCUGGAGCUUGACCCUUGUAGGGAUUUCGAUAAAGUAGUAGCUCUGCUUUUUUAAUGAAUAAGCAGAAUAGCGGCGUGUUGAACACCCACUCAGUUCAUAAUAAACCCCCUCUAGGAUGUUAUCUACACAUACCAGCAACUUUCUAUUAACACAGCAUUUAUUAUUAGGGUUAUUCUCAGAAGACACAGUUUGCCUAAAGUCAAGUGUGUGUAUUUCUAGAUACGUUUGUCUUUGUUUUUCUAUGACUGGCUGCGUGUGUGUCUGUUUGCAUCAGUGCAUCAUUGUGUUCGCGAAUUAAUCUGUUGUGACAUUGAUGAAACGCUGAAUUAGUGUCAUCUGUUAUGAGCGAAGUUUGACAGCUGUGUCCUACAUAAUGCUUUUUUUUUAAAAUGCUACUCCUGCUGCUAUUUUUACUGAAAAAAAAAGAUCAAGGCUUAAGCGCAUUUUGGGGGAUAAAAUAAGGCUUUCUGAGCAGGCGAACUUGUACUCCUUCAUGUUUCCCAAAGCAGUUCUUAUUCAAAGUGAGAAGUUCUUGCUCCUCAAAGAACUUCCUGCAUAGAAAUGUAAAAGCAUAAGAAGUUUUGAUUCAUUAAGAGAUAAUAAAGAGCCAGGACCAUGACCAUCACAAGUAUGGAGACCCUCUUUAUCCACAUUAAACCAAUCAUACCAGCCUUGGGGUGGAUUUGUUUGUAAUAUUUUAGAUUUGUUGCACUAAAAUGUGACUUUUAUGACGCAGAGCAUUUAAAGUUUGUCAGCUUUUUCACUCAAGCACUUUCAGAAUCAGCAAUUUGGUGACUUUUUAUGAAGGGAACAGUUUCCAAGAAAGAAAAGAAAGAGUAUCCUCUCCCAUCUCUGGAGUGUUUAUGGUUUUAGGAGCAGUAUCUCUGCGAUGGGCAAUCUUUCUGUUAAUAUACAGCGGUGUGAAAUGACUAUCAGCCACAGAGCCUUUCUUUGAGCUAUAAUGUCAUAACUGCAGCACUAAAUGUAAAUGUAAUGGCGCUUACAGCAUCUCUCCUAACCUUAAUGCAUGCAGUGUAUUCCUAUUGUAUGUCAUUAGCAGCUUUUUUGCAUUGAAAGAGUCCAGUUUUUUUUUUAUUUUCCCACCGCCCCUGAAGGCAGCAUGAGGUACGAUAUUGCUCUUCUUUGUUGGCCAUAGGCGUCUCCUCCUCCUAAAACCUAUUCGAGAGGAGUUUGACCACUUGUCACCUUCUGUCCCUCAAGGCGGUCUAAUGAGGAAAUCGCUGCACCAUCCAGGACCACAUGAAAACAAAGAGCAACACAACACUGCAUGACAUCCUGUCACAGUGUUACAGCGGGCCAGCAGAAGCUCCCAGAGCUCUUUGUUUGUGUACCUCCUCCUCUGAGCCCUGCUCUUUUAUUUCCCUUACCUCCGUUUUUCUGUGUGAGUGUGUUCACAUCUGACCUUUGGUUCAGAGAGUGCAGACAGGACAGCGCAGAGCUGUGCUUUCUGCUCCUCCAGGUCUUUUCUUGCAUGCUGAUUGGAGAAGGCAACAAAGGCCCAGACAGCGUCUUUUAAGGCUAUAAGUCGCCGUCUUUCACCCUCCGUCCCCUGUUCCCUUCUUGGCUGGUUGACAGCAACACUGAGGCUUGAACAGAUUGGAGCAGGGGGAACGUAAAGCGUCCUCAUCAUGGACUAUUUUAUAAGGCUGUAUGGAGCCGCCAGUGCCUUUCAGACUGAAAUCAGGGCACAGGGACACUCGAGGAGUCUGGAGGACUUCUGAAGGCUGGAAGAGCUGAUUUUUCUGGGAGUAUGCACAGACUCUCAAAACGUCUGCAGAGAUGAAUGAGGCUGUGAUUGUUUGAGGUACGUUCACACACUUUUAGAGUAAAUGUGCCUUGGAAGAAAUAUAGGCUGGAUGAGGUUACACGCAUAUCUGUAGAAUUUGAUUCACGAAUAGCAUCUUUUCUCACAGGAGAUAAAGAAUUGUAAGUUCAUCUUGACAUAUCAAAUCAGCUUAAGUGCCUCUGACCUACUUUUAUGCAAAAAAACUGUUGGUGAAUUACAUCAUUGGGAUUUCAAACAUAUACAAUGUGAAAUGUUGACUUAGAAAAUAGACUUUAUUUAAAACUUUUAUUAAAAUAGGUAAAUGUUCGUUAAUAGUUUUGUUACUUUAACUGAUACAUAUUUCAGUCACAAAAUUAAAAGGAAAUUUUGAUUUUUGUUUUUUAUUUAUUAAAUUCUUACUCUAUUUUAUUUUAUUUUAUUUUUUUCUUGUACACUUUUCAAAUGUAAGCUUAGUUUGGCCUUGAGUUGAAAAUGAACAUGACCGUGUUUACUGUUUAAUUUUAGGAUAAAACAUGAUGAAAGAAAAAUAAUGAUUAAAUACUACAAAAGAAAAUAAGUGAAUCCGGAUAUGAAAUAUUUAGUUUUUUAAAGAUAUUUCUGUUGCAUUAGAAGAAACUUAUAAGAGCAUUUAGACAUUAAGAUUAAAUAGAUUAAAGUUUUUUUUAUUUUCCAUGAGAAAAUCCUCCUUUUUUUCCAUUUAUUACACCAAACACUGUUUUACUUUUAAAAGGAUAUUUCUGCUUCACAGAGGGUUUAAUAAAAUUAUACGACGUGUAGUUGCAGAAUAAUCCAUUCUUUAUGCAUUUUUUCUUCCACAUCCUCACAAGAUACAAACAUUACUAUUUUUCAUUUGAUGAAAAACUGUAAUGUUUUUGUCAAAAUAUAAUAAAAAUUCUUUUUUUAAGAAAAUGAGAUGUGAAGUAUAUUUAGACCUGGAAAUUAAGAGGUGUAAGAAAAGAAAAGAAAAAUAGUAUUAAAUUAAAAAUUAUUAAUUGGAUAACAGAAUGUGUCAGGAAUCAUUUUCCCUUAUUUUUGGGUUUUACCGUAUCUCGCCAAUUCUCUCCAUGGUUUCUUAGUCACUGACUGUUUUUUAUUUUAAUUUAUAUUAUCAUUAUUAUUUUGUUAGAGUACUUUUCAUUAAAUUCUACAACAUUAUAAUGUUUCACAUGGGAACAUUUUGACAGGAAACAAACAAAAUUUACACAUACUUAACAUUCUGAAAGACAAAAAGUUGCAGAAAUUAAAAACACACAUUUUAAUAAUUAAAAGACACAUCAAUUAUUUAGCUAAGACGUUAUAUACGAAAAGGGAAAACAAAAAAUUAUUAAUUGAAUAAUCCUCUCCUUUUCUUUGCUCUUAAAAUCUGUUAAAAUGCUUUCUUACUUAAUUUUAUCCCAAUUUUUGUAUAUAUAGAUGUUUUUCUGCUGUAUUUUGGUGAGGUAUUGUUUGAAUUUAUUCAUAAUUUUAUGGCAACCUCAUCACAAUAUGAUAAAGCGCUAUAAAUUAACUUAUUAAAUAUCUCAAAAACCAAUUUGUUGUUGUAUUUCAUGCUUAAUUUUAUUUAUAUUUUUCACAUUUUGAAUGCAAGGACACAAAAAGUCAUGUUUCGUUUCCCAUGGAUACGAAACCGCUCUGCCUUAAUGAUUCCUUUAUGGCCGUCAUAUCCAGACAUCACUACACAUUACUCUGUUUUUAAGAGUCAUGCAAACCCAGUAAUGCUCAAAAGAGUCUCUAAAACACGAUCCACUAAUGCAGUUGUUCCACAAAAUUUACAUUAUGGUGCAAAGACAAAAAAAAUGUCUGAAGAGGUGAAUGUCAGACAUGUACGACCUUAAAAUGGCCUCAAGUUCAAGAACCAAUGGUGUGCUGCCUCACCCUUUGACAGCAGCCAAUCACAGCUCAGUAAUGAGGCUUACUAUAUCUUAUAGUGGGAGAGAACAUGGUGUGCUCUGAUUAGUCACUCAAAACCACACCCGAGGACUCCAUUGGCCCCAUCGCUCAGAUGUUUUACAGUAGAGUUACUAGGCUGAGCUGCAGAGUCAACCCUGUUUUCAUUCUCACUGCGUUCUGUGUCGACCAAUCAGGAAGAGCCAGCUCAGGCCCCCACCGCUAUAGUCAGCAGCUUAGAGGCAAAAACGACGCUAGCAUGUUUUAUUACACUUUCUUGCCCAUAAUAUUCUCCUGCAUCGACCUCAUAUAUAUAUAUAUAUACUACCUGUACUUGAUGUUUAUCUGUGCAGACGCUCCUCAAGAGAUUCUUCUUUGAGUAUUGAGACGUCUGCUCUUUUUAAGCCGCUGUGGUCUCAUUGAUCUCGGCCUCAACACACGCCAUGCCAAAGCUGAGAAUGGGGACGCCAUGGGCUGUUUCAUGGUCCUCAGUGUUGGUGAGGUUUUUUGGGGGGGGGCACAGUUAUAUUUCCCAUCAGACAUUCAGGUGUGUCUGCACAGCUCAGAGGGAGGCGGCCAUUGUUUGCUGACAGGCUGAGUUUUCUAUCUACCCCCCUUACUUUUUCUUUUCUCCAGGCAAAUAAACGGUACCCACUGUGGCUGAUUGGAGGUGAGAGCUGUAUCGGUCGCUGGGGAUUCACUAAUGCAAACUUAAACUUACUGUGAGUUCACUAUAUACGGUCCAUCCCUGCACUGGAAUAAGAAAUGAAGCUGUAGUAAGAGAGGAGGUUGAGGCAGGCCUUGUGUUCGCGUGUGCACGUGCGGCUCACUCUUACUCAUGCUGCUCUGCAUCCUCUCCAAACACAACAGUCAUGUUGUCAAAAACUGGAUCUUUUGUUGUGUUUUUCUUCUCCUCUGUAUUCAGCAUGUUGAAUAACCAGGUCGUUUUCUUUCUGCUCAUUAAUUCUCUGAUGAAAAAUUCUGAAAGAUGAAAAGGCUUUUUUUUUUUUUUUUACCAAAGCUCUCCUCUGAAUAGCAUCUUAUUUGUCAUGUGUCUUUAUUCUGAGUAAUUUCUUCUGCUGAGUGAGUUCAGAGCUGAGCUGCGUCAGUGUCAGUCAGGAGAAUAAGGUGUUAAAUGAAAGUAUUUUUCAGCCUAAUAGAGGACCGAGUGUCUUUCUGGGUAAAUUAAAUCCUGAUUUGAGUCCAGAUUCAACCUAGACCAACCUCUUUAUUUCAGUGUCACUGAGAAGACUCAUAAAUAUGGUCAGUUUUUCUGCAUUAAAUAGCUCCUUACUCAUCUAAAUCAUCAUAUAUACAUUUAUUAUCUUACCUAGCUGGCAAUAUGUGCCUUUCACACAAUUAGAUGUUCACCAUGCAGCCUACAGUCUCUGUGAAACCUAAUUUAUUUAAAUCAUCCGGCUCCCUCUGUAAUCAUCUGCUUUAUUGUGUCUUUAGCUCUUUAUUUGAAUCUCUUAGUAUUGUCUUUGAGUAGAUUAACGGAGCUACAGUGUUGGUUAUCCUUCCUGCGGCUGCAGAACAAGCCGCUCGUCUCCCGCUGAUUUUCCCCUCUCAGCUUCGCCUCAUGGUGCCUCAUUAAGACGCCGAGAAACAAGAACCUCCGACCCGACGCUACUGUAACACCAGGCCUGACAUGAGGCUGUUACACCGCAUUAUACAACUUAUUGUGGCGUCGAAUGGGGCGGUUUGCACCAAAACAUUUUUUUACAUAUUUGCUUUCAAACCAGACGGGAGGGCAAGGAUGGGUGGAGGGUGUUAGGAUUUGGCAAUAAGCUGUUGUUUUCUCACCGAGCGACGUCUGAAGGUCAAUUCUCUGUCAAGCAGAGCACUUGAGAGAAGCCAAAGAAUUUGACUUCAUUGUAUGAAUAAUGCAGCGACAGUCUGUGUGUUUUUCUUAGCCCAUAUUCAGCUUCUUUCAUUACAGCUGAACCACUGCUGUGAGCAUUUAUUAAAGUCGAAUAUAUUUAUCUAAUAGUCUCUUCAUGGCAAUGAUAGUUUUUGCUCUCAUUCUCAGUCCUGUUUUUCCCACAGUGGGUUUGUAUGUGUAUAUCUAGGGAUGCACCGAUCCGAUAUUUGGAUCAGAUAUCAGCUCCGAUAUUGAUGAAUUAACUGGAUCGAAUAUCGGAUGAAUGAUGCCGAUCCAGCGUUCCGAUCCAGUUUUUUUUUUCCUUUAAAUUAAUUUAUCUUUUAAUACAUGAAAGUUUUACUUCUUUUUGCUGUGUGCUAAUGUGCAAUUUGUUAUUUGUUAAUAAAUAAUAUUAAGUAAAUUUUAGGGCUGUCAAUCGAUUAAAAUAUUUAAUCGCGAUUAAUUAAAUUUUGAUCAUAAUUAAUCAUGAUUAAUCGCAAAUUGAUCGCGUAUUUUUUAUCCAUUCUAAAUCGAUCUUUUUCAAAUUGUAAUACUUUUAUCAGCAUGAGAAUCAACAUGAGAACAGAUCGUGGAUUUUCGUGGUAAUGGUGGUCCUACAAGGUAAUUCAUAUGUCCAGUCAUUGGAUGCGAUCCGUAUGAUUUUACGCAGACCAACAUCCUGCGCAAUGCUAAUCGGCUGACAAGCGGUAGCCACCCAUUAAGCAACUGCUGUUUCAAGUUUGCGUACUCCGGCGGUAACUAAAUUCAGCUCGGCAGGAAACAGAAAUGACUUUUGUCCUGUCAAGAGAGCCACCUGGCAAGGCUUUGUAGCUGAACUUUCUGUUUUUUUCCUGAUUCGCGAAACUACGGAGUGCCCCGAGGCUCACAUAGCCUGGACACCUCACCAACUGUUCCUCUCCCCUUUUACAACGGCAAGAAUAUCCACACAGUGUGUGUAUAGUUUGGUCAAGCCAGGCUAAGGCUUGCGUAAAUCGUGCGUCAAAAAAUCGGUAUCGGAUAUUGGCCAAUACGCUCAGCCCAGGUAUCAGUAUCGGAUUGGAUUGGGAAAAAAUUGAUCGGUGCAUCUCUAUGUAUAUCUCAAUACUGUAGAUAAUUUCUUUAUUAGCAUGCACAUUUUUUUGUGGUAUAUCUUUGUUCAUGCCCUGUUCUGCAUUUGCUGAAGUGUUUGGCCAAAUUUGCACAUGACACUACCGAUGAAAAAUUCCUUAACGUACCACACAAUCAGCACUUUUUUAACAAAUUGUUCUUUUUUUUGUCGUCUUGUUGCUCAUGACGGUGAACGAUUUCUAAACCCAAAUGUGGUGUUGUGUUUCUUUUUCUUGUCCUACAGAGAUGUUGAAGGAGCUGAACCAGCAGCGCAGAGCGAAAGAGUUUACAGACCUGAAAAUAAUAGUUGAAGGCAAAGAGUUUGAAGUCCACCAAAAUGUUCUAGCUUCCUGCAGCUUGUAUUUCAAGGACCUGGUGAAAAGGUUUGCCUUCUCCUCCCUCCUCCUCCUCCUCCUCCUCCUCCUCCCACCAGCUCUUGAUCCAAUCUGUUCUUUUCAUAGGACGCAUUUGUGUCGCUUUUUUUCCCUUCCCCCCUCUCUCUCUCUUGCAGGUGUGUGAAGACUUUGGUUCCUAUCACAGGGCCAGCAGCCAUUCCUUCUUCUUCCUGCUCGAAUGAAUGUAUCUGAAAUCAGAAUCAAAUGGAGGUCAAACCUCCCCAUCACCUUUUCUCCCCUUGUAGGGAAAUUUAACCACAUUCAACUCACCAAAAAGACCCGAACAAACCAAUCGGCAUUUUACACUUUAAGUGGUAAAUCACCAAAGACAUGCUGUCGUCUGUGGGCGCAGGGAUUUUUGUCUCCCAAGCUGUUUUUUUUUUUUUCUGUUGGUAAUUGUCGAGUUGCAGUACAGCCUUUUCAAAUGCUAAUACACCUGGAUUAGUGUAAUAAAAAGACAUUUCAGAGUCAGAAGCUGAGGGAAAAUAAGCACAUUUAAGGCUGCUCCACUGUCACAGGUCGUCAACCCCCUUCAAUGAUAUUUUUAUUUGAUGGAUCUUAAUAUUUUUUUUCAGUUUUCUGCCUUUCAUUCGCCAUAUUUGUCUUCUUUACGUCCUAAUUUGUUUCUGUGAGUGUCCGUCUGCAUACAGGUGUGUGUGAAAGUCUGAUACAAAUCUCCUCUGUCUCUCAAAUGUGUGUGAUUUACCUUCUUAUCAAUCAGCCUUUUUCUCCUGGAGAGGAAAUGCCAUAAUUCUCAUCCUUACUUUAAAUCCUUACAGGUGUUUUUUUUGGCUUGAAUGAAAGUCACCUCAACCCCUGAGGUUGUUUUGCCAGCUUUAGUUGCACGUGUGUGUGUUUGUGUGAUGAUAGAUUAUAUGUUUGUUCUCGUUUACAUGAUCAUGGUUGAAGUCAGCAAAGUUGAAAACGAAUAUUAGAUGCAGUCUCUAGCUGUAGACUAAAUGCCUAACAGAGAUAGCUGCCGAUUCAAACUUUCUGUAUGAGUAGAUACCCAGAAAAAGGAACAAAUAUGCACUUUAAGAGUAAAACAUCUCGCUAACUAUGAACCUGCAGGUCUUGCAAAGCGUCUCUGAGCACCAUUUUAUUCCAAAUUGUCCAUUCAGCGAUCCUGUAAUCACAUCUAUAUGUUGGUUUGAGCUUUAAACCCUCCACAUAGGGCUGGGCGAUAAACCAAAAAUUUACUGAUAUUUAAAUUUACGACAAUAAUUGACGUCAUUUUGCCCAUAUCGGUAUAUUCGGUGUUAAAAAAAUCAAUACAUAAAACUUGGUUUUGGGUGUGUGUAGGUAGGCCAUGGUCUCAUGUCCCUUUAAGACGCUUUCCUACACCAGAGACGUGACUCCACCCCAUCUAGUCCAUAGCGGCUCAAGUAGACGAAGUUAAUGUGGGAGGGGGUGAGCAGCAUGAGGAGUAGUUAUCGUCCAUUUUUCGAUAUAGAGGUGACCUGCUCAAUAUAUCGUGAUAUUGAUUUGAGGCCAUAUCGCCCAGCCCUAGGACCAAAUAUACAUUUGAAGAGUAAAACAUCUCGCUAACUAUAAACCUACAGGUCGUACAAAAGAUCUCUGAGCGCCAUUUUAUUCCAAAUUGUCCAUUCAGUGUUUUUCUUCUCAUCCUAAUGACCCUGUAAUCACAUCUAUAUGUCGAUUUGAGCUUUAAACCCUCCACCUAUCACUCCGUCCUUCCUGUAUCAAACCUGAUGUACCUGAUAAACCCCAGCUGUGGAAAAAAAAUUGUUUACUUUGAUCAUUUCUUGCUGAUACAUGAUGUGACAGCGACAGAAGAUGUCAAUGCAACCAUUUUUAGCCCAGAUUAUGCAGCUUUGCAUUUUGUCACAUCUCUACAGUGCAAGUACAUUCACAAAAUAGAUGGUCAUGUAAGAACAAGCUAGAUGUAAACGAGCUUUUUAGACUGAAGGUGUGUGUGUGCGUAUGUGUGUGUGUGUCGGUGCGCAUAUGUGUGUGUUACAGCUUCCCUCCUUUCUCUCCAUCAGUCCGACACUCUCUCUGCUGAUUUUAAGACUCCCUCUUGAAUAAGUGCCGCAUUUUUCGCAAACAAAAUUUCUUUGCCUGAGUGUGCCCAUCCUUUUUUCCCCUCCCGCUUCAUCCUCUCUCUCUCUUCUCUGUCUCUCAAGUGUGCAUCUAGAUGUGGCACAGAUAUAAAGCUCCUUUUAGAAGCUCAAGAAAACCUCUUUUCCUGUCCAUAAGUGCUCAGAUAAACAAACCCACCGCUCGGGCGGGUUCUUGUUGCACCAAUUAAGCAGGUUGAUAAGUGUGCUUUUCUUUUCUUUUUGCACUUUUUCCCUCCACUUUUCCCCCCCUUCAUUACUUUAAGCCUGGAUGACACCCCCCCUUCCCCCUUUUACUCCCACUCCUCCAUAACACUUGAUGGCUUUUUGCUUUGCAGAAGGAAAGAGUAACUACCUUGGUGUGUCUAGCCAAAGUCCAUCUAGAGACAAAUGCCUCUGUCUUUGAUUUUAUUUUUGGAUGUCCUUCUCCCCUCUCACCUCCUGAGUGCUCUUUAAAUUGACAAGUAAUGUCUCAGUUCAUACACCACAGGCUGCUGAUGAGGGACAAAGAUCCUGUUUAGGUGUGAUGGUUGAUUUUUUCAGAGGGGGUGGGAUGGGUAUCAUCUUUUAUCAAAAAAGUCAAAGGCACAACCCGACCCCUCCCUCAGAAGGAUGGCUGCUGGCUCCCUGUGGAAGAACCGUCUCACCCUGCCUCCUUCCUUUUUUGCUCCCUCCUCAUCCUCUCCCUCCACCUGUCCCUCAUCUUCAAUCUAACCAUUUCAGCCUGUUUGUUUCAUGAAAUGCUGAAUGUUUGUCAUGACUUCUAAUCCAAGAAAAAGGAAAAGGCACCCACAUGCGUACACACAUGCACACAUUAAGAAGAAAACAGACAAAGCUGUGUCUUUGUGCUGCCAUGAGUGACAGAAGCAAACAGCCUCCAUCCGUCUUAAUGGAGCCUAUUUGUCAGAGUGAUAUCCACAGACUCAGGAAAAGAGACAUAGUAUGCGUUCUGCAGAGCUUUGAUUCCAUUUAUUUUGGCCUUUAGUGGAUUAUUGUUUCACAUGGGACAUUAAACACGGUGCUGAGGUGUUAUUUAGCCGCUCUUUGGGGGAUACUGCAUGUGUACUAAUAUCUGCCAUUCGAUCCUGGUGAAGUCAGCGCAUGGCUCAGCUCUGAAAGCUGUACUCCCCUGCGCUCAUCUCAGCCUCUGCAUCAUGAAGGAUCAUAUUGUCGUUAAUAUUCUUCUACAUACACUCUCUGGCACCUCUUAUACCGGGCCUGUCUGAGUGGAUACUCUGAUAUCUGACAUAUACACAGCAGCCUUGUAGACCCACUAAAAGCAAGAGCUCUCCACUCGAGCGCUUUUUAACCAGCAUCCUUCCCACUCGGUCACAUUUCACUUUCUUUCUGUUUUUUUUUUUUCUGUCUGAUUUGUACUCUGCCAUGUAUGCAUGUCCACCUCUGAAACUAUGCAUACAUGAACACACACUACAUGUGAACAGCAUGAAACAAAGCAAUAAUGUUUGUUUGCCUAAUCUUUGCUCAUAGAGGACAUUUUGUUUCAGAUGCUGCACCAUAGUUACAAAUAGAAAAGUAGGAACCAUCCAAAGUUCUGUUUCUGUCCCUUUUUAACUUUAAGUUCUUCUUUUGUAACGACUUCCUUUUAAUUUUUCCACACUCCCAUGCCGGCCCAGGUGUGUCUCAGGUGUUAAUGUCCCUGUCUUUAUUUUAGCUUCUCUGUUUUUUCCCCUCUCAAAUCAUCCCUAACUCACCUCUCUCUGCACUGAUUGGUUGGUCAGGUCGUCAGGGGAGACGAGGAGCGGGGAGACGCUGGAGCUGACCAUGAGCAACAUCAGCGCCGACGUGCUGGAGCAGCUGCUGGAGUUUGUCUACACGGGAUCGCUGGUCAUCGACUCGGCCAAUGCCAAGACGCUGCUGGAGGCCGCCAACAAGUUCCAGUUCAACACCUUCUGUAAAGUCUGCGUCUCCUUUCUGGGUAGGUAGAUAUUAAAGGGAUAUUCCGGCGUGAAAUUAAGUAAGGGUCAAACACACCGUAACACUGAGUUAGACACCCCCUCGAGAGAUUAAUGUUGCCGACUGCUUGCUUCUUUAGUUAUACCAACUUUAGUAACAACCGUACGAUAGCAAUACACAGCGGUCUGAGGAGCCGUAAACAAACCUCAACCAAAACGCCACAAAUAAUGCUCAGAACAGCACCUAACUUCAUCAACAGUACAUAUAGGGUCCCAGCCAUAGUACUAGCCAUCAUACAUCUUUUUAGCUUUGCCUGACUCACCCACUCUCCUCCAGCAGCCGCUUGUUUGUGGGGGAGCCUGACGAGUCCAUCACCAAGUGCAGUGGAGUUCCACAGCUCAAGGAAGAACAUUUAUGAUUAUUACUUCAUAGGAAUGCAAGAAGGCAGAUGAACUACCACGUCUGCAGUGCAAAAUGAUAAGUAUGAUGAUUAUUACUUCAAGGAAAUGAUCUGUUGCACGAGGUGAUUGACUCAUCAGGGCUCCCCUACAAACAACCGGCUGCUGGAGGAGAGUGGGUGAGUUGUAUCUAGGCAAAGCUUUAAAACAUGUUUGAUGGCUAGUACUAUGGCUGGGACCCUAUAUAUACUGUUGAUGAAGUUAUGUGCCGUUCUGAGCAUUAUUUGUGGCUAUAGAGUGGCGUUUUGGUUGAGGUUUGCAUGUGGAGACGUAGACCGCUGUGUAUUGCUAUCGUGCGGUCGUUACUAAAGUUGGUAUAAUAAGAGAAGCAAGUGGUCGGCAACAUUCAUCUCUCAAGGGUGUGUCUAACUCUGUGUUACGGUUUGUUUGACCAUGACUUAAUUUUACACCGGAUUAUCCCUUUGAGUGUUUGACCAAUCAGAGCUGAGUAAAAAGAAAUAAGCUACUUUAAUGACAGGUGUUUAUAUUUUUGGAUUGUGAAACUGUUUUCCAGAAACAUUUGUUGAACAAAUUUAACAGCACUUAAACUGAUGAAACCCUCCAUCUACUCACAUGGCGUAACAGAGAGGUAUUUUCAAACAGUCUUUUGUAAAGCUUUGAGCCCUUACUUUGAUGCAGCAUGAGCUCACUUUAAUUUUCUCUUUGUCUGACAUUUAAGGGCUGAUAUUUGUUUAAUAAAACUCUAUUUUGUCGAUGAAAGACCUGUUGUUGCCGUUGUUUGAACAAGCGUCUUUCAGCAGCUGCUGGUUCAGUCGAUCCGUGUGUUUUCCCGCUGCUGUUAUUGUGUGUGAGCAAACCGCACAACCAAAACAUUCCCUCUCCUGUGAUAAAUGGUCUGGGGCAUUAAAAACCUGGUAUUACAGACACAGCAUCUUAAACACUGCACCCCUCACAAGAGAUCACAGAAUGUAGAGCAAGCCUCUCCCCCGCUGGCCACGCUAUCAGAACAAGUCGUGUGUGUGUGUGUAUCUCUGUGUGUGUACGUUUGUUUGUGUAUGAGACUCUGAGAUCCAACAGGACUUCUUUAAAGUGGCCCCAGCUAAUCCCAGAUCCUGCUUCCUGACAUCCAGCACCUCCUGCCCGGGCAGAGAGCGAUCGAUUCGUCCUGUUGUUUGUCCUCAGAGCUGUUUUGAGUUAUUGUACUUGUGCUCCAUUAGUCUCAGCAGAUACCCACUCGGCUAGGCUGCCUACUCUUGUUUCUCUGUCUGCUUUAGCUUUUUCUAAGUGAUCUUAAUAAAAUAAAAAAUGUCUGAAUUUCUUUCCUCUCCGUUCUAAUCAGUCUCGCUGUGUCUUCUGCUUCCCUCUCUCCUCCCUCUGCUUGUCUCCGCUCUGGUUUAUUGACUGCAGAGAAACAGUUGACUGCAGCUAACUGUCUGGGAGUGCUGGCGAUGGCUGAAGCUAUGAGCUGCACCGAGCUGCACAACAUGGCCAAAGCUUUUGCUCUGCAGAAUUUCCCCGAGGUGGGUGCAGAUUUUUCAUCUUCAAGAGUCUGUUUAUUCAUUAUUAUAGUAAUGCCUUAAAAAUUGUAGGAACAUUUUUUAAAUGGCUCCAGUUUUACCAGCACUGAGACUCCACUUGGUUUUCCUCACAUUGCAGGAGGUAAAUUUAGAAUAUACUUGAACAAUUUAUGUUUUUUUUAGGGGGUUAAACCUACAGACUAGGGUAACCAUAUGUCCUCUUUUACCUGGACAUGUCCUCUUUUUGGGGGGCUUGUUUGGGCUUGUCCAGAGAAGUUUAUAAAAUCCUUCAAAUGUCUGUGGUUUUGUACGUAAGUCUCUAGUUUGUGUCACGUGAAUUUACUGAGAUAGAAGCGCGUAAAAGAAACUUAAUCUGACCCAAAAAACUCUGAAAAUUAGCUUCGUGUGACUCUGUGACUCCACCCCCACAUAGUCGUGUCCUUUUUUUUGGGAAAGUCAAGAUAUGGUCACCCUACAUAGACUGUAUAUAGAAUGGACGCCAUCUGCCUCCUCGCUGGGUGAAGCCACUGCUAGAACAGCACCCUCUGGUGACGGGCUGCAGUAUAGGUCAUAAAUCCCGCCUCCUCCAGCAAUCCCUAUGGAGCUGUGGACAAACUUUAGAAAUUAAUUACACAGAAUAUACAUUUUUCUCCACCCUGGUUGCGAUGUUGACAUGUAGUUACUGUAAGAGGAGUUAUGCUCAAGUCCUCUUUUUUUCUGUAUACCUCCAUUUUUAAAAGUUAUUAGGGGGUCUGCGCCAGUGGUGGUUCCAGGAAUGACGGAAGGCGGAGCCAAGUUGUCCAAAGUUUAUACAGUCUAUGGUUAAACCUUGUGUGCCACUUAAAGAGUUUGAUUAUUUUGCCUCUCUGUAGGUGGCGAGACAGGAAGAGAUUCUGAGUGUGUCCAAUGAGGACCUGGUGUCCUACCUGUCCAACGACAGCCUCAACACCAAGGCCGAGGAGCUGGUCUAUGAGACGGUCAUCAGAUGGAUCAGACAAGACCCUGACUCCAGAGUGCAGGUAGUUAAAAAGAGAGAGAACUAAUAACUUUCUUUUCCUGAAAUAGUUAGAUUUAUUCGUCAUAGGUGAUGAGGUAGAGCAUGUUAGGUUUGAACAAACAUCUCUCAAUAUGCCUGAGGUCAGAGCGUCGUCCGUGAGUGAACAUCACCGUGGAGGGAAAUCAAUUCCGCCUCUAAAACACACCCUUUAGGUCAUGAGAUGUUUAUUGAUUCAGACGUAAAAUCAUGAGGAUUUUUAAGUAUCAUGCAGCUACAUCAAAGCGAAGGGGUGAUUAUUAUCUGAUAAAUCAGGACCAUCUGUCAGCGGAGGAGUAGCUUAUUCACAUAGUGACGUCUUCAAGUCGAUGGAGAAGAAGAACCGCCAUGUAGCGGCUCGAUCCCAUUCAGCACAGACCUUCAUAAUCAAUGCUACUUAACAGGCUCACAGUUUCAUGAGGUGUGGUUGUCAAGGUUUGAAGUUUUCUCCUUUUGAAUUAAACAUUUAGUGGUUUAACCGUGAUUCAUCAGGCGUACUGGGCAUUGGAGUGUAAAAGAUGUUUUAUGAAAUAUUUAGGGAAAAAAUAAAAUUUGUGGCGUAACUGAGAGUUUAAUUGACAUUAUAGUUUUGGACCAAUCAUGCGAUCUCUACAUCUGCGACAUAACCUCCAACCUGCUCUGUCUGGUAGACUCCCGCAAUCUAACACUCUAAUGGAGAGGUGUAGAGGUGACUCACUCAGACAAAGUAGAAAAAAACAAGAAAUGGGACAUUUUUUGCAGUUGUCUGAACAGCUUAGUGCACCAGUUCCUCGGAAGAGACAUCCAGGUCAAGCUGUCUCUGAAGAGAGAAGUGGAGAAGACGAGAAGAAAGAUGGGAGGGAAGAGGGUUAGAGCGAGAGAAGGAAGCAGAGCAGAACAGAAAUGAGAGAACGGUGAUUGGGGAAAGAGAGAGAAAAUGGAAAAAGAGCCCCUGUGUUCAGAUCUGAUAUCCAGCGGAUGGCUCCUCUGUGCACAGCCAUGACAUCCAGACAGCAGAGAUAUGAUUGAGCUUUUGGUCAGGCUCAAAUCUCCAUCAGUGUGUGACUGAGAAACACAACCAGCAGGCCUGCCAAGGGGACAGAGGAGGCGAGCAGAGAGAGCAAAGUCUUCCCCUAGAGAUCAUGUGACCCCCCCCCAAGGGUUCAGUUUACACGCAUGGUCCAGCAUCAGCUCAUCAUCCCCCACGCACCCGCCCUCUCCUCUUGUUUCUCCUCCUCAUGUGGAGUCAGACAGCAGCAGGAAAUCACUCCUCCAGAACCUGUGACACUUUUUAAUGACAUGUCAGGGAGGAAUGUCACAGCGCUGCUGGAAAACUCAGGGAAAGAAGGUAUGACUCAAAGCCUGGAGCCAAGUUUGUGUGCAUUUGCAUUCAUCUUUGCCUCUUUGUAGGUUGUGUGUGUAUAUGUGUGUGUGUGUGUGUGCUCAGUGAGUUGUAAGCUGCAGGCUAUAGAGUAGAAAUAUUGAAGGUGCUGGGUGAAUAAUUCUGUCAGCUGUUUUCUGUCUCUGCUACAGUAGCGUAGCUGUUGCAGGGCCUAGGUAGACCUGGGCCUAUGCAGUUGGUACUCAUGUUCGCCCAUUGAGAAGACUUCUUGAUGCACUUGAUAUAGAUGAUGUUGCAUCUAGGGCUGUAAUCAACCAAAAUAAACUCUUGGUCGACUAAAACCCUGAAAUUUUCAACUAUUGGCACUGACUCUGACAGCAAACCCUUCUGGCGGGCGGGGGACGAGCAUGGCUUGGCGGAACACAGUUUAGCGGGGUGAAAAUAUACUGAUAUCAGCACUAGAAGGCAAUGAAACAAAUGUAUUCUAUUCAGCGAACCACCGGACAUUGAUUAACGUGAACGCUCUUCAGUCUUGAGCUGUUCUCCACAGUGUUGCCAACUACUCAGUAAAGAAAGUCGCUGGUGGCAGUCGUAAAAGUCGCUGCAAGUCGCUAGAUGACGUCAUCACCUAAUUUGCAUAAUUUCUCUGUCAAACCUACUUUCGCCACCGACCCCCCACCCCACCACCAAGCGGGGGAGGAGGAGUGUCGGUGUCUGUGUUUUUGAUGCACACCAGCUACCUGUUGAGAAGAGUAACAUCUAUUCCUUUAUGUUGGAGUCUCUAAACUCCAGAAAAAGGCGCUAUAUUUGUUGCUUGGCACUUUUUUGAAAAUAAGUCGCUAGGGGGUCUGAAAAGUUGCUAAGUCACUGUGUCUCCAGCGGGUUGGGUGAAUCCACAUUUGUGAAAACAAGGGGGGUGUUCUGAGACAGGCAGUUACCUGUGAAACGGGGUGCUCUGUAAACACCCCCAUUAGCACUUGGUACGGUCCUCCUGAUGAAAUCAAGCAUAGACUGUAAAUUGAUGUGGAAAAAAAUCAAGUAAACCAAUCAGAAUUUUGGUUGACUCAGCACAUAUCGACGAAUAAGUCGACCAGUCGACUAGGACUUUACAGCCCAAGUUGCAUUUGUGUUUGUUGAAAACAGGCCUUUGUGUACUCAUACUUUAUCUAACUUACGUCAUGGAGGAAGUGGUUGUCUGAGAAAUGAAUUCAGCUGUACACUCAUCCUAAAGACUCCCUGAUGUGAGUCUUGUUCUCUGUAAAGGUGCUGACUGACAGAGACCUGUCCUUCUUCUUAUCCGGCAGUAUUUAAUGUGACGACCGUAGACACAUGGCCCCAAUUAUAACAGCCAGGCUCUGCCAAAUGUCUGAACAGGAACUCCAUUUACUUUUUUUUCUUUUUACAAAGGAUAUAAUCUCGCCAGGUGACUCCACCUGACAAAAGAGGCCGUUUGACUGGCUCUUUGGAAAGUGGUCGACGAAUCUGCGAGUUCAGCGGUCGGAUAAUGCUGUCAUUUUUCAUUUUUAAUAUCAAAAAGGACAGUCAUGCCAUCAGUAACUACCUGCUGUCUACUCAUCAGAAACAGCAACUCUCAAACUAAAAAACUAUUGUUAAAUAUUUAGUAUUAUUAUACCUUUUUUCAUAAAUAGAGGUAUUUUUUGGUCCCUUUUUAAAGAUUUGAGUUGACUAUUGUUAUAUAGUAGUGUGUCUUUUUUCUUUUUUUGCCUCCAGCACUCAUUAGGAGAAAUCAUCACUCAGAACGAAUGUUUUCAUUUUCUAGUCAGAGCAGAAAAUAAUCAAAGGACAGAGAGGCUUUGAGGCUGUGUGGGGAAAUAAACGCAGUUUCAUGAUUCAUUUACUUUUAAAACUACAAAUGACCCUUUCACUCCAAGCAUCACUUUUAAUUUAGUCACUCUCUCUUCAAGCUCCAAGUUCAAAACAGGAGCUAUCUAUCAUUAUUACCCUGAAGGAAAGGUCAAUUUUGUAUUUUGGGAUGAGGAGCUUUUUUCACAUUCGGAAGAGCAAACUGAAACUGGAUGAAACUGUAGGCUGUGGACUGUGUGAUCUGUGAUGAAUACAGACUCUUGAGAGGAGAUUUAUGAUUUAUCUUUGCUUCCUCUAUAUGUCCAGUAUCUCUUUCCCUCCAUCUCACAUGCAUGGACUGUACACACACGAAGGAAACUCAAAGUGCACAGGAUGUCACUCCCCGUAUCUGCGCUCAAUCAUUUGCACAGGAAAUCACAGCCCUGCUACAGCUGAGUGUGUUAUGAAGGGAACAGGACUUAAUCCAGGCUGCUGAACUCUGGACCAUUCACCCUCUUCUGUGUCCUGCGUUAUCCCAGUGUGCCUGCUGUCCCAGUAUGUGGAGCCAGUUGAGCCAUGAUCACUCAAGCGCAGUAACCACAUUUCCAGAGUGAGUGAGAGGGGAUGGACAAUGGAAGCAGAUUCCCCAGUAUUCAUGUAGAACAACAAAAACAUGCACCUCUAUAAUAUAAAGUGGAAAGAUGCAAGAUUCCAAGCAUUGAUUGGUACAGAUUGGGGAUACACCGAUCUGUUUUUUCACCUCCUACAGAUAUCUACAGUUUUGUAUCAGCCAAUACCGAACCAAUUCCGAUACAGAAAAGCUGCGCUGAAUUGUCUUUUGUUGUGACCUGAAGUUUUACCACUGCCCCUCAGAAUGUUUACUGUGCAGGUAUUGCAAGUAGUCAUCAACCUUUUAGGCUGAGCUAUUGUGAUAAAGUUCAAGAUAGCAGACCCCUUUGCUCACUCCAUUUUGAAAACAAUGUGGGCAUCCACUCAGCAUGUUUACUUGUGGAUGCCACUCACGGUGCAUAGCAUAGAGUUAUGGUCCUUUCACACCGGGAUCCGGGACACCGAAUCUUAUUCUCUGCAUUUUAUUUCUGAAAAUAUCGGCGAAAAUCGGCGAGUUUUAGCCGAUUACGGAUUAGUCCCAAACGGGCUAAAAUUAGCUGAUUUAAUCCGCUCGCCAAUAAAUUGGUCGGGCCCUAAUUGGAACAUUAGUCAGCUGAGCAAUAAGUGCCGCUCUAGUCAACCUCCGUUGGAGCCGCCCCUGAGCUCCUCCUCCUCCCCCUGGCCGUUCCGAUCGCGGCUGGUCCGAUCGCAAAUCCCGCCCGGUCCGAUGAUCAGGGGGGAUUUGAUUGCACGUCCACCCCCGCCCCCGUUCGACGAUCAUGGCCGGUCCAAUCGCAAACACUAUACACAACUUAAGCACACCCACCAGGCAGGCACAAAACAAAAUGUGUGCAGCAGCAAAGCAGUCAGAAACUCCAACACAACAACAACCCAACCUGUAACCAACCACAGCAAAUAAUAAAGGUACUGGGCUUCUUACCUUUCAGAAAUUAAAGGCGGGCCUUGAUGGAAGCAAAAGUCCUAAUAGCAUAGCUGUGCCGCCCGUUGCACAAAUUAUGCCUGCCAGCCACCAACUUUUUUUUCCUCCACAUCCCCCCCCCCCCCCCAUUGCCGCCCCCUACAAUUUGCCGCUCUAAUCAGCUGCCUUGUUUGCCUAUAUGCACGGGCCGGCCAUGGGUCCCGGUCCCCAUCAAUGCUCAAGACUGGGUGCCCAACCCUAAUCCCUAGUACAGAUAUUUUAUUCAGGAAGUCAGGUCACCCUCUUUUUUUCCAUUAAAUGAAAUCAGGCUGAAACAGGCCUCUCAGGAGAACAUAUUGCACCUGUCAGUCAUUGCUCAGGGCAGCAAUGAGCGUCUGUCGUCUGCCACAUCUCCUUCCAUCCUUCAGGCUCGUAUGCACACAUAGUAACGCUGAUGCACAAACAUACUAACACUCUCACGAGUCAUUUUGGAAAACAUGUUCGGCUCAUUCGCCAUGCACGAGCAGACAAAACAGCUUCUGUGUGUGAUUACCACACAUAAACACACACACACAAACACACACAAAAAGACACUGAGCUGUGGUCACUUCAGCUGAGUGGGUUUGUUAGUGCUAUGAGGCUAAACAUGGGCAUGCGCUCUAUUGAACACACACUCGUGAGUCUCUAAGUGUGUGUGUUUUUCAAUGUUUACACAGAUAUGGCUUUUAAGCAUCUGAAAACCAAUUUUUUCAUUUGAAAGCAGAUUCAUAUUCCGAUCCGCUCCGAGCAGAAGAAAUAGCCGCUGAAAUAGCUGCUCAUGUCACAUUUAUUUGACAGCGCAGCCAACACACUCACUUACACACACACACACACAAACACUGGCAUUUGGUGAGAGGCGUUAGUCCUCUCUGACAGCACUGAAACAGGAAAUGUUCAGUGGACAUUUAUCAUCUCUGUGAGCGGAUGGCAGCUCCCUGGCUGCUUCUCUGCUGCCAUUGACAGAUCUGAGAGGCUCCCUGUUGGACACAUUAUCCCCACCUUUCACGAGGAUCAACCCAUUCACAUCCUGUGUCAACCUGUCUCAUAAUGUGUGUGUGUGUGUAGAGGAGAGGUGUCUUGGAGCUUGGCUGUGCAGCAGUAACUACUGGCACCGAUGCUUCAGAGCUGUGCCCGUAUUCACAAACAAACACCUUUUUGGAGAACUUAUAACUUAGCCUUCGCUGAGGAGUGAUAUAGGAACAUUAUUAAAGCAUCUCAAAGUAGGGAAGGGAACUUUUAUCUUAUAGAGGAGGAGCUGUUGGGCUAAAAAGGUGAAAUGAAAUCACAGACUUUGAUCAGAAAUGGUGCGUCAUUACUUUUUUAUUAUUGUAUAUCCCUGUUGAAUACUUAAAAAGUAUGGAGUCUGAAAUGCUUGGAAACAUAUGCUCUCUGUGCAUUAGCCUCUUUACAUGCUGAUAGUUAGAUCAGUGUUUUCCACAUACAUCUGGGCUGGAUGCCAAGGUGUAGUUAUCGUUUUCCAAGUGUUUUUGCAGACAAUUUUGAUAAACUAGUGUGUGAUCUACAUACUUUCUGCAGAUGUCUCCUCAAUCCAAUCAUGUUGCAUAUCAUGUUUAUUACAAGCUUUCAUGAUGCUUGUUUUUCUUCGUUUUGCCUCUGCACAUCUGCUGUGCGAACAGAAUCGUGACCAAAACUGUUGCGUCUUUCCAGUUGUCAAACAUUCAGUGUUGUGGUCACUUUAAUUCAUGCAGAUAUGGUGUUGUUGUGUUUGCUUUGAGAUGUGAGUGCAAACAUAAUACUUGGUACAGUCCUGUCUGUGUCAUGUCAUAUUUGGAGUGCGCUUCUAUCUCAACGUCUGCACUGGAAAAACUCUUAAGCCUCUUAAAAGUCCUCUUCACAUCACUUUUUUUCAUCUUAGGGGCUCUUUAGAGGGCUGAGAUGCUUUGAGGAUAAUAUUUAGUCUCAGAGUGUCUGCCUCUCUGUUUAAAAGAUAGAAAAGUGUCAUUCGUGGACAAGACAGGAGUAGGGCUGAGCAAUAUGGCCUCAAAUCAAUAUCACUCCAAUAUCCCUCCAAUAUUUAUUUGAGUAAAAUACAAAAGGGCGCUUUGAGGUUGUUCAAAGACAUACGUCUUUCUAAACUGCAAGCUUUGUUGAAGUCUUUAGGGCGUAAACAUACACAAUUAGAACAGUUAAAAGUUAUGCAGAAGGUCGAGAACUGCUCAGUAAAACGGAGAAGUUUGGAGAUCAUUUAUUGAUCUGAACAUUGAACUCAAUUUGCAAUUUAAAUGCGUGACUGAUGUGUUUAAACAUAAAGAGGUCGACAAAUGUUCCAGCAGAAUCGCAGCUUUUCUCUAUUUAACAAACAGCAGCUUCAUUUAAAUGUACAGAGAGAGAAAAAAGCUGUUAAAACUAAUUUAAGCUUGUUUGUAUUCACCUCAGCUCCUCACGCUGUUUUGCUCUGUAUGUGACUGUAGUUUUACCUUUCUCUGCUGAGGCUACUACAAGAUGGCUGAUGGUAGGGCUGGGCGAUAUGGCCUCAAAUCAAUAUCACGAUAUAUUGAGCAGUUCAAUUCGAUAACAAUAAAUGGACGAUAACUACUUCACAAGCUGCUCAACCCCUCCCACAUUAACUUUGUCUACUUCAGCCGCUACAACUUUUGAACCGUCCUCCAUCUCCUCACCUGUCUUUCCCUUUUUGUUACGGGUGCAGUCUAGUCUCCGACGUAGGACAGUGUCUGAAAGGGACAUAAAACCAUAGCCUACCUACACACAUCCAAAACCAGCUUUUAUUUAUUUUUAAGACCAAAUAUAUCAGUAUGAGCGGAACAAUGUUGGUUAUUGUCGUAAAUUUCGAUAUCUCUAAAUUUUCAGUUUAUCGCCCGGCCCUAGUAGGAGUUGAGUUGGACACACGCAGCCUGCACAUGCAUUCACCCGUUUAUUUCCAUGUUAGAUCCAAGACAGGAUGUUUUUUCCUCUCUGCUUAAUGAGAACACACCUGCGAAGAGUUCAAACAUAGCUCAGUCUGUCCGUAAAGACCUGCACUCUUAACCUGCCAGACUUUGAAUUCAUCUGCUCCACUCUGGCAGAAGAUUAUUCCUGACGGAGCAUACGCCACUUGUUUUCCAUACCACGCAUACUCCUUUUCAUGGUCACUGAUAUCUAUCCCAGAACUUGCACCUACGUUCACUCACUCGCACUUACAUCUGCAUUCUCAGUUAUCGGCAACGUCUCCAGCCCACUCUAUCUGGGCUUAGAGGAAUUUCAUUUAACAUGCAAGACAUUAAGUCAAGUAGAAGAUGAUGAAAUUCAAGUGUGUUUGCUUGCUGUUACAAAUAGGUGCAGAUUUCCUCAUGUGCUCCCGGCGUAUUUAUUUCUGUUGUGUCAAUGAGGGCACCACCUGGCUGAGAUUGGCCCACAUACAGCUUUAAUUUAGCUCACAAGGUCAGAGCGGUCAGCUGUGUGGACCUAUUCCAGAUGACCCGCAGAUGCUAGUUUAUGUUCUUAUGGGCCAGAAAGGAAGAAUAAAGCAACAGAUUUCAUUUUCUUCACUGAUUGGAUUGGUCAACUUUAGGGAUGAGGACUGAUGAGCCAAUCAGAGGCAGAAUGGGGCGGGUCAUGCCGCGGGGAAUAUCGCAAACACCUCAGUGCCACUCCAGUUGAUUGACAGGUCACUGCACAUCUCCUUGAAAGAUGUGCGGAAAUGCGAGAAAGGCAGUAGUUGAAGUAUUUUAUUAAUAAAUGUUAAUAAAUGUUUAAAAAAUAACUAAAACACCAUGUUUGCCCCAUGAUAAACACAUUUUGCAUUCAUCUAGUUUUUCUGGACUACUUGGAAAAAUAAAAAAAGGUAAAAAUUGAGAGUAUACCCACUUCUCCAGGGACCACUACAACACUGGUUAGCAGUGAUUUCAAUGUAUUUAAUUUCUAUAAACAGGAUUAAAGGUCAAAUAUUUGCUUUUACGAUUUGUCUCCACCUGAUCUCCAGCAUCUAUAAUGCUGUGUCAUAACGCCACAGUAGGUGACGUUGCGGCAGAGUAGGAGAAAAGUAGCUUGUAAUAGAAAAGUAAGUAAGCCUGAAGUUUUAAGUCUUCUCCAUUUGAGUGUGACAUGACUCAUAAAAGCGAGGAAACUCUCCCAUCAUGUGGAGAGUUUCUCCUGAGUCUGUGAAUAUCUGAGUAUGUUUUAUAACCUUUUUUGACUUUACCUAGUUUCUCAAAGCUCUCGCCAGUGUUUGUAUCAGUAUUGAGCUGUAGGUUUCAUGAACUACUGGGUGAAAUGUGCAUGUUGGUGAAGGAGGGGUGCAGAGGGGCUCCAUUUGCAGGACUGAGUUUAGCUCCAAGCAGAAAUAUCACGAGCUGGUUUCCUGGAUUCCUGUGGAUUCACAUCCUUCUUUCCCUUUUUUUCAUUUCAUUCCACUUUAGUUUUUUACUCUUUUCCACCUUCUUUUCUCCCCCUCUGGGUCUGAACUCAUCUGCUGCACAUACCCAUCCACCCUCUACUAUUCACAGCAAUUCUACUCAUGUGUUUCCCUCCACCCUGGUCUCAGGAAAUCGGUCUCAAACAGAAGAGACAAAUGUCCUGGUUAAAAAAAAAAGGGGUCUCAGGUUAGAGAGGAAGAUGCCUCAGUUCUCCUCUGUUGGUAUGUUGCUCCCCCUACUGCUGCCUGGUCACUUUGAGCUGUAGGGUCAGCUGGAGUCCACCUUGCCUUAUUGUGACUCUGUUCAGGCUUGUUUACAGCAUCUACGUAGAUCAGACUCCCACGGGGGGCGAAGACUGGCACGUAAAAGCCGUAGACACACACACAUUGUACUUGUACACACACAAUCAAAAAAAAAAACUUUUGGCAGGCAAAACUUUAAGCUCUGUUGCUAUGGAAACAGUGGGUUCUGUCACUGUGUCUUAACGCAUUAAGUAUAAGCGAGCAAAAAUGCAUGGAAAGGUGACAAUAGAAGCAUGCAGACAUAUAUUAUUCUCUAUAUUUGGGGCUUUAAAGCUGUAAUUGUGUUCAGUCUCUGAACCUUUGGCUCGGUGCUGCUGCAGCAUCCGUCUUCAGAUCCGCUCUCUGCUUGAAUGGGUUGUGUUAAACCAGAACCGGGUCUUAAUUUAGCUGCAGAAACACAUUAAGCUGUCUGUGGAAAGAUUUAAUUUGGAGAGAGAGGGAACAUCAGAAACAGAGGGUGGAAACGGUGAGAUGCACCCCUGCUGCCUUGUUCUCAGCUCUCAAAGCGUGACUUAAUGCACGAGUAUUUAACUAAAUCAUCGCCGACUGCUUUUUGACUUUUUGUUAGUGAAAAAGUUUGGCUGAAGGUGUUUUGAGUUUUACACAGAUAUUAAAAAGAUUGAUCUGUCACCGUCAAGCUUCGUCCUCACAUGACUCUUUCUCUCUCUGUUUUGUCUUUCUUCUCAGAGUUUGUCAGAUUUGUUGGCGGUGGUGCGUCUUCCCUUCAUCCACCCGUCCUACCUGCUCAACGUGGUGGAUAACGAAGAGCUGAUCAAAUCCUCAGAGGCGUGUCGGGAUCUGGUCAACGAGGCCAAACGCUACCACAUGCUGCCUCAUGCGCGGCAGGAGAUGCAGACACCCAGGACGCGGCCGAGGCUAUCUGCAGGUAAACGCACAAGUGGAUGUGUAAUAGUCCGGAUCAAGUCCUGAUAAACCUCAAAAGUUUAUUAAUGAGAGAGACAUUGAUAUUCCUCUAAACCCUCAUAUUGAUUUUACGUCACCACUGGAAAUCAAAGAUUCAGAGCUCUGUAAUACUUUCCACACAGCAACUGAAAGUAAAAACCUCACACAGGUCAUAUUUCUACAUGUCAGCAGCACAAUUUCUUUCCACACUGCUGGAGACGAUUCUGAUUUCUGCCACCAUGAAAACUCAAAAGAGGCCAACUAUAACAGCUUCCUAAAGUUUUUGUGGGCUACUGAUCCCUGACUCCAUCACAGCGAGCCAGCGCAUAAACAUCGUCUGCCUGGGUUUUAACUCCGGCUCAGCACAGUCAGGUCUGUCCGUGAUUUUUGAAGUCAUGAGCCAGCGUGUGAAGACCAUGUGAAGUUGUAAAAAUCCGAAUCAUUCAUGAAGAUGGAGGACGCCUGCUAAUUGCCUCUGGCUGUGAUUUUUUUCCUGCAGGUCAUCCAGAACUCCACUGUCUCCCCCCCUGUAAAGAGCCUCCUAAUUAUAGUGUCUGCAUGGUAAUAUGAGCCUCAUAACAACUUACCUUUUAGCACAAGUUAAUUUUCUGCUGGGGGGGAUUAAGAUAAUUGGCAAACAAAUGGCAUUUUAUGGAGAGGGAUCAGUUUACUAACCAGCACUGUUAACCAGCCACUUUAUUUAAAAGUAAUAUUUGUGUAUUUCCUGCAUCCCAAAGCCACAUUAUGCAGGCUGUUGAUUUCCAACAACAGAAAUCUACUGGUGCACUUGGAGUACAGAUAGAUAAAUAAAGCAUAGAUCUGAGUUUAAGUGUGUUUUUAGUUUAGUAGUUGGCGUGAAUGCAUGUUUUGAUUGGCCAUCUGCCAUACUGGACAAGGUAUGCUCUGCACAAAGUGGUGUAAGGUCGCUACUAAGGGUGUCACGACACAACUUUUUUACCUCCGAUACGGAUAUUAUAGCCCUCAAUAUUGAGGAUACCAAUAUUGAUCCGAUAUUAGCACAAUAUUAGCUGUAUUAUCACAAGCUCUUUUGUUUUCAUUUAGAUUGACUGUCAGUGUCCCUAUUGUACAUUUGCUUUAUUUUGAAGUAUUUAAACUUUGGAUGGGUAUACAGUAUCUCUAUCAAAUAACAGUGUUUACUUUAAAAGUUGAGGCUAAGAUCGCCCAAGAAUACUCGACUUGUAGAGCUGCAUGUUGGCGAAUAAGACUGUGGUUGUUGGAGGUAGCAUCUAGGGGUGUCCCGAUACAACUUUUGCACUUUCGGUACAAUACCGAUAUUGUAGCCUUAAAUAUAGGCCGAUACCGAUAUUGAUCUGAUAUAAGCGCAAACUUGUGCGUAACAAGUUUUGCACUCAGCUGCAAUGUCUUUUUCGGACUUUAACGAAAAAAUACAUCACUCCUACUCCUUGCUACUUUGUCUGUACCUUAGUGCACACUGUUGUUGUGAUCACAUGGGCUCUACAUGCUGGAUCCAGGUGCUGCUAGAUCAGGGGUGGGCAAUUAAUUUUUACAUGGGGCCACAUUAGAAACCUGAACUGUGUUGGAGGGCCAAACCAACAACAACUUUAAAUCAGGGGGGUUCACAUAUACAGAAAGGCAAGCCCAAAUAAGCAACUACUAAUUAAAAACAAGCCCAAAAAACGCACCUGCGACUCACGAGUUUUGCAAGCGACUUCUUAGAAAAACUAGCCUAAAGUAGUUGAUAAUAAGCAGACUUGGCAACUAUAAGGCAUGUAUGUAUAUUUGAAUGUGCGUCCAAAUGGAAAUAAAACACCGGCUAGGUUUUCAAAAUAAAAGCAACACACUUGUAUAGCAUGUUGAUGAUUUGAUUGACGGACCUCACAAAGGGCCGGGCAGGGACAUCCAUGUGGCCCUCAGGCUGUAAGAUGCCCAGGUCUGUGCUAGAUAGAGGUGCCUAAAUGGGGUCUGGAAUGGACUGCUUGUAUGGAAGUGCUGAUGUCAGAGAUUUUAGAUGCAGGCCGAUAUAAUCUGAUUUUUUGUUGAUAUCGGACAAAUAUCAAUAUCAAUAUCAGAACACCCCUAGUUGCUACAGUUGCUGUGACAUAAGGACGUGACCAUAGAGAAUUUUAAAGUGUUUUUAAGAUUUGUGAGAAAGUGAGACAACGUGGAGGAACAGGAGGAGAGGUCAGGAGCUGAUCAGAGAGAGAGAGAGAGAGCAGGAAGCAAAACUGAAGGACAGACAUUUGAUUGAGUUUAUACUUUGAGCAUGUGUCCUCUUAUGUAAGCAAUAACAAAACCGAAGUGUGUGUGUAGGUCUGACUGUGCUCAAGCUGAUGAGGUACCACCUGAGUGCAGCUGAUAAGUCUGUGCAGCAGAGAAAGGAAAGGGAAGUAAAAACUUCUCUCUUUGAGGAUUUCUGGCUGAUAACAGUCAGUCUGGGAACAUUUGGAGAUACAGUGAGAGUUUCACAAACUAUGGCCAACUGUCACGUCCAAAAAGAGUCAUUUUUCUUUGCUUUUUUUUUGUCCCCUGAAGCAAAAUUUGAAUUAUGUUGACUAGCCAGUUUUCUAAUUUUGUCUGGUUUUGUGAGGGGUAAGCUGAAAACUUAUGAAAGAACAAAAAAGUGAGUUUGUCAUUUGAAACAGUUUGAACCAAUCUAACUGCCAAAAAAUCGAAAGCUCCAUUUAAGUGUUGAAUUCAGUGGUUUAUCCUUUGGGCUUCAAAUAUCCAAAUAAUAAUUUUUUAUUGCGGAGGAAUGAAACCAGCCAGAUAAUUUAAACGAGAACUUCAAGUGUCUCCAAUUAGGUGUUUCUUCCUAUUGAAUUCAGCUGUUCUACACUCAUUUAAUGUAUUUUUUUACUUUUUAGCUCAGUUUUUUAUUAGGUGUAAACUUUCAUACCAUGUGGCUCUGACACAUUCUUGCAUUUCAUCCCAUUGUUUCACCCAAAGUGCGUCAGUGCAGAGUUAGUAAAAGUGAUUUAAAACAGAAAUAUCCAAGGCUGGACAACAUUUGGACGGAGGUCUUUAUUUUCCUCACAUAUUUAACGUGAGGAAAGAGUUGUAAAAUCUGAAAUUAAUCCUAUUAAAUGAAGUUUUAAGACACUUUCCUGACUGGAAAUGAAGCAUCAACCUGGAUUAUUAGUGUUCUAUAUAUAAGACUCAGGAGGCGGAGCUUAAAACAGGACGGUCCUGGUCAAACUGGGAUGUAUAGUCAUCCCAUCUCAUUACAAUUCCAAUUAGUUUUGUACACCGUAUGUCUCCAUUAGCUGCUAAUUGCUACACAGCUAAUGGUCCACUCUCUCGUGGAUGUGCAUCUGAUUAGCUGUCAUUAGACUCAUAAGGGAUCAAGAGGAUUAAACAGUCAACAAACCAACUUAUGUGUGUUUGCUCAUAAGUGUUGGUAUGCACACUGAGUUCCCAUUUCCUUCUCUCCACGUGUGACUCUGUGCUCAGCUCAGAGGAGGGUGGUAAGCACUCGGGCUAAACUGCAUUGGGAUAGCACUCACACAAAUGAGCCGUAAUGACGAGGACUCACACACACACACACAUUGUUAAACCUCUCAACACUCUGUAGGAGGGUAUCCCUAAACACAAGCUUAAUUCUGUCUCAGCCUGUGUUUAACUCUACGUUUUAUCCUUCUUUAUCCAAAAGUUAAUAAGUACACUAACACACACACCGGGUAGCAGGAUAAAGCAGAUAAGAGUUUUGAGUAUGCAGCAGGUUCACUCUAGUGUUUCUGCUUCUGCAUUUAUCUGAGUGAUCCUACUUUAUACCAGAUUACUCCAUUCAAAGCUCACUUGUUGCAUGUCUUUCAGUGGGAUUUAAGCUGCUCUGUACAUCUGCUUCAAUGUAAACAUGAAGUGUUAUCAACCAUUGGAGACACUACUAUGGUGGGAUUUCAUUACAACAGCUCUAUAGAAGCUUGGCUUGCAUCCAGUUGGGAGACAAUAGCAGCGGGCUAUACUGUGAGGUCUGAAUCCUGUGGGAGUAACAUUCAUCUGCUCAUCCACACCUCUGUUAUUCAGCAGCUCCCCGGAGAGAGAGACUAUAUCUCUACAGAGAAAGGAGGCCAGGUUUUACUCUUGUAAAAACAUAAGUGAUCAUCAGAUGAUUCUGCCACCUACAUUUAGUCUCGCUGACUAUGUCAAAUGUUUCCUCAGUAGAUCAUGAAAUAGCUGAAUCCAAUUCACAUUUUUCUUUGUCUCAAUAGCAGCAAUAAACACGGUUCCUACGCAAGUAAUUUGAUCAAUUUCGAGGUCUUAAAAAGUCUGGAAAAUGAAAAAUAAAGUAUGGAAAAAUAUUUAUGUUAACAGACUACAUUACCAAAGUUAUAAAAUACUGUUUUAGAAAUAAAAAAGUAGGUAUUUCCAAAAAUCACUUUAAAAAGUAGGGUAUGAAAAAGUAUGGAAAUUCCAACUGUGUAGGAACCCUGAAUAAAGCAAAGAAAGGAAGAAAGAAUGAGACAAAAGUUUGAUGUAGAAGUGUAGAAAGUCUGAUUUUGGGAUUUUCCUGCAGCUUAUUAGAGAAGCAAACAGACGGGCGGUAAAUCCACAUUUACCCUGCAGGUUCUGUCCUCUUGACCUUUUUCCUGGUGGCUGCUGUCAGUCUGAGCAAAGGAAGGGGAGGCAAGGAGAGACCCACUGAGCAGUUUUUGGUCUAAAAGAGGUCUAAAAGACAUCUAUAUGUAGCCUAGAUGACUGGUCUAGAAUCAGGCCACCACAGUUCUAAAAUGCAAGUUUUUGAGACGUCUAUAUUUAGAUCAAGUUGAGACCUAGUCUAAAUCUGGGCUAUAUCUAUACUUCACUUUAUAUUGCUUAACAACUAUUAUAACUAUUUUGGAUAAGUACUCGAGGAUCAGUUAUGCAACUCACAGUUGCUUAAGUAGUUAUAGAAUAAUGGGUUAAAAUGCAUCGUCUAAAUUCCAUCUAAAAUAUACAGAAUCCAGACGGUUGAAAUUAGGUCUAAAAAAAAACUAGACAUCUAAUAGCCGUCUAUUGCUCAGUGGGGACCUUAACUGUAGCCUUAAAACUUGACUCACUCAGCCUCUUUAGCCCAGAGUUCACAAGAACAAGGAUCAGCCUUUUUUUCGCAUGCGUGGCUGCUUUACCUUGCACCAUGUGUGACAUUUAGAAAAGACAAAUUCAUCAGUCUUGGAAACUGCAAAAAACUCUUAUUUCAUUCCUUUGUGUUUUCCACACAUAGUGCUUUAAUUUGUGCCGUGGUUUUGAGGUGUGUGCCUCUCCCUCUCCUUUGAUUGAAACAUUCAGAAGAGUUAAUUAUUUAUUUAUUUUUGCUCUUCAAGUCUACGCUGACUCUGUCCCAGUUAUUAUGGAAAAAUUUGCGGAGCGGUAUUUGAUGAGAUUCCACCGGGGACUAAUUAUUUGGCAAAAGUUGUUCCACCAAAAACUUUUUAUGGCAACAUUUGCAGAUCAUUCAGAGUAUCUGGGACACAUUUCCAAAAGAAAGAUGAGCAGUUGUGGAGUUUUUAAUACAACUUUCAAAAGAGAAAACACAAGAAUCAUGGCUUGACGUCAAUUGAAUCAAAGUCAGAAGUGAGAGAAACCACAGUUUUUCGGUUUGAAAGCUGAAUUUUGUAGCUGGGAUUUAUUGUGAUGUGGAACACCCCUAGGGACAUCUGCAGCUGUAAGGACAUGCACGACAUGCUCUUAAACUUUUUAUUUUCAGCCUCACAUAGUAACUACCAGGUGUCAGUGUGUGUCAGUACAGCUUCAUCCAACUCCACCCAACAAUGUCCUUUUAAAUGAACCUGCUGCAUAGUUAAAGAAAGGUCACAGCAGACUGAAAGAGACAGGUAAGAAGUGCACAGGGUGAAAGAACAGGAUGCUCUGAAGAGGAGAAUGUAAGAAGAAAAAAUGGUAAAAACUUCUGGGGUUUGAGUUGGAGUCAGAAAAAUCCAGCUAUUUCUCCCUUGGGUAAAGAGAGAGAGCGAUGGAGAGAGACGGAGUUGUUAGCUACAGGCUAAAAAAGGAAAGGACUGCCGCAGCAGGGAGCGGUGCUCAGUGGGUGGGCAUCAACUUCAAUAUGAGAUUCAGCUCCAAAACAAACGUUUCUGUUUCUGACAAUUCGUAUCUCUGGGGGAUUUCUUUGUCACUGUUCAAAUCCUGCAUCAACUAAAACCACCUCUUAAUAUUAAGCUCUGUUUCCAUUAUAGUCCUACUGUCUAGUGAUGCUGCCAAACUGCUCAGCUGCAUUAUCAUAAGCUCUUUUGUUUUCGUUUAGAUUGACUGUCAGUGUCCCUAUUGUACAUUUGCUUUAUUUUGGAGUAUUUAAACUUUGGAUGGGUAUACAGUAUCUCUAUCAAAUAACAGUAUUUACUUUACAAUUGAGGCUAAGAUCGCCCAAGAAUACUGGACUUGUAGAGCUGCAUGUUGGCGAAGAAGACUGUGGAUGUCGAAGGUAUCAUCUAGCGGUGUCCCGAUCCAACUUUUUUACUUCCGAUACAAUACCAAUAUUGUAGCCUUCAAUAUUGGCCGUUGCACUCAGCUGCAACGUCUUUUUCAGACUUAAACAAAAAAUACUGCCACAAGGCCGACACCACUCCCACUCCUUGCUACUUUGUUCGUACCUUAGUACACACCCCACUGAGCAUUUUUUGGUCCAAAAGAGGUCCAAUAGAUGCCUAAAUGUAGACUAGACGACUGGUUUAAAAAUCAGGCUACCACAGGUCUAAAAAUCAAAGUUUUUAGAUGUCUAAAUUUGGACAAAGUUUAGACUAGACGGCUAACAGAGGUCUACACUGUUUACUGCUCAACGUCUAUCGUAAUUACUUUGGUUAAGUACUUGGAGAUCAUUUAUGCAACUCAGUUGCUUUUUGAAAUAAAUAGUGAUAGAAUAAUGGGUUAAAGUGCAACGUCUAAAUUCCGUCUAAAUGCUUGAUCUGGGUGCUGCUAGAUAGAGUCUGGAAUGGACUGCUUGUUUCGGAGUGCUGAUAUCGGAGAUUUUAGAUGCACCUGAUAUAAUCCGAUAUUCGUUUUUUUCUGAUAUUGGACCAAUAUGGGGACACCCCUAGUAGCAUCAAUGUAAGAAUCAGUCUUAUUGUCAAGGCUUUUAACAUACUUUUUCUAAAUAGAAACAGGCUGAAAGAGAAGGUUAUUUAAGGUUAGAAGGACAUGUUUUCAGUCCAAGAGUAUAAACUCUGUCCAAAACAUAAACACACAAACAAAAAAAAAGAGCUGUCAAGAAUCGGUUGUUUCUUUAUCCCCAGCUGCUCGUCUUCAUCCUCCGGUUCUUCAUCCGUCUACCCUACUCUCAUCAAACUUUCGUCUGACUGACAGCUGUCCCUGUGAGGCUUUAUUUCGGAGUUAAAACUCACACAACCAUUUGAUUUGAUGCUGAGACUCCCCCCCUCCUCCCUUCAGCGGUGCUGCUCUCUCCUGUGUUGUUGUGUUCUGACAGGUCGGUGUUGGGUUGUGUUAGUUUGUAUUCAGAGCUUCAGGGGUCAGAGCUGAGCAGCGGUCUCAAUGCACAGAUGUGGACUCUCCCUCAUGUGUGGUGGAGCAGAAAGCCUUGAGAGAAACCAGGUGAUAGUGAAGACCAUGUUGAUUUAGACUCUGAGAAUUCAACUCAGUUUGAUGAAAGCGGGAUUAGAUUGGAAAACAAGUCAAUAUAAUUAAUGUUUGUAUAAAAGUUUUGGUUUUUUGAGCUCAUAGGAGGGAAGACAAAGAGCUCCUUUCCCCUCAUUUUUCUCAAGGAGCAGCCGCUGAGUCCGUGACUGUCCUGAAACUACAGUCGCAUUUAUGAGCUGUGUGUCCAAGGUUGCUUGGAGGUCUUGAGGGCUGUUUGAGACUCUCAGUCCUGGGCGUGAUGCCACAAAGCUGUGACAGUGGGCACAUGAUGGGAAUGGAUUAAUCUUAAAUCCUUUUCAGCGUCGCUUCAAAUUCAAACAGACCUUCAACUCGCUGCCAGAAAGGGCAGCGCUGGCACAACUUCUACAUCUCCAACAACAUAGCAUCAGGAUAGGCUUUUAUUUAGCUGUGUACCAGACCUUUAACGGCACAGUGACACGAACAAUUUCUGCUUGAUCUAUCUCCUACUCUUUUGCUCCACACCAAAAUCUCAUGAAGGGAAAAGAGCCUCAAAGUCUGAUCCGAGUGUCCGUGAUAUGUGUGUGUGAGACGGUGUGAACUGCUUUCUAUGUUUCCCAAGCCCGCUGUGAUUCUUUUCUCCUGCAUUACCUCUUUUCUCUUUUCAAAUUCACCUGUUGAACCGGCUUUGAGAGGAAAAACGGAGGCUUAAGAAUGAAAGAACCGCAAGAAGACAGACCUGUGUUUAGCCCCUGUUCCCUCCUUCACUCUCACCUCACACAACAUCUCUGUUGCUUCUCCUUCUCCCCUCUCCUCUCCUCUCCCCUCGCUCGCUCACCCCCUCUUUUCCACACGCCCGCCUGCUGCUUACAAACACACAGCUCAUUUCUGUCUGGCAGCUUGUCGUCUUGUCCGCUCUCUGGGGCCCUGCGAGGACCUGAGACACACGUGGCAGCCUGCCAACCUGUCUGUGUGUUUUAGAUCUAUGCUGUCUUCAUCCAGUCGCACAGAGAGUGGGUGUAUUCAUGCAUGCAUGUGUGAGAGCAUUGAUCAGGGAGGAGUAACAGGGAUGAGUGUUGAAUGUAUCUUAAAGGUACAGUGUGCAGAAAAAGUACAUUUCAGCGAUAUUUAGCAGUCGAAUUCAACAUUAAAACUCUCAUAAAAUAUUGUAUUUUUACCAGAUCUGCUUUGCUAAAUGCUCUUGUAUUCCACAAACUUUACAUUCAAGUAUCUUCAGACUUCAUCUUGUUUGCUGAUAUGAGAUGAGACACAUUUUCACAAACACAUAUCGACCUUCAUUUAUUGAUCUUAUGAGUCUCCAGUCCCAGACAGUGUGUGUUUAUGUAGUUCAGUGCUUGUCUUAUAUGUGGGCAGAGAUACAGAGAAAGUUGCAUCAGUCUUAACUGAUUAAAACUUUCCACAUAAUUAAGAAUAAACUUUUCUUCUAGGGCUGGGCGAUAAACCGAAAAUUUACAGAUACCGGAAUUUACGACAAUAACCAACGUCAUCUUGCUCAUGUCAAAAUAUUCAGUGUCAAAAAAAUAACCUCAACCCCUGAGGUUGUUUUGCCAGCUUUAGUUGCACAUGUGUGUUUGUGUGAUGAUAGAUUAUAUGUUUGUACUCAUGGUUGAAGUCAGCAAAGUUGAAAACAAAAAGAAGAUGCAGUUUCUUGCUGUAGACUAAAUGCCUCACAGCUGUGCUGCCUGAAAGUCUGAAAUGUGAGAGAUAGCCACAGAUUCAAACUUUCUCUAUGACUAGAUACCCAGAAAUAGGAACAAAUAUGCAUUUUAAGAAUAACAUCUCGCUAACCACGAAGCUGCAAGUCUUGCAAAGCGUGUCUGAGCACUAUUUUAUUCCAAAUUGUCCAUUCAGCAUUUUUCCUCUCAUCCUGAUGAUCUUGUAAUCACAUCUAUAUGUCAGUUAGAGUUUUAAAUCCUCCACCUAGGGCUGGGCGAUAAACCGAAAAUUUACCGAUACUGAAAUUUAUGACAAUAACCGACGUAGUUUUGCCCAUAUCGGUAUAUUCUGUGUAAAAAAAAAUAGAUGAAUAAAAGUUGGUUUUGGAUGUGUGUAGGUAGGCUAUGGUCUUGUGUCCCUACAUCAGAGACAUGACUCCACCCCAUCCAGUCUGUAGCAACGAGUUGUGGCAGCUCGAGCGUCGGCCAUUGUAGAUGAAGAUAAUUUGGGAGGGGGCUAGCUGUUUGUGGAGUAGAUAUCGUCCAUUUAUCGUUGUCGAGGUGAACUGAUUGAUAUAUCGUAAUAUUGAUUUGAGGCCAUAUCGCCCAGCCCUAUUUUCUACUUUGACUUUUGUUUUUUUGUUUACCAGACAAUGUUUUUGACUCAGGAAAAGCCAAUGCUGGUAUCAGUUGAAAACAGCAGACUUUGUCUAAGUUGCUGUUCUUGCAGUCUAUCAAGGUUCUUGUCUGGAAAUGUAAAAGUUUCAGAAGAUUUUCUUUAAGGAUGUCGUUCAAUGUCUGUUCAGUGUCGAAGAAUGUUCAGCUGGCCUUAAAAAGCAUAGAAAGACUUCAAUGUCAAGAACUGCGCUGUAAAACACAAAACCUAUUAUUUAAUGCAGCACCCGUGUGUCUGGUACAAGCUUGGACUCUGUGUUGGUUUUGACAUUGUAUCGGCUCUAUAACUCACCCUCCAUCUCCUUCACCUUUGUCCUGCAGGUGUAGCAGAGGUGAUAGUCCUGGUCGGAGGGCGUCAAACAAUCGGGAUGACCCAGCGCUCCCUGACAGCGGUCACCUGUUUCAACCCCCAGAACAGUAAGUGGUACCCGCUGGCCAGCCUGCCCUUCUACGACCGAGACUUCUUCAGUGUCAUCUCAGCUGGAGACAACAUCUACCUGUCAGGUGAGCUGAAUAUACUGCAGGACGAUUGUAGCUUUACUGUCACAGAGCAGAAAUACGGGGAAAUCCUUCACUUUGGAAAUAUGUGAAUUCUCACAACUUCUUUUCACUGAGUCCUUUUUGUGAAAUCGGUUCCUUUCAUUUACAUCCUGUGUGAUUUUUAUUGAGCUGGUUGUCUGUCUGCUUUUACAGUCUCUGCAGAGUCAUUCAGUUCAUUUAGCUCCACACUGGCACACUGUGCUCUCUGUGACUCCCUCUAUGAGACACCUUUAAGUUGUCUCUCCAGAGAUAGACUGAAUUUCUCCCUCCAUGCUCUGUUUGUGCCAGAAUCCCUGCACAGUUCUCAGACCUUGACAUUGCACUGUAGAAAUGCAGCAGGAUUUGCCCUGUGUGUACCUCUCCUCUCCCUCUUUUCAUAUAAAUGUAAAUUUGUGUUUUGGGUCUGUAUGUGUCCACUGGGAGUCAGACAGCCAGAGCGGGAUCAGCCAAUCUACAGGCGCCGCUCUGUAGCCAUCCUCAGACUCUGUCAUGUAACACCGGCAAAGGCUUGCUCAAACUACACAGCUAACAGGGAACUGAAACAAACACAGUUUAGAUGCCUCCACACAGCAGCAAACUACAAAGUUCUCAAUCUUUGUACUUUUUAUAUCCCUUAUUCUUUAUUCCAGGUGGCACAGAGAGUGGGGUGAUGGUGGCUGACGUUUGGUGUUACAUGUCUCUCCUGGACAACUGGAGUCUGGUGUCCCGGAUGACGGUGGCUCGCUGCAGACACAACAGCCUAGUGUACGACGGAAAGCUCUACACUAUCGGAGGACUGGGAAUAUCAGGGAAUCUGGACCAUGUGGAGAGGUGAGAGUGAUACGUGAACAUUAACAAUACCCUGUGUCAAAACACAAGGCUCGAACCUUGACCUGCAGCCUUGUCAGAGUGUGUCACUCUAGUCAGUCUUACCCCAAAUUUCCACCACAUCCGGAACGGCUAUGAAAAGGCUGUAUCCGCUGAUCAUAGCUGAUCGUACCCAUUCAAGUUAAUGUGUCAGUUUCCACCGGCUUCUUUCCAUUCCACUGCGGAUCGCCGGACUCCGCAGCUGAUCGCAGGAGUUCUACUUUUUCCAGACGACAGAACAUGCUGGAUAAAUUCAGCACAGAUUAACCCGUGCUGGAAAGGAAGUCAGGCACAGACACAAAAUAAAAUAUCCGGCUUCUUUUCAAAAUAAAACACUCCGUCUUUCAGGCGGAUCGUAUUUCAAACCAUACAAACGGGUAGGGACGAACAAGUGAAAGGUUUAUAGACAGCAUUUCAUCCUGAUGAGGAGAUGCUUAUUUUUUAUGUCUAGAAGUAGAUUUCCUCCUCUGGAAGGACACAAUCUACUGCUUAUACGGUUAGCCUAUGUGGCUAAAGACAACUCAUUAUCGCGCAAUUGCUUGUGAAUCUGCGGGUUCUUGCGAGUUCUCCCGAUUCUUGCUGUCCGUAAUCCGCCAUGAAAUUCGCCUAUGGUAUAUGACGAAAAUUGCCGUUCCGGAUGCGGUGGAAAUCCAGGUGUAAAAGAGUGUAAAAAUAGGCCUUUUACAUAUUGAAAACUCUGCAACAGUACCUGCACAAAUGCUGAAUUAAUGCACUCUUAAAAAUGAUACAGGAUCCGAGAAGUUGCUCUUCCAACUUUGGCGAUUCAGAGAAAUCGGAUUGGCAGUUGUUGUUCUGUCCGUAACCAGCGUUUAUUAGCAUUUUCCAGCUUUGGAGCUUGUUUUUCCAACACCCCUUGAAUGCAGCAAAAGUUCCAAUUUCACCCCAAUUUGAGCUCAAAAGAGUGUAAUAUUAGUGUCUCAGUGGGGAUCAUCACCCCUGUCCCUCCUCCAUUGCGGCUCUAAUGCUACCUCCCCUGAUGGAGAAUUCAUAAAAUAUCAGUAUUACCUUUAAACUUUAGUUUGAUUUUCUCUGUAAAUGAAGGUGAUCCCUUUGAAUCAUGUGAUAUAAUAAGAAAAUAUCAGUUUUGUAACCGAUCAGCUGUGAGUGUUGUGCAGAAACGGAGCACCUGAGUGAGGGGAUUUGGUUUCAGCGAGCAGAGCGCCGUACUGUGUCUGAUGCCAUCCACUUGAGCGCAGCACAUCAUCAACACUUCAUGUGAAGGUCGUCCUUUGUGGCCUCUUCAGCUGGCUCUUUUUUUUUAAUGUUUUCUUUCUCUGUUUUUUUCUUUUUGUUACAAGUACUCAAACCUGACACAGACAGUUUCCUCAUCGAGUACAAAGGAUUUCUCUAGUGGCACAGAGUUGAAAGGAGAUUUUUUCGGCUUCAGUGGUCUUAUUCAUACCUCUUAACUUUAAUAAUUCUGCUCCUCAUUUCUUACUCCUCUUCUAACCUGGGCUAAGGAGUAAGAUUCAGAAAAGGCUUCUUCUGUCUGCAUGGCAGAGCGAGAUGAAUCAAGGCAAUCAAAAGAACAUUACCGGGUACAUUAGAGCAGGCCGCUGUCGCUCAUUACCUAGCAGCUCAAUUGAUCUCCAAAGCUUUCCACAAUGCACAAUCAGUCCUCCAAAUGAAACAGGCUAAUUUGAUAUUUCCCUGAAAUGCCACCAUACAGUGUCAUUAUGACAGCAUAGAUGGAGUAUUUGCCCCGUAAUGGAUACGCAUUUGAUUCCUCUGUCUCUGAGCUGCUUCAUUUGGGAGCUGAUGGUUCUUGGCCCUGAAGAAAUCUGUUUUUCACCUUGGGAUGUGUUGGUAUGUUUGUUGCUUUGUGUCUCCAGGUGUAGUCUAUAUGCAAUCACGAAGAUUAUCCGAGGCCCAAAGCAACCGGGUUCAAUUAUCAGCUCCAUCUGAGCGCCAGUCUGAGAGCUCCCAGAGUCUCCCCUGCUUGGUGUGUCUGUCCUAGUGCUGCACGAUUAAAGGUUCUGAUGGAUAACCCAGAACUUUUAAGAGUUCAGAAGAAAAUACUUGUGACACAGGGUAAGGGUUGUAUUCACCAGUCUUAUUAUCUAAAAAAUAACCCGUCUCUUAAGCUGUUAGGUCUGCGAGAGAAGCCAAAGUCUUGUUCCUUAGCAACCUUAGCAUUUUUGUCUUUUUCACCAAUAGUUCAAGAGUCAGACUCAGGUCGGAUACUGCAAAAUCUCAGCAGUGUCCAAAAUUGAAUGCUUGAACAGAUUCAAGGUGAUGUGCUUUUAGAGAGGGUACAAACAGCAAAAUUUAUGCUUGAUACUUUUUAAUCACGCUGAUUCAUCUUCUUCAGAUUUGUAUGUGUUUAUUCAUCAUGAUAAUGAUGACAAAUGAAUUAUUCAGUGUUUUAGUUUUCCAUUUGAAAUGUGUCAGUUGAGUAUUCUGCCUUUCUUGUGAGAGCCUCCAGUAGAGAGAAAACAGCUAGAAAACACUGACAGUGAGAGUUUCAAUCAUCGCUUUGGAGUGGAGAAUAAUUGGAGCUUAUUUUUUAUUUGGAUUUUCUCAACAAAGAAAUAAUCUUAAAGUUCAGCGUUAAAUGGGGAAAUUAACUGCAUUAGGAGUUUUUGAAUGUCCACAAGUCCACAAACUAUAGGUGUUUCCCGCUACGAUUUUGAUAUCGAAUAUUGAUCUGAUAUCAGCAAAAUUUGAAUAUCGGAUUAUAUCAGCCGCCAUCUAAAAUAUGUGGUACCAGCACUCCGAUACAAGCAGUCCAUUCCAGACUCCACUCUGGCACCUCUAACUAGCAGCACCCGGAUCCUGGGUGUACCAAAGUACUAAGGAGUAGGAGUGAUGUCAACCCUGUGGCAGUAUUUUUUAAUCAAAGUCCGAAAAGACGCUGCAGCUGAGUGCAAAACUUGUCAUGCGAAAGUUUGUGCUAAUAUCAGAUCAAUAUCGGUAUCGGACAAUACUGAAGGCUACAAUAUCGGUAUCGUAUAGGAGGUAAAAAAGUUGUUUCAGGACACCCCUACUAGUGAGACAGGAGAUCUUUCUCUUGUUGAAUCUGUGAAGCAAAACUAAUGCGGGGUGUUUUAUACAUAAUGUACAAUAAAAGUUUUGUGGAGACUUGACUUGUAUGAAUGUAGCCAUCUAUAUCAAACUAAUGGUGUUCAUAAAAAGGGAAUGAAAAAUGUCUGAGUAUUCCAGAAGCACUAAAACCCUAAUGUGUCUCUAUCAUUUUAGAGAUCUUUCAAUAACAAGACUUGGCAUUUAAAACCAAGUUUUAUGUCUGAAUAUCAUAUAAAAUUUCCCUUGUAGACAUUGUCAAACUGAAGUGUACUUUCCCUCAGUUAUGAAAUAAGAUCUAUUCAAACAUUUUGACUUUUUUCCAGCUAUGAAACUUUAUAAAAACUUAUUCACAACCUUUAUAACCUUGGCAGUGCUCCUGCUCCUACACAAAGCCGCCUGAUAUUUGCUUCUAUCUACUUCAAAGUGCUUUUUUUGACCUCAAAACUUCUUAGUUUUUAAGAAAAAAUAAAUAAAAAAAGAAAAGACCUUAAAGUUUCUGCGUGAGUCAUACUUGGCGUCAUUACAUAAAUCUCAUAGCUGUGAUCAUCUCCAUCACUCUCAAGUCGUUUUCUGGAGGCAUUUGUUGAUGCUGCUUUGAUGAAUGAGCCCCAUUAUGUGCUGAACAUAUAUUCUGUUGCCAAGCACCAGGUUUGGCAGGCAUGUCUCUGCUUUAAGACGUAGUUGGCGCUGAUGCAGCGACAUUGUUUGACCAAAAUCCUGAAGAUAGUUGAGACUCCGGGAGAGAAGUCCACAGCGGGAGGAUAUAAGGAAGCUGUGUCACCUUAUGUGCCUGAGGAGGAGCUGCUAAUAUUCUGUAACCAUCAGUCAGAGUAUGUGAAUAUGCUGAAAGCUGGCGUGCAGAACCACAUACUGCAAGAGCAAAAACUAGUAAGUUUGUGAAUUCUCUGUACAACUUGUUUCUCCAGUCUAUGUAUGUCCAUGCAAUAGGGCUGGGCGAUAAAAUGAUAAAAAAUACGAAACAUGGUCAGUAUCCUUUUCAUUUGUUGGCAUUCGGCCAUGUUUUGGUAGACUAUCAAACAGCCAAUGAAAAGAGGAGUUGCCUGGGUCCGCUUCGUGCUAAACCAAUCAUGUGCUGAAUAAGAACCAAGUAGCAAACAACUGUGUAGUAGCAGGCUGCAGCUUCACCCAACCAUAGAGUCCCAGAGUCUCCCCUGCUUGGUGGGUCUGCCUUAGUGCUGCUCUAUUAAAGGUUCUGAUGGAUAACCCAGAACUUUUAAGAGAAAAUACUUGAAGCUCAAACCAUUUGUGACACAGGGUCAGGGUUGUAUUCACCAGUCUUAUUAUCUAAAAGUUAACCCGUCUCUUAAGCUGUUAGGUCAAACUGCGAGAGAAGCCAGAAAGCUGUUUCCGUAGCGACCUUAGCAUUUUUGUCUUUUUCACCAGUAGUUCAAGAGUCAGACUUGAAUCAGAUAAAUCUCAUGGUUCUUAAAAUUGAAUGCUUGAACAGAUUCAAGGUGAUGUGCUUUUAGAGAGGGAACAAACUGCAAAAUUUAUGUUUGAUACUUUUUAAUCACGCUGAUUCAUCUUCUUCAGAUUUGAAUGUGUUUAUUCAUAGAACUUUAACAAGUGAAGCCAAAAGAAAAUGAGUGCUACCCCCGGCAGAAAUGCAGAUGAAGGCUCAACAGAUGAUGACAACUGCGACAACACUGGCAUGAAAACGUCGGUGGUGUGGAGGUAUUUAGUUUUUUUGAGGUUGGACAUAAAGCCAAGUAAUGUGCACUGUAAAUUAUGUCGAGCACAUGUUCUCACAAAGUCGGGGAAUACCUCAAGUCCCCUGAACGGAGCAAGGAGCCCAUGGUGCCUGUGCUGCCGAAACAGCCGAGCAUUCAAUCAAUCAAUUAAAUUUUAUUUAUAUAGCGCCAAUUCACAACAAUCGUCAUCCCAAGACGCUUUCCAAAGAAAAAGAGCAGGUCUAGACCACGCUCAUUGUUUGAUGAAUUAUCAAGACCCAACCUAAAAUGGGAUUUGGCCCAUCUCAUCUAACAUGAGUAACAGUAGCAAGGAAAAACUUCCUUUGAACAGGCAGAAACCUCGAGCAGGACCAGACUCAUGCCAGAGAGCCAAUAGGCCGCUGCUGGGUUGGGGAGGAAAACAGAGAGAGAGGGAGAGAAUGAGUAAGGGAGAGGAAGGGAGAGAGAGUAGAGAACAAGGGUGAGAAAGAGACACAGGGGCAGUAGCGACAUUAAAACAACAGCAACAACAACUGCAGCCCAUGUAAUUCAGUCCGCUUUCUGUAGUGCAACGCCUUACGACAAAACGUCAAAGAAACACAAAGACCUCACAGAUUCAGUAGCUUAUUGUAUUUCAAAAGACAUGCUACCAGUAAGAAGCACUGAUAAAUAUCAUUUUUAUAUCAUGAUAUAUAUCAAUAUCAACUGAUAUGAAAAAAUAUAUAUAUCAUGUUAAACUAUUUCUCACAUCGCCCAGCCCUACCAUGCAGACACAUUUCUGUUUAUUUCUGUGCUUGUCCAGAUCUCUCAUGUCCAGAUAGAGCUCCUGGCCUUCAGCGCACUGACUCCUACUUUACAGUCCGGUGAUAUUCACCCACACUCACAAUAAUGUCUUCAAUCAGAGCCGUCUCACAGCUAGUUGAAUACAGCUGUCUAUAAAACAGUUGGACAUCAAAAUCUGCGCAAAGAGGACAGCCGGCUCAUUCUCCGUCUCUGCUCUCCUCACCGAUGACUGACAGGUUUUUAGGGAUGGGAGCGGUCGAGUUCAGGAGGCUCUUAACUUGUAAUCAGGUACUCUGAGCCCGCUGACUCCUCUGCAUGUUUAUCCUUUGACAAACUCGACAUGAUUGCAGAUGUUGAAUAAUUCAUGGGUGUCUAAUGAUGUGUCAAUCACAGAUGGUUUUGUGUUGUUUACUGGACACUAUAAGUAGGUUUGUGUGUGUGUCCACCAAGCCAUUGAAGAUUGUUAGUGAGGACAGCCGUGAUCUGAGAUGUUUGGAUAACAAGUUUGGAGGAAAGAGGUUCAAGUUCUCAGACUCUUUACUGGCAAGAGCUCCAUUGUUCAUUUGUUGUUUCGAGGUUCAUUAACUUGCACAUCAGGUGUUGAAUAAGAAUCCCUGCUCUGAACUACCACGCUGAUAUUCAGCUGUCUGUAUCCUCCGGCAUAUUGUGCUGAAUUUCUUUUCUUCCGUCUCUGUGAAGGUCCACACGCUCCUGUAGGGUGGUCAGCCUUGCUCUGAUGAAAUAUCUUUAUUCCUCUCCGAACAAAACUUGAUUUCUGCUUUUUUCCAUCAAGCAGUGAUAUACCGCCACAAUAGGCCAUUUCAAGAAAUAGGGGGUUCAGUUUCAUGCAGAAAGCCAAAUGAAACGCCUCAAAGACCUUGCAGAGAGAAUUGUUGUUCCUGCAGGGGAAGUUUCAUCAACUCGACCAUGACAAAGACACGGCAAAGAUGGAGCUUUCAAAAAGGGAUUUAACUUGCAAGUUAAACACAGUCGCUCUGCGUCACUUUCAUGUAAAAAUGAGAUUGCAACUAAUCCUUGAGGUUUGGAAAGAGGAAGUUUGUCUAUUUGGCUGGCUGUCCCAGCUUGCAUGCAAUGCCAUGUGGCUUCGGACCUUAUCCUCAAAAUACAGGUGCUGCGUAAACAGUGACACUACAUGCUUAAAGUCCGUCCUCUCACUCAAAUUAAAAGAUGGAAGUCCUUCUUUGUUUGCCUCACUUUUUGAGACAGUAAGAGAAAUAAUCAGCAGGUAUGAUAUGACAAAAAAAAGACGCCCAGCCUCAGGUUUUUGGGACCCAGCAGCGAAAUAUUCAAAGUAGGGAAGAAAAGCAUGCCCAGAACCAAGGAAGUUUGGUAAAUAGAGCCUUAGGAGUGUGUAGAUGCACCAACCCUCAGGUGUACCUGUUGGCUUUGUACUAUCAGUCACACUGGAACCAGUAAGCUCAUGUGGAGACACCCCCAGUCCCUUCUCCAACCUCCCUCCAGCUCCCAUCUCUGCAACAAUAAUGAGCUGUUGUGCAACUCCUCUGUGUUGUACGUCUGUGUGUGAGUGUGUAGCUGUGCUCAGGGUCAGGUAGAGCCUGGAGCUGCUCCCGGGAUAAAAGGUUGGUAGUGGGGACAGGCCCUGCAGCAUGACACUGUGGUCGUGUACAACAGGCUGCUGAAGCCCCCAUGCAGAGCCGCUGCCCCCCCUGCUGAGCUGAUCCCUGCUCUUCAGGAUUAACCAACUUCACAGGGCUGCCCCCCCAUUGUGCCGUCAAGGCACCAUUAAAACCUCAAACCUGAUCUCAGCAUCUACCACCACCCUCCACUGUCCACCUAUUUUUAGUUUCAGGACGAGAACAGCAAAGAUGCCCGCCCACCUGUCUGCUUACAGGUGGUGUUAGUAUGACUGCAAACACUGUCACCAAUGUACACAUUUCUGUCUCCUUCACUUUUAGGGCUCUAUUUUCCUUCCUCGCCAGCGACAUGGUGCAGGCGCGGCGUAAGUCAGGUCCGCCACGCCAACAAGGCGUGGGUUUUUAGACGGGUUUUAAAAAUGGACAGUGAGGGAGCUUGUCUAAUGUGGAGAGAUAAAUCAUCAGCUCUGUCUCAUUUGAGCCUUGGUAGACCUUGGUACCUGCAGGAGGAGCUGGUCAGCUGACCUGAGGCACUGGGCAGGAGCGUAGGGAUGAAACAGCUCAGAGAGGUAUGAUGGGGUCAGACCAUUUAAGGUUUUAAAAACAAAUAUAAGGAAUCUUGAAAUGAACUCUAGUGGAGAGAGGCCAGAAUGGGAGUGGUGUGCUUCCGCUUUCCGGUUAAACGACGAGCAGCCGCAUUCUGGACCAACUGGAGACAUGCAAGGGAAGACUGACUGACUCCACAAUAAAGUGCGUUACAGUAAUCCAUCAGAGACAUAAUGAAGGCAUGGAUUCCUGUCCCAAAGUGCUCUCGUGCAAGAAGUGGUUUCACCUUUGCCAGCUGCCUAAGGUGGAGAAACCUGGACUUAACAGCUGCGCUGAUCUGUCGGUCAAGUUUAAAAUUACUGUCCAUCUUAAAACCCAGGUCGGACAAUGUUGGCUUCAUAUACAAUGCCAGGGGGAUCACAAGAACCAUUGGGACCAAACAUCAUCACUUUUUUAAAAAGUUAGAGCCAUCGAGGCUUUAAUUCCGUCAAGGCAUGUUAGAAGUGGUUUCAGAGAAAAGGCAUCUUUCUUUUUCGGUGGCACAUAUAUUUGGCUGUCAUCAGCAUAACAAUGAAAGGAGAUACCGUGCUUUCUAAGAAUGGAACCCAGAAGAAGUAGAUAUAGAGAGAACAGCACUUAACACUGUGCACUACUGAAAAGUUUCAUUUGAUUCUGUUUGAGUGAACAGAAAACAGAGUGACCUCAACAACUCACCUAUCUCCUCUCUCCUCUCCUGCACCUUCCAUCCUCCUCGUCUCCUCACAGCGCUGAUCAGGUGGGCAGGAGUUGAUGGGUGUAUUUGGGGGCCUGCAAGGCAAAGACAGUGUCUCCUCUACAUCAUCUUCUAAUGGGGCGCUGAGGACUCGGAGACAUAGAGGAGGACUUUGUGUGGGGGUGUUUGCUUGACAGUUUCUGGAGAAAUAUUGGCGAGCAGCAGCAGCAGGUGUGCCCGAGGUUGGCACCGGUGAGAGGCUGCAGGUAAUGAGCAGUAUGAGCUGUAUGUGCCUCUGCUUCAUUGAUUAAUGAUGGGCCGACACUUUUGGACAAUUUCCAGCCUUUACCAACAGGCAGAUAAAUUUUUCAUUUCUUUCUGUGCUUUUUUUUUUUCUACUUUACUUUUUUUCUCUCUCACCUUCCUUCUCUCUUUGUCAAAAACACAAUAGAACAGGGAUUAUCCUUAGAAAGCACCGGCCGGGCAAACCAUCAAAACGUCCAAAUAUCAACAUUCAGGGAUGGGAUUGGCACUGAAGGUGGGAGAUUUGUGUGCAUUUAGUGAAUUAUAAAUGAUAUACCUUGCUUACUGAUGAUCAUAUCUGAAUACCAAAAGCAUACUUGUCUCUGCCAGGAUGUUCUACAUAUAGGAAUGUUGAGGUUUCCCUGCAUAAAUAAAUUUCAUAUAAUUCCCAGACUUGCUAGCGGCAUCGCCUGAAGGAGGGAAGUGUCCGUCUGCAGGUCCCAGCUGAAUAUUUUGUCAGAGCUAAUUAGCAAUUCUCACACGCUUAUAUGCUUAUUUGGAUUGUAAUCAUGGUAUAAGUCACAUUUGCAUAACAUUGGCAUGUUAAUAUUAUCAUUUUGAGCCUGUUAGUGUUCUGUUAUCCUGCUACAAGCGCUUUCAUGGUUCAGCUACUAACAUGGCUGCAGACUUAGAGGCGUGUUUCUUGCAGUAGUUUAUGUUUAAGUGAAGUUUCUGGAAACGUAAUCAGCCGUACCAGACAAAACUUUUCACUUUAUUUACAAAGUAUGCUGUGGAAAUGUUUGCCGUUUUUAACACUUAGAACCCCGCUGGAUCACCAGCAAUCCCACGUGACAGCAUUAAUAUUGUUUACAGUUUCUCAGGAACUAUACUGUGUAUCUCUAUGGGAUGAAAAGUGUUCAAAAGCUUACCCUUUUGGCGAUCUAUCGAGGGUUUCUAGGCAUUUCUACACCUUCCACAAGGUUUACAAUCCAGCCACAAUGAUAGGUGUUUGAUCGGAGACAUUUGAUGGUAAAUCCUCAGUGGUAUACCAGUGAUCGCUAUCGCUAUCUCUAAAUGCUGCUAAUGUCUUCCGGGUUUGACAAGCUGUUUUUGGUCUCAUAUUCUUCCUCUAUUGUUCUCUUGACAAUAGUAGUGUCCAUUGAGAGGCAACCAAAGAUCAACAAGAGACAAGAAAGUUCCCUGCUUGUCUGCAAAAUAAGAAAUACUAGUCCUUAAUGCUUGGAAACAAGCAAAGAAGAGAUUAUGAGCAGUAUGAUGUGGCCCUCUGUCUCAUCCAAAACAGGAACUUGUAAAUCGCAAAAAGCUCCUGGAAGAAUAAGUGUAAAUAUGUAAAUAGUUUCUGUUGUGUGUUUGUUCCAAUCCCAAUAUUUCUUCUCCUGAUAGCCAAGACUUAAGAGAAUGAUGUGCAGGUGAGAAAAGGCUUGGUUACUGUAGAUUUAUGUGUUUUUUUGAGCAAAGUACUGUUGGUAUCAAUUUCCGUUUUUGUUUUUUGGUUGACUUUGAUGGUUCUGAAUCUACUGUUACAUUAAUUUUACAUAAUUUUUGCACCCAUCAACUGACAGCUGAGGUUGUCCUGAAAAAAAAAGAUGUGUAUAUAUUUGCUGUGCUUGAAAGAAUAGAGUUGACACAAAAAAAUAAUAAAAAAACAGAACAGGUGGACCAAAAAAUUGCAAAAUAUAGCUUGGAGUUCUAAGGGUUAAUUUUUGACUUAGUUGUAGCUACACUUUCUAUUCCACGCCUCCUUCACUCUGCAGAGCUCCCCCUACAUGUUAGCAAUCAUCACAGGAGCUUACUUUGGUAAUGAAGUGAUGCCUCAGUCUCGUAUCUCUCCUCUUGUUAUGAAGAGCACAGAGCGGUAAAUGUUAUAUGACCUACACAACCAACAGCUCAUGUCUCCUGUUCUGCGUGACUUUGUCAUCCAAUUAAAUCUGAACCCAUUUUCACACACUCAUGCUCACUGAAGGGGACGUGCUUAUUGUUAUCACCGCUUCUUUAAUUCUCUACCUGAUAGUCUUUCAAGGAGCUUCUUUAAAUUGAUUUGAUUAUUAUUCAGCGUACACAAUCAUGAACGUGUUCUCAGGGGAAGAAAUGGACUUUUGAAUUAGCUCGUUCACAGGGAUUAUGGGUAAAUCUGUUGGUCUGUGAAUGGGUUCCUCUCUGCCUCGUAAGGAUUUUCCGAAGAUGACUCAAAGUGGACCGGGAUGUGUCCUUUUGUGUUGCCGUAGCCUGAUGUUAUUGUGUGCAUUUUAUUAGCACAUAUAUCAAGCCUGGAAGGUCAAUGAUACAUCAGCGUUAAUGUGUGUCAUUAUUUUACUUUAUUUUCAGGUUGAACCUGCAUGAAUGUUAGACAAAGACACAAAUAUUCACAUUUCUGAGCAGCCCUUCCUCACCGUCAGCUAGGGCUGGGCGAUAAAUGGAAAAUUUAACAAUACAGAAAUUUAUGACAAUAACCGACAUCAUUAGGCCCAUGUCAGUGUCAAAAAAAUAAAUAAAUAAAAGUUGGUUUUAGAUGUGUGAAGUUAGGCUAUGUUCUCAUGUCCCUUUAAGACGCUGUCUUACGUCAGAGACAUGACUCCACCCCAUCCAGUCCAUAAAAAAGAGGGAAAGACAGGUAAGGAGAUGGAGGACGGUUCAAAAGUUGUAGCAGCUGGAGCGGUGGCUGAAGUAGACGAACUUCAGCCACCUUAAUGUGGGAGGGGGUGAGCAGUCUGUGGAGUAGUUAUCAUCUAUUUAUCGUUAUCAAGGUGAACUGCCCAAUAUAUCGGGAUAUUGAUUUGAGGCAGUGGUUCUCAAGUCCAGUCCUCGAGCCCCCCUCGUCCUGCAUGUUUUGGAUGUUUCCCUGCUCCAUCACACCUGAUUCAAAUGAUCAGCUCGUUAUCAAGCCAUUCUAGAGCUUGAUAACGAGCUGAUCAUUUGAAUCAGCUGGACUGGACUUGAGAACCACUGAUUUGAGGCCAUAUCGCCCAGCCCGACCAUCAGCCAUCUUGUAGUAGCCUCAGACGAGAGUCACAGUCACAUACAGCGCAAACCAGUUCAAGGAGCUGAGGUGAAUACAAAAAAGCUCAAAUUAGUCGUCACAGCUUUUUUCUCUCUCUGUACAUUUCAAUGAAGCUGUUGUUUGUUACAUAGAGCAGAGAAAAGCUGCGAUUCUGCCGGAACAUUUGUCGACCUCUUUAUAGCACAUCAGUCAUGCAUUUAAAUUGCAAAUUGAUUUCAAUGUUCAGAUCAAUAAAUGAUCUCCAAACUUCUCUGUAAUACUGCACAGUUCUCAACCUUCAGCAUAACUUUUAAAUGUUUUAAUUGUGUAUGUUUACACCUUAAAGACUUCAACAAAGCUUGCAGUUUAGAAAGAUGUAUGUCUUUUAACAACCUCAAAGCGCCCUUGUGUAUUUCACUCGAAUAAAUAUUAGAGGACUUCAGAGAUGGCAUGUGUUUGAAUGUAGCUAAACACUGAAAAUAUUAAACUGUAAGUGACAAAUUAGAAAAUUUACUCAUCUUUAAAUGUAACCCCUUUAAAGCAGUCACUCUGGGUACAAACAUGUUUAUUUUUCUUUAUUUUUCCAAAAAUGUGUGACUGUGAUUUUGCAGGUUUAGAGAGGUGUGUUUUUGUGAGUGUUUGUGCCCAUCAGACAGCAGAGUGAUAGUGGAGGUGUGGUACAAACCUCACAGUUUGUGUUAUGUGCUCCGACACACAGAUGGCAGCCGAUACAGAUAGACUCUCACUCCUCCUCCUCCUCUUUCUUGGAUGUUCACUCUUCAUUUACUCGAUGAGCAUUUAAAUUAAAUGAAAAAAACGUAUUUUCAUCACUCCCCUUCCCUUUCUAAUAAAUGGAAAAGCUUACUGACUUUGAGGUUAAUAGAAAAAAAGGGAAACUCAUUGUGAAGUACAUCAAAAAUUGCAAUACAUGAGAUUGGCUUCAUGUGAGUGAGACAGGGUAUCGCAAGGAUAUUUGUUACCCAAGGACACGACAAGCUUCUCAUCAGAAAGUAUUGCAUCAGUUUGUCUCUGCAGGUGAGAAAGAGAGAAAAUGCUGUUUUUAUCCUAAACCAACUUCAACAUCCAGCGCACUCCCACUCAGGUCCUAAAGGUUAUAGUGAUGCGUGGAGCUGUGUGGUGUGGACUAAGUGUAGUUGCGAACUUGAAUCGAAAGCCUACAGAUUUUCUCACUGGGUUUUUUUCUUAUAUUUUCAUCAUCUUACACUAUCAGUUGUUUGUCUUUUCUUGGAGAUUCUGCAACUAUAUUUAUUUAAGCAGCGUGUGCAGGUAGGGAUUUCUUCCCCAACCUUCCAACCCAGAGACCGGAGACUCAUCUGUUAUAGUUUAUCCCUUGUGUUUGUGUGUGAUUGUGCGUGAAAGAGAGGAGUAUAGAGAAAAGUAUAGCUCAUCAUCAUCAUUCACACCCUCCUGCAGGUAAACAUAUUAGUGAAAUGGCUGUGAUGCCUCGGGCGCACUCCACAUGAUUAGAUUGCUUUCAGAGGGAGAGGAACACAGACGGGACAGCGGGGGGGCUACUGUGGUGGCUACUGUCCAAAUAUGGCGGGUUUAGAGUCAGUGCUUAUUUUAUCGUCCAUUUUAGUAUAAUUUACCAAACACCAUUAAAAUAAUUUUCAUACUGCACUGAGUUAAACUUAAAUAUCAGACUUCCUUCAGCAACCGAUCAAGUUGCCUCCUGCUGGUCAUGAGAGAAAAAGCAGGUUUGAGGUACAUUUACUUAUAAAACCACAGCUAAUUUAUGGGCUUCAUAACAAAGAACAUAGACAGUUUUAAAUACACUGUUUUUAAAUACACUGUCUUUUUGUCGAAAUUUUUUUUUAUUGAGUUUUCCUUAGACGUAUUCCAACAGCGAAUGUCAGCGCACAAAGGAUUCACUUCAACACCUAGAAAUAAAAUUAAUAAUAAUUAAACAAAAUAAAUAAAUAAUAAAUAAUAAUAAUAAUAAUAAUAAUAGUAAUAGUAAUAAUAAUAAAUAAGAUGAAUAAAUCUGUAAAUAGCAAAUUAAAAACAAUUCCAAGAUCACAAAGAAUCAUAUUAUACGAAUACAACGCAAAUAAAGUAAAAUUAAAUAAAAUAAAAUAACCAUAUAAAGGACAUAGAGGAAAAAACUAAAUAAAGUAAAACAAACAAAAAAAAGUUUAAAAAAUGUUAAAAAGUAAAGAAAUAGAGAGGGAAAACCAAAUAAAGUAAAGUAAAACAAACAAAAAAAGUAAAAAAAAAAAAUUAGAUUCAAAAUAAUAAAAUAGUUAUAAAUUAUAGAUAAUUAUAAAUAAUAAUAAAAAUUUUCAAAAAGAAGUGGGGGGGCAAAAGACAAAUACAAACACACAGGAGGGGAUGACAAAGACAGAAGGGGAAGGACUGGGACUGGGAUGGGGGGGUCCAGUUGUGCAUUCAACCCCUCGCCCUCAGCUAGGGCAUAGCUAUAGUGGUUCCACUGAAAUCCUAUCACCCCGACUGAAGCCCAUCUAACUGCUUCACAGUUCAUUCAUUCAUUAAAGCUAUCCCACGUCCCAUGAAUACACUGUUGAUGAGAAUCACAGUGUUUGUUAUUAGCUGGAUGUACUUUUUUGUUUGCAUAAUGGAGACUGAGAAAGCAGGUGCGCUGAAAUCACCUCCUGCCGUCACCGUAAACAAACAUGGCAGGUGUGACUGUACAUUUCUGCAGUCAGGCGUCACCUGUUUCUGUUUAACACCGUGGUUUAUAUACGAAUUAGACAUCCAGAGCAAAGACCAGACAAACCGUCGCUGGUUUUCUUUCACAACACACAAUCACACUGCGUUGGUGGCUGUUACAGCUGGCAGAUGUUGUGUUACAGCUUUUAUUGUUCACAUGUCAGCCCCAGUGCAUUCUGGGAGCUUUGACUUAUUUUUCUUUGUCUGGCUAUGUAUUUCGAGUUAAUCUGAGAGUCUGGCCUCCUUCUUUCAUUCACAUCUAUCCUCUUUCUCUUUCUCUCUCCCAGUAUAUAUUAAUGAAAACAAUCUUCUGCUGUUACCCUGCGGCGUCAUUUUUAAACGACUGCCGCUGUGUGAUGAAACGAGUCCUGUCAGGAGCUGCAGACGAUUACAUGACUUCAUGCGGUGAUCAGUUUUGGUGCACGUUUAUUUUUCAAAAGUAAUCAGUGCAACAUGGCAUGUCGAUGGAUAAACUUAAACAAUUGAUGAUUGUUGAGGCUUCAGAGGACAGAAAAGCAGAGAUUUAAUCUUUGUUUUUUUUUAGCAUGAAUACAGUGUUUUCUCUUUCUCUCUUUUCCAUUUGGCUAGACAAAUAGUCAAACCACAGUAGGGCUUGGCGAUAUGGCCUCAAAUCAAUAUCACAGUAUAUUGAACAGUUCACCUCAAUAAUGAUGAACGGACGAUAACCACUCCACAAGCUGCUCCCUGCCUCCCACAUUAACUUUUUCAACUUCAGCCACCUCUUCAGCCGCUCCAACUUCUGAACCGUCCUCCAUCUCCUCACUAGUCUUUCCCUCUUUGUUACAGACUGGAUGGGGUGGAGUCACAUCUCUGACAUAGGACAGCGUCUUAAAGAGACAUGAGACCAUAGCCUACCUACACACAUCCAAAAACAACUUUUAUUUAUUUAAAUUUUUACAGCAAAUAUAUUGACAUGGGCCAAAUGACGUUAGUUAUCGUCGUAAAUUUCCGUAUCUGUCAAUUUUCAGUUUAUCGCCCAGCCCUAGUCCACAUCCACACAAGUUGCAUCUCUAUUUCAGGCCCUGAUGAAGUUCAGUCAGAGUUUCCCACUAACUUUAUUUACCUGCUGGUUAAUUCUCUGCAGACAGCAUACAUUCUAUAUGUUUUAUACAAAAACAAAGUUAGAGUGAGCGGUGAGAGUGAACCGAAAGAGUGCAGGUGCAGGCUGUGAUAUGAAAAUAAUGAGCUGCAACAUGAUGAAAAAGGUGAUAACUUGAUAACUUUCAUCACUCCGAGCAGAUUCAGGAUUAUGAAUUCGAGUUCAGGCUAAAAAAUUCACAUCACAAAUUCCAGCCAACUUCAAAAAACAAAACAGGCUGCUUGUUGUUGCUAUCGUUUUAAAUUAUGAGCAGCUGUUUUCUGUCGUCAUGUUGGUCUCAGUUGAUCCUUUAAUCAGCUUCACUCAGCAGUGUCUGAUCCUUAAAUCUAUGAGCCUCCCUGAUGUGGUCAAAGAGGUAAUUACAGCUGUCAGAGACGGAAACACGCGUUAGUCCUUCUUUAUCAGCACCUCAGCCCGAUGCUAGUGUGUGUGUGUGUGUGUGUGUGUGUUUGUGUGUGUCUAAGCAGGGUUAAUUGGCGCUCCUGAGUCUUAAGAGUUUGCCUGUUCUGUGUUACCCGUCUCUCUGACUGCCUGUCAAUUUGAAACUGUCCCCUCAGCAGGUGGAGCCAGGAACAUUAUUAUACCCCCAAAGGGAAAGUUCUCCAAAGACUUACCCACUUGCCUCCUUCUCCACUUAAUCUAAAAAUCAUCCUUAUAAUGAAGAGGAUGCAAUCAGCACCUCGGGGUGUCAUUCAAAUUUAACAUAAAGGAGUUGCUGCAGUAGAAUGUCAGUGGACUCAAAAAGAAAAUAAAUGUAAUUCAGUCAGGAUCACUUUGUCAAAAUUUCAGCUUUAUUGUGCAAAGAUAAAUUUGGUGGCAUAGUUCUGUUCCGGGUCCCUGUCCUUCCACGUGCUUGCAUGGAAGCCAGAGGCAGGAAGGGCCCAUCAUCAAAAGGCGAUAGCAGGAAGCGCAUGUAAGGUUCUGUUCGGGGGCCCCCGUUCUCCACACAAGCAUGCGUGAAGGACCAGCAGCAGGAAGGGCACCUUCCUGCCCUUCAUGAGGCAUAGUGAAAGCAGAAACAACAGGGGUAGAGCAGCGAUGAACAGAACCCCAACAAGGACAGGAGCGCUUCCAGAGUAGUGGAGCAGUUUAGCCGGCACUGGGGUGGAGGUGGGUUGCUGGUUGCCUGUCGAAGCAGAGGAAGAGGCUGGGUUAGGGCAGUUUUUAAAAGGGCGCUCUAAAGGCAUAGAGGAAAUCAGCUGGGCCAUCAGCUGGUUGAGGUGGCUAGCUUCCAUUGGCUGCGGAUCAGCACUUGACAUUGUGACCUGCCAGAACUAACGCUAUGCUUCAUUUUUCAUCUUUCAUCUUGCAUUUAUUAUUUUUGUCUUGCUGUCCUGGUGGGCGUUGGCUUCCACACAGAUCCUGGAUCUGUCUGCCAAUACAGAUACAGCACAUACAAGCACAGCAAACACAAAUGUAAAGUCCUGAAUCGUACUGUAUAAAAUAAACAAUAUUUAUGAUGAUGAUUCAAGUACAGUCGACCCCUGACAACCAAAGAUCCCAUAAGCCAGAGUCUUGUUCUCAUUGUGUCUGCCGUUGUCUCUUUCACUUUGUACUGGUUUGGGUCCGCUGAGUUUUCGGCCCCGGGUUGAAGUCUCAGCCAAAGACGGCUCAGUGAAAAAGGUCCAAAGCUCUGCGCUGACACAGAGCCCAACUCUAGAGACUAAUGGAUUGUAGCUCCGAACAUAUGUUGCUCUGUGUAAUUGCUUUAAUUGCUGUCAUUGUACAUAAUGGUCGGUCUUUUUCCCCUUCUCUGGUGGUGAAGGCAUCCUGCUAAUUAUAUCAGCCCUGCAGCCAAAAACAGCAUUUUACUGUGAAUUUAGCACAGUGAGGACUUUGUAGUCAGUGUUUUUGUAUAUAACUGUUGUGCGCGUGGGUGUAAAUGACUGACUGCAAAGUUUCCAAAUAGUUUAUUUAAAGUUUCAUUAGUAAAUUCUUCAUAAGUCCUCCUGAGAUUUGUGUUACAAUCUAAGAUUCCUAGUUACAAUGAGUUGAAAUUCAGUCCAAAUAUCCUUCUUUUUUUUCCCUUUUCCAGGUACGACACAAUCACCAACCAGUGGGAGACGGUUUCUCCUCUUCCUAAGCCGGUCCAUUCAGCAGCAGCGACAGUGUGCGGGGGGAAGAUUUACGUUUUUGGCGGUGUGAACGAGGCCGGGCGCUCAGCAGGUGUCCUCCAGUCCUACAUCCUUCAGAGCAACACCUGGAGCUUCAUUGAAUCACCUAUGAUUGGUAAGAAGAGAUGGUUCUUGACUCUUCUUUUCCCAUUUAAAGGAGAUUUACUCAUUGAAUCGUCUGUGUUUCGAUUGAAUCAGGAGUUUUUUUAAACUCGGCAAAACCAAAUUUGUUCCUCCAGGCACAGUAAAAGUCAACAGAAAGUGUAGUGUUCGACCUUAUCUGCCCCUGUUGUUUUGCUUCAUUUCAGCGUUCACCCGCUGACAUGUUAUUGGCCAAACUCUGAAGUUUCUUACCUCACAAACCUGCAGCCACAUUCCAGUCUUAGCCACCGGGGACCCGUGAAGGGUGUAGCAACAGAAGAAACGCUUAAACCGAGCUGCCAUAACUCCGAGGUAGCAGCAAAAACACACGCUGUACGACUCCGAACACUGACAGCUGUGUUCCCUGUGCGGAGAUUACAUCCACAGGCGUUUAUUUUCACUCGAAAAAAUGUCUCUGUUUUCUUUAAAUACAUUUUUUACAUAAUUAGAGAUUCUGGACUAGAUUCUCGCUCCAUUUAACACGCUGGAACAGAGCUAUCUGAAAAAUGAGUUAUCUCAAACUGUGGCAUUUUGUUGCAUCAGGCAACAUUUAGAGCAAGAAACACAGGGUCAAAAAAAGUGUCUGAAUUCAAAAUGUUUCCUGACAAGAAGUUGAUCUCAUGUCAUUAAAGCAGCAGCAUGGAGGCACUUCCUUCAGCUCUGCAGCCCAGAAACUUCCUCUCUGUUAUUAGAGGCUUUUCGGAGCAGGACUACUGUGAGCAAAAUUAUGAUUAUGUAACGUGUGUGUGAGUGUGUGUGCGGUGGAAGCUGAGUGGAAUUAAAGAGCUGACAGAGCGGCUUGCAGGGGAGAAAGGAGAGAGAAGUCUGUUAAGGAAGCAUGAUGCACACAGCAUCUCCUGACCUCAUGUCAACUCUGUCUGACACACGUAAAAAAUUACGUAAUGAGGAAGUAGGUCACUCUUCGUGCGUGUCGGGAUGGUGUUUUCGUCGGCGUUCAGGACAAACUUCCAUCAGUCGGUAUGUAAAUGUGCUUCAUCUGACAGCCAGCAGAUAAUGGACGGGUUUAGACGAGCUUCCCGUGAAACUGGGCCGACAAUAAUUUGAGCGAGCCAGUGGGGAAAUGCUUCUGGAUCAGCCCUCUGAUUCCCUCCAUCUCUCUCUCUUAUCUUCUUCUAAAUCUCUCUCUCCUUGGCUGGUCUCUCAGCUCCGUCUCAUCCACUGACAUACAUACAGCUGUGUGUGUUUCCUCUGACUGUGACUGUGUGUGUGUGUGUGUGUGUGUGUGUGUGUGUGUGUGUGUGUGUGUGUGUGUGUGUGUGUGUGUGUGUGUGUGUGUGUGUGUGUGUGUUCCCUGUGCUUUGACAGUUUCCGGCUUGAAGUGAAAAUGGGAUUCACAAACACUUAUCAGGACUGACUUACUGUUUCUUGCAGAGUGAAAAAUAUGACUUGUGCCAUAAUUUUUCGGGACAUUCGAACUUUUUGAGCUGCGGGUGUAUUACAUGAAGUAGCUGCAUUUACAUGGGCAGAAAUAAUCAGAAUACACGCCAGAUCAGAAUAAAAAAGCUUCAUAUAAACAUGUCAAUCAGAAGAUUCUGAUCCAAUUCGGCUCAAUCGGAAAGAAAUUUGUAUUCCAAUCGUUAUUCCGAAACGCAUCCAUGUAAACACUUAUUCUGGUCGUGACUCUCUAACCUGACUCGAUAUUUACUAUUUAGCCUUUGGUUUAUUUAUUGAGGUCAGUACAGGAGGUUUCAUUAUAAACACUCUGGCAUAAAAUACAAUCGCAGGAGCCGUAUCUGCUCCUCCAGUAACAUAACAAGGCGUACAUACAGUGUAAUGAUGUCAUAUCUGCACCCACAGCGCAACCUUUGACAAAACUGUAAAAUAAGUAAGCAAGGGCGCCAUCUAGUGACAACAUUUAACAGGGGGAAAACUCCUGAAUUGGAUAGAGUGAGCCACUACCACGUUUGGUUUGUUGACAGCACAGGUGUGAAUACAACUCUUUUUCUAAGGGUUGUUUUAGCGAAAUCAGACAACUCUGCGCAUGUCCAAAUGCCUCUUAUCUGAAAGAAACUUGGUGCAUGUAUUCCCACGUCAUGAUCGGAUUAUUUGACUUUGCGCCCAGAUUUUCCAAUCCACCAAAUUUUAAUCAGAUCAAGAAAUUUUGCACGUGUAAACAUGGCGAGUGAGAUUUCUGUGGUAUUCGCCUCAUGCUCUCUAUCAUACAUCAUCCUUUCUCUGCUGUUUUCAUUAUUUUUAUUAGUGAUGCUCUUCGUCUAAACAACAAAAAGGAUGUUUUCUGCUGCAUUGCUUACCUUUUAAUCUCAUCCCAACUGAGGACACCCAGCACUUCAUCUUUCAGAGGAGAUUGUCUUGUUUAUGUUGAUGCUGACUGCUCAUUUCUGUCUGUAUCAGAUAGAGCGCUCUAAUCUGGAUCCAUACAGUUUGCAGUGUUGGUGUUAUCGAGUAGAUGUGUAAACUAAAGAGUGUGUGUGUGUGUGCUGCUCUUGCAGGUUUCAUAGAAUCAGAUAUGUGUUGUGUUGAUGCAGGAGUCAGAUAGGAAAGGAAAUGAGACAACAACACAGUAUUUGUUUGGACAGCAGCAGGAGAUUGUCUCAUGGCUGUGUGUCAUGACCACCUGUCCUUGGCCUCAGCCUGAGGGUCCCAGACUUGGUGACACAGCUGUUUUAUCACAGUGAGAGUCUGUAUCAGCAUAUCUGUUGCCCUGCAGGCACAGCUGAACCUUUAUCACCAAAGCUGGGUUAAAACCUUGUUUCUUUCUUUCUUUUUUUUUUUCCUGAUGUUUAUUUGAGGACAAAGAGGCCAAUUCAGAUUGUUUUGGUCGAGUUUUUUAACCUCAAUGCUGCAAAUCCAGACAAAAUCCUUUGUGAGGCUUCAGAAAUAGCAAGGUUCUUCUCAGAAUAAGAUCAUUUUCGCUGACAAACACCACUCUGACCUCUUUUCUGUAUCUCAGAUUUUAUUCCUGCAGAAAUAGUUUGUUUUGCCGUAUUGAAGGCCAGGGGGACGAUGAGAGCAAAUGCAGCGCAGAGGAAAGAUGUUGAACAAUGACAGCAGCCCUUUUUGGGCUGGUUAAAUGAGAACGGAGACAAACCUGCCCAGUUCUUCUUCAACACUCAAACCUGCAGCAGGUUCAUGAAAGAGACAGAGAGACAUGCAGGAACCAGCAGCGAGGGUUUCUGAGGGGAGAAAAGAGAAACAGGUUUUUUUCCUUUGAGAGUGUCCUGUUAUUAUUCUGCCUCAAGCACCGAGCAGAGAGGAAGGAGUGUUCUGUGUUUAAGAGAGCAACACAAAACAUGCACAAAUGCUUUCGCAGAAGUGGAUACCCAUGUGCCGUGAAAGAAUGGCAACAGCAUAUCAAUGAGAUGAAGACGAGGGGAAGGAAAAUAGGCGCCAGGCAGAGUAUGAGAAGGACCAAUCAGAGGGACUCGUUUCUCGAGGGUAAAAAUUGAAGCCGAAGCCUGAGAGGCACGAACUGUUUUCAGAUUGGAUUUUAGUGGUGAGGGAUUCCAAUGUUGUAGAACGUUCUUUUUGGAAAUCUUGGAAAGAAGCGGUGGACCACCUGUGUCAGCGAACAGAUGAAAAGCAACAUCCAAUACCUGGGAGAGCACUAUUAAUGCUGGCAGGUUUUGGAGAAACAUCUGCAGGCACCCAGACAGACAGUUUUUCAGUGAAGACCUUGUAUAAUACGGUGAGAAAAAUACCAAAACGCAUUUGUUUACAUAUUAUCACAGCACGGCUAAGCAGCAGAGUCCAGGUGUUAAACAAUCCUACCUGCAGUCCUGAUGUGUCGCCUGUUACAUUCAUCUGGCACACCAUAACAAAAAAAUCACAAUACAAUAAAGUUUUACAUAUUUGAUGUCAGUACAAUCAUGUUAGCAUUCUUACUGUGAAAGCAAGAGCAUACGAGGUUAGCAACUAAAUUAGGAGAUGCUCUUACUGCAGCCUCACAAAUCUGCUAGCAUCCCUGCUAAUGCUGAGGAAAAGAUGUAGGGCUGGGCGAUAAAUCGAAAAUUUACCGAUACCGAAAUUUACAACAAUAACCAACGUCAUUUUGCCCAUAUCAGUAUAUGCAGUGUCGAAAAAUAAAUAAAUGAAAGUUGGUUUUGGAUGUGUGUACCCACUGAGCAUUUUCUGGUCUAAAAGAGGUCUAAUAGACGUCUAAAUGUAGUCUAGACGACUGGUCUAAAACCAGACUACCAAAUGUCUAAAAAUGAAAGUUUUCAGACGUCUAAAUUUAGACCCAGUUUAGACUAGCCAGCUAACAGAGAUCUACCAGUAUAUUGCUCAACGGCUAUCAUAAUUAUUUUGGUUUAGCUUGCCUUUUUAAAUAAAUACUUAUUGCACUUAUCGUGCAACAUCUAAAUUCCAAUUACAGAUAUUCAGAAUCUAGACAGUUGAAAUAAGGUCUAAAAAAUAACUACAUGUCUAAAAGCCGUCUAUUGCUCAGUGGGUAGGUAGGCUAUGGUCUCAUGUCCCUUUAAGACGCUGUCCUACGUCAGAGACGUGACUCCACCCCAUUCAGUCUGUAACAAAGAGGGAAAGACGGGUGAGGAGAUGGAGGACGGUUCAAAAGUUGUAGCGACUGGAGCGGCAGUUGAAGUAGACAAAGUUAAUGUGGAAGGGGCUGAACAGCUUGUGGAGUAGUUGUCAUCCAUUUAUCGCUAUCGAGGUAAAACUGCUCAAUAUAUCUUGAUAUUGAUUUGAGGCCAUAUCGCCCAGCCCUAACCAGAUGUUUGUGAAACUCUACUGUGGCACGGCAGUAGAGUCGGUCGUCUCUCAGAGUUUUAAUCCUAGCUUCUGCAGUCUCUCCUCAGCGUCCUUGAGGACGACACUAAACCAAGAGUUGCUCUGUUAUGAAGUCACUUUUGCGCCCCCUGACAGCGAUGUAUGAGUACAGUGUGAAUAGAUGAGGAGAUAGUUGAGGUAUGAGGUAAGGAAGUGUCGUUAUUAAAGUGAUUCGAAGAGUUCACAGCCGUGUGAAUAUGAAGCCUUUUCAUUUCUGUUUCCUCUCCCGGUUGUGUACAUUUACAUCCCGAGUCUGUAAUUACAGUACAUUAAAGAUUGAAAGCAUAACACAGAGCCGCUCAUUCAGAGUCAGCAGCACCUCUCACCCACACAGGUUACCUGUUAAUUAAACAUGUCCAACUCCUCUUACUAGAAGGGGGUCCUACCUCAUAAAAUAAGCUUUUAGAGUAUUUUACAGCCAGUAUUGAGGCGUCAGACAUAAUUCCUCCUGUUACCCGCCUUCAAUAAGGGGAUAUCUGUUCACUGUGGCAGCAAACACAGAGGGAGGCAGCUCAUGGCUGAAUGUCUGCAUUAUUCAUGCUGCUUAUGAAUUGGCCAGCUACCGUCGGCUCUGGAGAAAUUGCUCUGAGUUUGAAAUCCACUUCCUCUUCUCACGCAGCAGGGCCGCUGCUCAGAAGCUUUUCAUCGAUCCCACAAACCAAUGUUUCAUCCCGUUUUCCAUCAUCUCUAAUACUACAGUGGCGCUGCUUUAAUGCCUCUGUUUCCCUGGUGGGCUAUACGCAGUAUCAGAUUAAAUUAUACAGUAUGCACUAUCUCACAUGUUCACUCAUACAUUUCUAAUACAUGCAGUGUUUCUUUUUUUAGGUAUGUGUUUCAUAAAGCGUAAGCCAGCAGGCAUGAAUUAUUGGCUUUUAUAUUGCAGCCGAGAACAAACAUUUUUUUUUUUUUUUUUUACACAGAUCAGAAUGCCAAAGUGAUUUAUGAACUCCGCAUUUUUAUUGGUCUGUAGUCAUUCCCUUUUUCCUAUUUUUGGCAAAGCAAUCUUGAGAAUAUCCCACCUGCAAAGCGAUAAGGACAAUGCAGAUGAUGAUCUUUGCAGGUAGCCUGGGGUAUAAAAGGGGAAAAUAUGAAAAUCAGGAAAUAAACAUAAACAGACUGAUGCCAUUACACUGAAGGAAUGACAUUUAAACAUAACUAUGUGCACUCUAACAACUCCACACCCUUUCUUCUUCUGUUUCUUCAGAUAACAAAUACGCCCCUGCAGUGAGUCUGAAUGGUUUGAUCUUCAUCCUGGGAGGAGCCUACGCUAGAGCCACCACCAUCUACGACCCGGACAAAGGCAACAUCAAGGCUGGUCCCAACAUGAACCACUCUCGCCAGUUCUGCAGGUAUGAGAGCCUUAAACUCUGCAUUACUUUGGAUUAGAAGUACUAGAUCCAAAUUUAUUACACCUGAUUGGAUAAUGGCCGGAACAUUUAUUAUUUAAUAUUGAAAUAUUGAUUUUUUUCCCCACUGAAAUAUGAAAUUUUUUAUCAUACUAAAAUAUGUCACUUUUAUCACACUAUACUAUGAUUUUUUUUAUCAUACUUUACUAAGACAUUUUAUUCAGACAAUACUAUGAACAUUUUUAUUCAUAAUAAAAUUGAAAAUUUCUAACAUAUUAUACUAUGACAUUUUUAUCAUACUCUACUAAGACAUUUUUUUAAUACUAAAAUAUAAUUUUUUUUAUCAUACUAUACCAUGCCUUAUUUAUCAUAACAUACUAUGACAAUUUUUUUCAUACCAAAAUAUGACAUUUUUAACAUACUAUACUAAGACUUUUUUCAUAUUAAAAUAUAAAAAUUUUAUCAUACUUAAGUUUGGCAUUUUAUCUCACUAAACUAUUACAUUUUUUGUACUAAAAUAUGAAAAAAAAAUUCACACUUAAAUUUGAAAUUUUUAACAUAUUUUACUUUGACAUUUUUAUCAUACUUCACUUUGACUUAUAUUUUUUUUUACUAAAAUAAAAAACUUUUAUCAUAGUUUUAAUGUCCCAUUGGCCUGUUUGAAGUGCUCUUUAAUGCAGGCAUAUCAAUUUUACUGCUUUUUGCUUUUUAUAAUUUGUAGACACACAGUUGCUGAAAAAAGGGAUGACUGAAUAUUAACAGCAGUGGGAUCACUUUCUGAUAUUCAGCAUGAAGCACUGAGGUGUGCUGUUUGCUGAACCAUGGCUGCGCUGAUUUCCACGCAUGGGACAUUUUUAGGUUUAUUUCUUGCAGGACCUGAUUUAGACUGUUGCAGAUCCAUUUGGGGAGAACUUACAGAGAGAACAUGCAACAUAAAUAUGAUGUGCAGCUGUUCUGCUACCUUUACAAAUACAAAGCUACAGGCAAGGAGGGAAGUAAAGGCAGUACAGAAUAACACUCAAAAAAUCUCUUUCUUCAGUAGUCGAGCAGAGUCAACAUGCGGGAGAGCUGAUAUUCUCCCCUCACUGCAUCCAGCUCUCUGCAGGCCUGCACCUCUCCUCUGUUUGUCAGGAAGAGCAGCUCCAGGCUUUGCCCUGCUUGAUCUCCAUUUUACAUCAGCUGUGCUUUCUCUCCGAGUAGAUUUGGGUUUAUGUAAUAAUCUUUUUCAGUCCAGCAGGGAUGUGAAUUUGUUCCAGGAAGACUGCAUGUUGUUCACUCUGCGUGUGUGUGAGUGUGCGUUUGUGUGCACCUUAUGUAAAUGUGGAUUGUUUAAACCCCAAAAGGAGAACAAAGCCCCAAUCAGUUUACAGGCAAAGUUUUAAUCCCCUCCUCAUGCAAACCCCUGUUUCUGUUCCUCAUAUCAAAUGAGAACAUUUUACAGGUAUUUGAUUUCAUCACCCAAAGAUAUUACAGGAAUUUUGUUUGUAUUUAUAUCCACACCCUCCUAAGACUAUAAUACGCAUGUUAAGGAGUUUUUUUUUUUCUCUUGUCUGACUUCAUCCUAUUACAAAUUACAAUUAGAGCAACACUCAUGUGAGUCACAGCUUUCUGAUAUCAAAGCCACAUUCGAUUUUACACUUUCAUUCAUGCACUUAUCAGUCCAUCACAGACGUGAGAGCAUUAGAUGUAGUGUUAAUUCCCUCUUAUUUACAAUGCUACAUUAUUGUCAUGAUGCAUGAGUAUGCUCUGUGAGGAAAAUCAAGGCCUAGUGCACUCAGAUAAAUAUAAAAACACUCUGUCUUCUCUCGCAGCGCUGUGAUCCUAGACGGGAAGAUCUUCACCACUGGAGGCAUCGUGAGCAGCGAGGGUCCCGCCCUCGGCAACAUGGAGACCUUUGACCCUUGCGCAAACACAUGGACGCUCCUGCAGAAUCUUCCCUGUCCGCUCUUCAGACACGGCUGUGUGGUGAUCAAGAAGUACAUUCAGAGCGGAUGA